GGCGGAGGCGGGGGGCGGGAUCGAGGUUGCGAGGCGGCCCGACUGAGGCCCGGCGGUGGCGGCGGCGGCGGCGGCUGCGCUGCUGCUGCUGCUCCUCCUCCUCUUCCCGCUGCCCGGGGAGGCAGACGGAGGCCUUCGAGAGGGUAAGCCGGGCGCCGCCCAGCCCGUACCUGAGCCGGGUUGUGGGGCGGGAGGGCGCUGGCCGCCCCUGAGAGGAUCCGGGGCUGGGCCGGCCGGGGGGGCGGCGGCAGGGAGGGAGGGAGGGAGGGAGGGAGGGAGAAGCAGCCGCCGCCCUCGCCCGCCUCACCCUCGGGAGGGUCGGCGCUCCUCUGUGUGGAAGCAGCGGUUGGCCGGGCGCUUAGCGCUCCCUGGUCUCAGGGAUCGAGGGGUGGGUGGGGCUGGGGGCCGGCUCUCCAUUAUUUAUUAUUAUGGGUAGCUAUGACAUGUAUGUACCGUCCUACAUCCGUUAAUCCCAGGGCGGCUCACAGCAUGAAAAUGAAAGGUUAAAGCACAAAAUGCGUAAUGACAAGAACAAAACAGACCAGUAAACCUACCCCCCCCCCGCCCCGAUUCCCACAAACCCCUUUCCAAGGAUAUAUAUAGGAUGUCAGUAAGCUCAAGGCCUGGUUGAAGAGGGGUUGCCACCCGCCCCCCCCCCCCGCUCAGGUACGGUCCCUGAUGCUGCCAGGGAGUUUAUGGGAGAGCAUCCCAUAAACGGGGAGCCACCACAGAAAAGGACCGUUCUGGUGUUGCCACCACCUUCCGGACCUCUCACAGCGGAGGCAUAAGAAGAAGGGCCUCAGGUGGCGAUUGCAGGGUUUUGGUUGGUUCAUUUGGCCCAUGCAUAACGCUUACAAACGUUUGUCAUGUCACCCCUUGGUCACUAAAUGCUUUCAGGUUCUGCAAUCCUUUCUUUCUUGACUACAUCCCCUAUGUGGAUUCCUGCUGCUGGAGUGUAACAAAAUCUUCCUUAUAUUACUUAUUUUAACAGUAAUUCCUCUUUGUACAGUUGCUUUUUUAUGGAUCUUCUCAGUAGAUGCCCGUAUAAAUGUAGGCAUUCAUAUUAUUAUUUUGCACCCCCUCGGCUCACCUUCCUAUGCGGCCGAACCACCCGCUCCUAAAUCCUUUGCUGGUAACUCCUAUCAUUCUUGAUCACAUUGCUGGGUGGGGCUGAUGGGAGUUGGUGAACAGCAAUUUACGGAGGACACCAGGUUCUGCAUUCCUAACAUAAAAGCUACUGCUGUUGUCAUGAUAAUGCUCUCUUGGAGCGGGCACACAAAGAAGGGCCUCAUAAUUUGGUAUACAAAUGAUGUUAAAUAAAAAUAAAUUAUUUGCAGUUGAAUUGGGAUGCUCCUGUUGCUCCUGCUAACACCUGGUGUCGCUUUGGUGUUGCAUAUCCUCUGUGCUGUCUCACCAUUCCCGAAGACUCCAGUGUGAUGGAGAGUAUUGCACGAGAAGUGGUGAGGCGCAAGUUCAAAUCCCCUUUCAGUCAUAAAACACAGUGGGCAACCUUGGGCCAGUCGUUCUCUUUCUCAGCCUGACCUACUUCACAGGAUUGUUGUGAGCAUAAAAGCAGGGGGAGGGGAGUAGGCCCGCCCUGCCUGCUGCCUUGAGCUCCUCAGAGGAAAGGUGAAAGUUAAAUUUACUGAAUAAACUGGGUUGUUUUUGUUGUUAUUGAUGAUAUUUAAAAUAAUAAUCAUGACACAGUAUUAUUAGCAGUGAUGACAAUAUAGUGGCUGUUUGUGUUGUGUUUCCACUAAAAAGUACCUGAGACAAGUGCAGUAAAAUUUCUGUAGCUGCCUUUCUUUGUCUCAGGCAAUAUUUUGGUGUCCAUGCUAUGAGCCUUCACAUGUUUUGGGUUAAUAGUCCACAGAACAGCCCUGUAAGUUAUGCUGGUUUGAGUAGCUCUGCAGUGUAAGUAUGUGUUUUGUGGGAAAGACUGAGAGAAAAGUAGCGUUCAUAAAGGUAGCCAGUGAUGCUGCAGCUGAGGUUUUAAUUGGGGGCCUCUUUCAGUACAGUGGAACCUCGAGUUGCGGACGUAAUCUGUCCUGGAGGCACAUCCGCAACUCGAAGCGUUCAUAUCCAGAAGUGCCACGUCUACGCAAAGGGUGAUUUAGUGCUUCUGCGCAUGUGCAAAGUGCGAUUUAGCACUUCUGCACAUGCAUGAGCAGCAAAACCCAGAAGUAACCAUUCUGGAACGCAACUUGAAAAGACGUAACCUGAAGUGGACGCAACAUGAGGUAUGACUGUACAGUAACAUCUCUGUAUGUGUCAUGUGCAUAAAAAGCCCUGAGAUGUAGGCUGGUACUGACUACUCAUGUAAUGGUGAGUUGAUAGCUUGAGCUCUUAACUCAUGGAUCUUCUCAGCUCAGCCCCUCAUUCUGUACCUUGAUUGAGGGGAACCAUGGAAGUUAGAAGAUUUGGGCUGCUGACCUAGUGUUGUCCCAAAUGGAGGAGGAUUGCAGAGCUUUGCCAGAUCCUUAGGAAAGGCUGGCUGAAAAAAUAUUUAUCUUGGAUUUUUUAUUUAUUUAUGUAAUAAAAUUUACACACCGCUUGAUUUUAAAACACUUCAAAGUGGUUUACAAAAGAUAAAACAGUACACUCGUACCUUGCUUCUCGAAUGGCUUAGUUGCUGAACAAAUUGGCUCCCGAAUGCUGCAAACCCGGAAGUAAGUAUUCUGGUUGGCGGACGUUUUUCGGAAGCCGAAUGUCUGAUGCAGCUUCCGCUUGAGUGCAGGAAGCUCCUGCAGCCAAUCGGAAGCUGUGCCUUGGUUUUUUAAUGGUUUCGGGAGUCAAACGGAAUCCUGGAAUGGAUUAAGUUCGAAAACCAAAGUACCACUGUAAAAUCAAGAAAAAUUUACAACCCCACUUCAAAACAUACAAAAGUUAGAAUCCUAAAGCAAAUUAAAAUCAUCUCAACUUUCUAGGCAUCUGGGUGGGCUUUUCUAAACAGGAAUGUUUUUAGUAGAUGCCAGAAAGAGUACAGUGAAGAUGUCUGCUAUAUCUCAGUACGCAGGGAGUUUCAAAGUGUAGGGUGCCAUGUUUUUCUUUUGUAGGUGAAGACAGGUGAAUAGGGAGGUCCUUGAGAUGGUUUUCCUUCGUGGUGGUUUGAUGUCAACAUCUAUGGUAUUGUUUGCCAACCUGGUAUCCUCCACAUGUUUUGGAUUGCAAUUCCCAUCAGCCCCAGUCAUUGUGGCCAUGCUGGCUGGGACUGAAGCGAGUUACAGCCCAAAACAUCUGGAGGGCAGCAGGUUGACAAAGACUGGCCCGUGUAGUCUGGUUUCAUGCCCCACUCUCUCUGUUUCUUGGCCCUUCUCCUUUCAGCUACAUGGGAGUCCAUAAAAUUUAUCUGAAGGUGUUUUAGAGCUGAUCUGCUUCAAAUGAAACAACACCAUGAUGGUAGCCAGAUCUGUGGGAUGAAGCACUCAUGCUUGCUUCUAUAGUUUCUGUAGUGUGUUUGUUUACAAAGCUAGGAUGGGGUGGAGAGGUGUGUGUGUGUGUUGCUGGGCUGUUGACAAUCUGAUUGCUGUAGGAGAGAGAAGUGAAGCCGCAAGGGUGUGUGCACCCCAGAAGUGCCUAGGUUGUGUUAGGAAUACAAGUGUUAGAAAUACAAAGGCUUUAUCCAUGCAAGUGUGUGUGAGGGGAUAAACUUAGCCAGCACAAGAUUAGUACUGGUUUGGCAACAAUAUUGUGUGGUUGGGGAAAGAACGAGGUUUUUCUGACUUUUACAAGAGGGAGUGGUAAAAAACAGUAAACUUGUUGUCUUUUAUUCCUGUAUAUAUCUGAUUUGGCAUUUGGUGUUGGUUUUAGAAGAAGUUUUAAGAGAGGAACUGAACCGGAAUUAGAACAGUGCACAUACACAAGACGCACACUGCAAAGGCGUGGGGGAGGGAGGGAGAAUGAAAAUCAGUUGACACCACAGCCAUCUGCCUGCCACUGCCCCACCCCCUGAGGCAUUUGCUAUGCUGGCUUAGUUGGAUGAGCAUGUUAUGCUUAGAAUUACCUGAUUGCAGGCUGUAACUCCUUUGAUAAAGGACAGGGAGUGUUUGUGUAGCUUGAGCACCAGCUUCUUGGUCCCACAAUACAGUGUACAUAACUAAGAGUGCUACAGCAUAAUACUGGAAACAAAUUGGUUGUGAUGGCAGGGAGAGGCAGAACUCAUGGACCACAAUCCAGGCAAACCCAAGCAUUUUAGACUUGCAUUUUUUUUCAGUGGAGGAGUUAAGCACAAUGACCAGUCUGUCCCCAGUGAGAUCAAGGGGACAUAAAAAGUGCUCAACUUUGGCCUUGUUAUAUGCCUGCCUGCCUGCUUGCUUGCUUGCUCACCCCCAUUGCAAAAUCUGUUAAAAAGGGUGUGUUUAAUGUGGUUUUCAAAGGUUAACAAAAGAACAGGGAAAUUCUAGAAUAUUUGACAUUUCACAAUGGUUCAAGAAAUUGCAAAAAACUAAAAACAGACUGUGCAACUAAAGAAGAAUAACAGGGAGGUUGGAUAUUUGGUCUUGUUGGUAGAUGAAGUACGAUAGCAAAUGUGUAUACUGAUGUGUCUCAGGAGCUCUAUGUCUGUUGGUAUGCAUUGAAACUAUUUGCUUUUUGAAGUUCAUACAAAAGAAGGCUUUGACAAUUUUCAGCAUAGUCUGAUGAUCACUAAUUCCUUAGACCACAGUUCCCCAAAUUUGGGUUUCCAGCUGUUUUUGGACCACAACUCCCACCAUCACUAGCUAGCAGGACCAACGGUCAGGGAUGAUGGGAACUGUAGUCCAAAAAGUCUGGGGACUGAAGUUUGGGAAGUCCUGCCUUAGAUUAUUGAAAGCUUCAACUGUGACCCAGAGUUUCUGAGAAGCAAUUGGCAUCCAGAGAAUACUUGUAUCCUGUUUUAUAGCCUUGAGUGAAGGUUAUAAAAAACAAAUAAAUGUAGUGUAAUGUUGCUUUCUCUUGAUUUAUGUCCCAGACAGUCUUCAGCAGUGUGUGUCAAUGAAAUUCUUGUAUCACUGUUUUGAAGUGGCCUGCCCUGGGAAAUACUUUUAGUUUGAAACACCAACCAGAGAGUCCAAAGAGUUGUCAAUUUUUUUUAGGUCCGUCUCUGGAGCGGAGCCUGUAGUUCAUCAUCAUCAGUUUAUUUGUAUGCAGUUUUUCCACAGUGAACCUCAAAGUGGCUCACAACAUACCAAAUGAACAAUAAUUAUCAUAACUCCAAAAAAACCCAAAAACCAUUAAGAACAAUUAGGGACAACUGUAAUAUUAAUGAACACAAAAAAUCAAGCCAUACAGAAGUGCUGUAAGUAACCUAACCUAAUUUAGCAUCUUAAAACUAAACGAGAAAGAACUUCAAGCUUUUCCUGCCAGGUGUUGUUGGGCUAUAACUCCCACCUUCCCUGGUUAGCAUACCUGUGGGGGUUGCAGUCCAAAAUCAUCUGGAGUCCACCAGGUUUGGAAAGGGUGCCAUAUAUAGUGUGCAUAUAUAGUUAUAUAUAUUGCUAUGUAUUGAGUUAUGUAGUGCUACAACCCUUUAGGACGUUGCAGUUCUCAUUCCCUGCUGAAACCAAAUGGAAGCUUAGUAGUUGAACAGAAUUGCAAGGUCUUCAGGACAGGGACCUAUAAUCUUUGUUGCACUCAAGCAGAGGUAGCCAGUUUGUUCCCUCCAGAAGUUGGUGGACUACAUUUCUAAUAAUCCACGACUAUUGGACAUGCUGAUAAGAGUUGUGGUCCACAAAAUCUGGAAGGUACCACAUUGGUUAGCCCUGCUAUGCACGUAUGUGGAAAUGUAUAAAUAAAUGGCAACAAUGAUGAUCACACACCCCUCUCCCAGAAAACUUGCUCGUUUUAUUGUCAUAUAUGUAGGUUAUAUCCAAAUAUUGUCUCCCAUGUAUUUUCUGCUUCUCAACAUGAGGCUUAGAAUACACAUUAAGAAGAGAGUGUCAGAUUCUCUGGGAUCUUUGACUGCCACCAUAUUUGUCACUGGCCACUAUCUUCUGUUGCCCAUGACACUGUUGUGGCCAUGUAGUGACCCCCCCAACAAAAAAAGUUGGAAGAGAGCCUAAUAGUAGCACUUGGACUACAUAUUAAUCCUCAAGAUUUUAAGAUUAAAGUCUAAUUGGUCUGGAUGCCUGUAUUUGUGCUUAGUUUCCCAUUGAGUCAGCCUUGUAUUUAUAAGCUCCCUUUGAGACAGCACAGAGCUUUAUACAGGUGGGUAAGUGGACUAGCAGAGGAAAGAUGAGAUGUUAAGCCCCUCUUUACAUCUAGCAUGGCAAGCAAGAAGGCAAGAAGCCUCCAUUCUCCACAUCCAGCAGAGAAAUGCAAGAGGGAUGUUCUCCCUUCUUGGGCAGUCUCUAGCCAGCUAGUAAAUUAAGUAAAUACCUUUCCUAUUAUGAAGAGUAUUUCAAGGUAGCUUACAGUAGAAUCCAUUGAAAAUACAAAGAUAAAAUAAUAAAUCCAGCAGUGUUUCAAGACUCCGUUUAACUAGAAUAGUUCUGACAAGUGGCUGGUAUACUUGAUAGCAAAAGCCUCAGUAAGCAGGUAAGUUUUCAGCAUGUGCCAAAAACUGCGUGAUCACUUAUUGUUGUUGUUUACUUACAAGACUGGAUAGGGAAAUCUGAAUUUCUCUCCUGGGUGGCUGAAGCAUGCCAUUUCCCCUUUCAAAAUGACUUGCAAAGGUUCUGGGGAGCUGAAUUCUUAGCACAGAAUCUUUGUGUGUUUGUGGCUUCUCAGAUUGAGUGGUGGAUCCUCUUUCUUGUUCACCAAGAAAUGUUUAUUCUCCAGCUGAAGGGUGAUUGGGCAAUGUGAAAAGCAAACUUUUAUUUUUAUUUUUUAUUUAAUAAAAAAAAGAUGCUUUACUGCUUCUUUGGUGCGUCACUUUUCUCGGAUAAAAAUGAACGAAACUAUUGUGCUGAUUACUCACAUUGAAGGAUGGCUGCAACUGUGCUGGGUCAGACUUUACUGCUGGGUUGAAGAGGCAUUAUAUUUCUAUGGUAUAUGCAAAAAAUGUUAGGCCUACCUUUGAAGCUGAAAUUUAUUGGUAUUGGCACAGAGGAUGACCUGUCCCAAAGAUGGUGUAACUACCUGUGGAAACAAAGACCUGUCUUGCCAGCUGUUGAGAAAAUAAACUUGUUGAGGGAGAGAGCCUUGGUGGGCCAAAUGCUGUCUGUCCUUUUGUAUUCUCCCUUUAAAGGAGGACUCCGAAAAAUAUUUGAUUCAAGAUCUCUGGCCUGGAUUUUAAUAGAUGGAAUGCUAUUGUUGGAUAUUAUGCCUUCUGACAGAUUGCUGGUCCUGCCAAUGUGGUACAUCUCAAAUUGUCAAGGAACCAGUUUUUAUUCCUCCUUUACCCAGCUGCUGAAAUCAGAAAAUCUGCCUGGGGAGAGGAAUUAAAAACCUCAAAAGCAGGAACCUUUGGAGAAGGCAGCGUUCCAUCAUCUUAUCUGGCUGGCUGCUUCUGGCUGCUUGCUUCUUUUGUGGUCUGCAGAGAGCUUGGGAGAAAUCCCAAGCUUCAAGGAGUAUAAAAAUAAUUUGGUAUCACCAGCUUCUUCUUGCUGAAGCAGUGCUAUGAAAUCUAGACCUCUGUGUUUGUUAUUUAUUGGAAGGGGCAUAGGAAGGGUGUUUUUCUUGAGAAGCCCUCCUUUCUGUGGGGUGCAGCUAUCUGAGGGUGCAAGAUCGUGUGGGUGGAUGUUUGCCCUAGUUUUGAACUUGUGCCAGCCUCCAGAAAUUAUUCUAAGGAACAACUGCUGUAUUUGGUUCAGCUCUCUUGGUUUGGAUUAGCUGCAAGUCUGUUAUCAGUAAGGUAGCUGGAGUGUUGAGUACAGUGGUACCUCGGGAUGCGAACGGGAUCCGUUCCGGAGUCCCGUUCUCAUCCUGAAGCGAACAUAACAAGUGACGGUGCGUCUGUGUGCGUGGGUCGCAUUUUGCCGCUUCCACGCAUGUGCAUGACGUCAUUUUGAGCGUCUGCGCGAGCGGCGAAACCCGGAAGUAAUGUGCUUUGUUACUUCCAGGUUGCCACGGAGCGCAACUCGAACGCGCGCAACCUGAGGUAUGACUGUACAGUAGUACCUCUGGUCACGUACUUAGUUUGUUCCGGAGGUCCGUUCUUAACCUGAAACUGUUCUUAACCUGAGGUACCACUUUAGCUAAUGGGGCCUCCCGCUGCUGCUGCGCCACCUCAUCCUGAGGUAAAGUUCUUAACCGAACAUACUAUUUCUGGGUUAGCGGAGUCUGUAACCUGAAGCGUCUGUAACCCGAGGUACUACCGUACUCCUGGCCCCUCCCUGUCGCAGGCAGGAGCAAAAUGAAAAGGCGGAUACAUUUAGCUUGCUGAAUUGGACUAUUCUUGGGGCAAGGUUUGUAUAUGAAUGUGUGCCUUAUAUAUGUAUGCACACACAUGGAAAUGAAGCUUUUAUUCGGCCAGCAACGAGGCCUGUCCCUGGCUACUUCUGGAGCCCAUCCCCUCCCUUUCCCAUUUGAUUCCUGUAUGUGAAUAAAGGACAAGCGGAUUUUCUCUGUCCAAGGAGGAAAAUGUAGUUAAAUGUUAAAACAUCUGAAAACUGGACUGCCUCCCAACCCUUAGCUCUCUGAGUGAUCUGGAAAUACCAUAACUUGUUUAGAUCUUAGGAAGAGACAUGGCAAUUGUCUCUUGCAAGUUUUUUUUCCUUACUAAAUUUGUCUUGGUCUGCAUCUGUGAUUGUGCCAAACUCCACUUUUCUGGGAGGUCUGAAGUUAUCUUAAUUAUUUGGCGUAUACUCUUGUAGUCCUGCUUAAAAUCUCAUUUUCACAUUCCUCUGGGAGUCAGAGUGCCUUGGACUACAUGAGCAGCAGACCUCAGCUUUUUAAGUGUUGCAGAAAUACUGUGAUGAUUUUUAAUACAUAUGCAUGGGAUGCAAAGUGUGCUGAGCCGUGGAAGUUAGCUGCAGUGAAAAAUCCUGCCCAUUUCUCAGUUCCUAGAUAAUGAAACCAGAGGUUUGUGAAGUGGUUCCCAGGUGAGGCCACAGCAGGAAGAAGUUCUUUGAAAAGAGAGAGCCUAGUGCCUGGAUCUGGGCCUUCCUACUUGAAGGGAGCAAUGGAGACCCCCUCCCCCAAACUAAGGAAGCCUUUCCCCCUCCCCACAUGCCAGCUUAGUUUGCCCAAUUCUCUGUAAUUACUCCCUUCCCUCCUUUUUUGAAUUUUUGCCUAAAUAUGGAAGACGGCCAAAUCUGAAAGAGGCAGGAAGGAGCCGGUUGUGCCAGCUCAAUUUUGUAUUGGUUUUUUGAAGCUUUGCCUGCCUUAUAAUGUGUCCGGCAAUUGAUGCAUCAAUACACAGUGUAUUGUCUGCAUUGAACUGCAGCAGCAAUUUCAAGCAGUGGAUAUUCCAGACCCUACCUGGAGGUGCUGGGGUGUGUGGUUAGGCCAUUUGGCCUGUGGUGAAGGUGGAAUGCUCAGGAGAGCUUUUCACAACUCAUUUCUUCCCUAGCUGCUACAGAGUGGCCCUGCAGCUGGACCUUCCGACCCAGUGGUUGCUGUCACCACCAGCCCCAAAAGCAAAGGAGGGAAACUGGGAACUGCCAAUUAAUUGUUAAAUCCUGGGAUGCUGGACCAGUGCAAUUUGCACAGAGCACAAGGCCCACUCUCCAGCCCUCUGCUUCUCCCUGAGAAUAGGGUAAAUUCCACUCUAGUCUUAGAUUUCCAGUAGUGUGGAACCCAAUGCAGUCUAGAUGCAUUUUGGAUUCCCAAACCCUGAGGGCGGCAAUCACUCAUCCAAUUGUGAACUUUAUAUCUCUUAUUAGAAAUAACAGAUAACGGAAAAGCAAGCAACAGGUCAAGCAGAAUAAUACACAAUAAACUGUAGCCUAUUCACUGCAACAUGGUAUUGCUAGUCCAUUUAGCUGAGGAUGGUGAAGCUUCCUGUUGGCAUGGAAGACCUGGACUGGAUUCCCAGCAGCGAGAUUAGGAACAAAAUGCAAUGGCAGCUCAGCCUUUAAAGGCUCCCCUGCGGCUGGAGGCCAUGUCUUCUGGCUCAUUCUGAUCAGUGAAAGCCAGAGUCAAUCAGGUAGAUGACAUCUCCCAAGCAGCCCUUCUGAGCACCCUUCUCCCUUUGAUAAAGCUGGAGGGAGACACAUGAUAACUAGGGCUGGGCGAUGUAGCAAUACAUUGUCCAAAAUUGGUUUGAAGUCCACAUUGUGAUAAGAGUUUCAUAAUACCUCGUGUUGCGUUUGCUUCAGGUUGAGCGUUUUCAGGUUGCGUCCUGCGGCGACCCGGAAGUACCGGAAAGGGUUACUUCUGGGUUUCACCACUUGCGCAUGCGCAGAUGUGCAAAAUGACAUCACGUGCAUGCGCAGAAGCAGCGAAUCGCCAGACAUGCAGAUGCAGGUUGCGUUCUGCUCAUGUUGCGAAUGGGCCUCCGGAACGGAUCCUGUUUGCAACCAGAGGUACCACUGUAUUCAACUUGGAGAUGUAUGGGGGGGGGAAGAGUAAAAAAUUGUGAUGUGGGAUAAAGGGUGAAGCUGGUCAUCACUCCUCUCAUUAUUCCUGCCUCCUCUGUUGCUCUGUACUAUAACAAAACUGUUGUAGAAACAUGUUAAAGGUAUCGGUUUUGCAUCCCUAUGUAGUAGCAGUUGUCAGGACAUUACCCUGUUUGCUUCUACCUAGUUCCAUCCUUAUUUCAGACAUUGUGCUAUAUUGGUAUAUCACAAUGCUUAGCUGCUGAUGUAUCACAAUGUUGACCACCAGGCACCGUUCAGCCCUAGUGAUAGCCCAGCUUAGAGAAGUGGUGGGGCAGGGGACCAGGGUCCUGCGUCACAUGGCCCACCUAGCUCAGUGCUGUUUACUUUCCAGGGCCUUGGGUGGAGUGCCAUUCCAGUGCCAUGUUAUUGGGUCAUUCAGCUUGGGGGUGGGAAGCAUUUUUCAGCUUGAGGACCUUAUUUCCUCAUUGGAGAAACUUCUGAACAAGCCACGCCAGUGGUGGCCAGUGGCCAGAGGCAAAUAUUUGGUGUAUCAAUAGAUGCAAAUCCUAACCUUGUAUUAUUAUCAUUAUUAAAAUUUGUAUACUGCCCAAUAUCCAUAGAUCUCAGGGUGGUUCACAACAUAAAAUUACAUUAUAAAAAACACAAAAGCCAGAAAUCCUCCUCCUCCUCAUCAUACCCCGCCCAUCUGGCUGGGUUUUCUGAGCCACUCUGGACGGCUUCAAGCAAAAUACAGUGGUACCUUGAUUUUAGAACAGCUUAGUUUAUGAACAACUUGGAAAUAGAAAACUGCAAACCCGGAAGUAGAUGUUCCGGUUUGUGAACUUCGCCUUGGAAGCUGAACAUGUACAGCUUCCUGUUGAGUGUGUUCCAUUUGUAAAUUGAGUCUCCUGCUGCUAACCAGAGGCUUCCUGUUGAGUCUGUUGGCUGCUGAGUCCGGUGCACCCAGGCAACACAGAGGUGAUAUUUGGACCUUUUGUUUUUGCUAUUUUGUUGCGUUUUUGUUUGUGUGGCUUUUUUGUUUUUGUGACUGUGACUUGUUCUUCGUUUUAUGGGACUGACUUGUGACUGUGGCUUGUGACUUCGUUUUUGUGACUGUGCGGAACCCAGUUCAGCUACUGAUUGAUUGUAUGACUGCAGAAAUGGAUAAAAGCCCGUCUUAUUUAUUUUAUAGUACAGUACUUUGAUUAUUGCUUUUAUUUUAUGGAUCAGUGGUCUCAUUAGAUAGUAAAAUUUAUGUUAAAUUGCUGUUUUAGGGGUGGUUUUUAAAAGUCUAGAAUGGAUUAAUCCAUUUUGCAUUACUUUCUAUGGGAAAGCAUGGUUUUAGAGCACUUUGGUUUUGGAACAGAAUUCCGGAACGGAUUAAGUUUGGGAACCAAGGUACCACUGUAUAAAAACAUAAUAAAACAUCAAACAUUAAAAACUUCCUGAUACAAGGCUGUCUUCAAAUGUCUUCUAAAAGUUUUGUUGUUGUUUAUCUGUUUGACAUCUGAAGGGAGGGUGACCCACAGGGAGGGGGUCCACUGCCGAGAAGGCCCUCUGCCUGGUUCCCUGUAACUCUCGCAGUGAGGGAUAAAUAAAUAAAAAUAAGAACAAAAACAAACCAAAAAUCCUCCCUCCCGCAACACAUUUAAAAGGGCAUUGAAUGUCAAUCAGCCAAAGGCCUUAUUAAAGAGGAAUGUUUUUGUCUGGUGCUUAAAGGUGUAUAAUGAAUCCUCCAGCCAAACCUGGAGAGCAUUUCAUAAAUGGGGAGCCACUGCAGAAAAGGCCCAUUCUUGUGUUGCUUGCCCACCCAGCCUUGUGGCUAUGUUUUCAAUCAAACAAAAGCCAGCAGUUUCUGCACACGCCCUGAGCUCCUCUUCUCACCCACCAUCCACGCAAGCAAGAGGUUGCGUUCUAGCCAAGGAAAAGGGAGGAGGGCAUGGAGCUGGGCCAGUGAGAGGUGUGGCCUGCAGCAAGUCCCGAGGGCUACUUUGGGCUUAUUGGUCUGAAGGUCCUCUGAUAUAGAUGAAGAUGCCAGUAAUCUAACCUGGGACUUUUUGCAUGGAGUGCAUUAUUCCAGGGAGCUGCAUUCCAUCUCUAGCAUGAGGAUGAAUGGUGCCAUUUCUCUUUUAGCAACCAGAAUGGCGGGGGCAACUUGGAAAUGUGCUUUAUUAAAAACCUUUGUGGAGGUUGGGAAAGUGAAGUGGGUGACAUCAGCUCUGUCUUGGUUUUAGCACUGUAACUGAAGAUAAGGAAAGGCCUUGUGGGUUGCCUUGCUCUCCCCUCCCUGCCCCCUUGGAAGAUCUGUGCCAGUGCCUUGGGCUGAAAUGAUGAAGUGUGCCAACCUCUGCCCCAGUUCCUGCUUCAGUGGCCAUUUCUUAAGGUUUAGGGCAGUAGUGGGGAAGUUGUGGGCCCUUCAGAUGUUCACCAGCCCCACUCAGCAUGGCCCAGUGGGAAGGGAUGAUGGGAGUGGUGAGCCAACAACAUCUGGAGGGUCAUCGGUUUUCCACCCCUGGUUUGUGGCAUUUUGCUGUAUUUUUAAACCACAUAAAAUAAUAGAAAAUAUCUGAACAGUUUACAGUAAAAAUACGCCAGCAAUAACAAGGAAAUAGUAUUUAAUGUAAUUAUUUUAACUUGGAUAAAAACAUGAUUUUUGCUGCUUUGGGGGCCUUUUUGGCUGAAAAAGUGGUGUAUAAAUAAACUGUAGCGAUAAGUGGUAACUUGGCUCAACAGCAGCUUGAGGUGUGCGGGUUCUUAACACUGUGCAGCUGUGCAGCUGUGAAUUUAAGAAUCUCAAGGCAUGACUUUCUAGGAGCAGCUUAGUAAUAAACAAACUUAUUUUAUUUGUUUUUCAGGUACUUGUAAUACAAGCCCAUCCAUGAGUCAAGCUUCCUUUUUUUAAAGUCAUGGAUGACAAGGCCUCUGUUGGAAAAAUCAGUGUGUCUUCAGACUCGGUAUCCACUCUUAACAGCGAAGAUUUUGUCUUGAUUUCCAGGCAAGGGGAUGAAACACCAUCCACCAAUAAUGGUAGUGAUGAUGAAAAGACAGGCCUGAAGGUAAGAGCCUGUAGUUCAAGUCUGAUCAGACAGAGAUGGGAGUUCAGUAUUGGGGGAAUGGGGGAAGAAGGGAAGGUAUAUCCGCAUAGCACGGUCACUCUGUUCCAUUUGUCAGCAGUUAUUUGCUGGAACUGGCUUCUGCAAUCCCAAAUUAAAUCGUUUUUUAAUCUGAAGCAUUUUUACACUGCUCUUCAACUGAAAAGGGCUCCCAGGGUGGCUUGCAAAGAUCAGUGAUAAGACAAGUCUUUGCCUUCAGACUUGCAUGAUACAAAAGGCAUGAUACAAAAUGAAAAACAUUUAGGAAGGAGAAGGAGGAAAGCAAACCUGGGCGAUAGGUGGGUGCUAAGUACUUUGUAACUAAGACCUAUUGCCAGGCCGGAUAACUUUUCAGUCAAAGUGCUGCAUUCCCUUGUGGGCAUGGUGGUGAUGGGCAGAACAAAAACCAGACACUGCCAGAGGUCAGUAUGUUAUAUUCCAUCCAUUCAGAAACCAGAGGUUUGUGUGCGCGCACGUACCCUCUCACACCAUAUCACUCCGUCUAGGCAAGCAAGAGAGAUUAUCACAGCUGAAGCACACAUUCCAGCCAGAUGAAAGCAUUUGAGGAAGGCCACUGAGUAGUAGUGCAGCCUGGGAAUGAAGUAUGGCCUGCUCACAUGAAUCAGUUCCUCUUUUAGGUAUCGGUACCUGCAGUGGCUCUCUCUAGAGCACUGCUUCUGCCCUCUCCCCAGUUUAAAUUACAUGGCUUGGCUGCUGCUUCUGACCAUAUUCUUUGACUGUGCACUGAACCAAACCAGGGAAGGGGUGCUGAGUGGUUGGGGAGUGUUGUCCCAGUGCCGCAGAUCAUGAGUGUCCAGAAUUCUUCUGUGUUGUUGUUCCAGUAUUUGAACUGUGAUUAUUAAAUGUUUGGUUGAUUACGUGGUGUGGCUGAUAAAGCCAAGCUUGCAGCCCACCUGAUUUAGUGCAGACUGUUUCAAUGUGAUGUGGUUUGUUGGGAACCCUGGCAACCUUGAGCUUGGUGCAAGACACUGAAUGAUUUCCUCCAGCCCAGUGCGUGGAUGCUUCCUGUUUCUCCAGUUAGUUUACAUCUGCUCCAGAGUCUAAAGAAUAGGCUUCUUCCCAAAGGUAUUGUGUUCCCUGUUUAAAAAGUAGGGGCCUGGCCCAGCUCUGCUCUUGAGCAGGCUUUUGAAAAACAAUUCGAGGUCACAGUAAUUACCAAACGGAAUUAUCUAAUCUGGAACUCCACACUGUGUUACAUUAGAGUGUUUAUCACAGGCCAAGGUUAGAUACAGUGCUUAAUGACUUGGAUGGCUUUGAACCUUAUCUUGCUUCUUGUCUUGGCUGUGGUAUUUGAGUGAGUUUGUUGUGUUUGAGUGAUUGCUGUCUGGAUGCUUAAGGGAAGCAGGGCAGCCUCAGAUGAGUCCUGGGGGAAGCCCAAGCCACAUGGAGCCUGUUAGGUUUCCUCUCAUAGUUUUGGCCUCUCUUACUUCACUGAAGAAGUGCAUAACUGUGCAUGGAAAGAAGGCUCUCCAUGCUGGGCAGAGAGAAAACAUGUCCUGGAAUACAGAGUGUGAGUGUUGAAAAAUAGUGAUGUGGGUUUUCUGGGGCGGGGGUUGGAUUGUAUGCAGGGGGAGGGGGAAUCUGUGCAAAUUAGGUUAAUUUGCAUUGGAAAAUUGCCAACUUGCCUUGGAAGACUUUCUGAUGCCCUACAGUGAUGUAGUUUAGCAUAUUUAUUUCACUUGUAUUUAGCAAAUGAGUAUCCUGUGGUAUUUUUUGUCCCAAUACACCAUAAAUAUUUGACCUGAAAUGCUUUGAAACUUCUAAGCAUGCCUAAUACAGUGGUGCCUCGGGUUAAGUACUUAAUUCGUUCCGGAGGUACGUACUUAACCUGAAACUGUUCUUAACCUGAAGCACCGCUUUAGCUAAUGGGGUCGCCUGCUGCUGCCGCGUCACCGGAGCACUAUUUCUGUUCUCAUCCUAAAGCAAAGUUCUUAACCCGAGGUACUAUUUCUGGGUUAGUGGAGUCUGUAACCUGAAGCGUAUGUAACCUGAAGUGUAUGUAACCUGAGGUACCACUGUAUUGGGUUUUCAGUUGGCAUCCAUUCAUUCUUCUCAAUGAACUUAUGAAAUAUAAAAUUUACCAGUGGCUUUUUUGGUGUGUGUGUAAACACAUUUACUGCCGUAUCACCAUUGGGAAUGCUGUUGAACAAGGCUUGAGCUCUGAUCAUAAAUGCUAGCACUGCUUUGAAUGCCGCUCUUGACACUCACUUCCUAUUGCCAUGCCUCUUCCAAGGGAGUAAUUAUUACAUGGUGAGAUUGUUUUUUCUUUUUUACCUUCUUAAAGUUGUAGAGCCUGGAAAGAGCUUGCAAUGCUCAAGCACAGCUAGAAAUUCUAGGGCACAUCCAUGGCAUGAGCUUACGCUGGUUCCAUGGUUGUGGCUGCUGACUGGGAGGAUGAGGAAGUUGCAUUGCUGGAAUGGGAGAAGUGAUGGGCUACCACAGAGGAAGGAUGAGACCUGUGGUAAACAGUGGUCAAAACUGUGAAUAUCAAUUAUUGACCACUAUUGCAGGGGCUGAGCCCCAUUUAUGUUUGUGGUGCCCAGUUAAGAAUUGCUAUUAAAAAUGUUAUAUUAACAAGGUCUCACUGAUGUGAACUAUAUAUUUGUUCAUGUGUUUAGAAAAAAUAAAUGGAAAGGGCGACUGAAUUAUGUUGUGGCGUCUGUAACCUAGAUUUCAGGAGCCAUCUGGUGAAUAUCUUAUGUACCUGAGUUUCUAACACUGACAGCAGCUCUCCCCACAUGUGAUUCCUGGCAGCCAGUAUUCAGAAUCACACGGCCUCCUCCUUUAGUUUACUUGAGUGUGUGUUUGCAUAUGUUGGGGGCUGGGGGACCAUUGCCCAGUCCCUGACAGCAUCUCUGGUUAGAAGGGUUAGGACCUGCCUCGGACCCUUGAGAGACCCUGCCUCUCACAAUACUUUCCUGGUGAUCAGGUAGUUGGUCUCUGUAUACUGCAGCUUCCUACAUUAUGUGAGCAGUGAUCGGGCUGGGAGGUGUCUGAUUGAGCGCACACAUCUUUUAACAUGCGUUGUUCUGGGGGAGUCACUUCUGUGCUUGCUUUUGCCCUUCGUUUGCCUACACAUUUGGAGGGGGGGUGCUAAUCAGAGGUUGAAGUGAGUUGAAAGACUUGACAGCACCCGGCAAAAUAAGGGCCUCUUGCCAACAUGCUUUGAUCCUGGCACCAGUUGCUGGAAACCACAGGAGGGAAGAGUGCUUUUGUGCUUGCUUGUGGGUUUCCCACAAUCAUCUGGUUGGCUACUGUGAGAACAGGAUCCUGGACUAAAGGGGUCAUUGUCCUGUUCCAGCAGGCCUCUUAUGCUCUUGCGCUACCAGCAAUCCAGCUUUUCAUACCAAAGUGGGUUUCAAGAGUACUUCAACCCUGAACUCACAGGCUGCACACAGCCAGGCAUCAUGUGAGUUUUGCAACUGGAGCAGGUCCAUUAGCGACCACAUGGAGAUCUUUGGAUGCCAGGUUGGCAACUGAUAUCUCCAUCUGGCUAGCCUCUCCAGCUUUCUUAAGCAGGUAAGCAGAAGGGCUUAUUUAUUGCAUUUAUAUCCCACCAUAUUCUGCAAGGAGUACAUGGUUCACCCCCUUGUCGGUUAAUUCGUACAACAACCCUGUGAGGUGGGUUUAGAGGCUGUGACUAGCCCAAGGUCACGACUUGAGUGGGGAGUUGAUCUCCCAGGUCCUGGUCUGACACUCGAUAACCACUACACCUUGGUGGCUUACUAGAGUACUUCUGCUAAGGGGCAGCUAUAUAGAUUAAGUAGGUAAAUAACUAUGGAGAAAACAAAAUGUCACUUAGAGAAGGAUCCAGGGUGGAUAAAAAUCAAUGAUUUUCUAAAGAAAAAUAAAUCAGAUUUUUUUAUUUAAAUCAGAUUUUUAAAAUAAAAUGCUUUUGGAGGAAAAAUAUUUUUAAAGAUAGUUUUCUAUUUAAGUUGCAUUAUAGUCCAAAGGCUAUUCAUCAGGAAAUAAGGAUUUGUUUAAGUUUCUCAUGUGUGCUGAAACUAAAUUUUUUUAAUUAAAAUUUUUUGUUUAACCACAUCAGUUAACAAAGAUGGAUACGUAUGCUUUAAUGUUACAGUAUUGUCUUAGUUAAAUAAAUGGUUUAAAUUGUUAUUAAGGAAAUGAUUAUUUUUCUCAUUCCAAUAAAGUACAGUGGAAAGGAUGUCCAAAUGCAAACAGUUAACUUAUUAAACCUCACUAUAAUUUCAUAAUUAAUGGUCUAUGUAUUUCUAAUAGUAUAACCAAAUCAGUAAUUUUUGAUAUAACUGUAAAAACUACUCUGAUUUUUUUUUAUUCCAAAAAUGAAACCUUCAUCUGGUUGUAAAUAUUAAGAUCAUACUAGCAAGAAUGAGUCUUUCUGUAAAAAAAUGAUUUAAAUCAAGUCUUACUGACUAGUGAUUUAAAUCGUGAUUUAAAGAAAUUUAAUUUAAAUCGAAUCCACCCUGGAAGGAUCCAAAAUAUUUUCCUUGAAGCUUGAAUUUGUUUUAUACCAGAUUGUUUUAUUUGAUGUUUUAAUAUGUUGUAAACCACUUUGAGAUUUUUUCUUUAAAAUAUUAAGUGGUGUAUAAAUGAAAUGAAUAAUAAUAAUAACAAUAACAAUAAAUUUCACAGUUUAAAAAAGGUACCUAGACAUUCUGCUGUGAUGACCGUAACUUAGGUUCAAGGUGCAAUUUGACAAUUACUGUAUUUUUCGCUCUAUAGGACGUACCGGAUGAUAAGAUGCACCUAGUUUGGGGGGGAGGAAACAAGAAGAAAAAAAUUCUGAACCCCGGAAGCCAGAACAGCCAGAGGGGUCUGGCUUCUGGGAUAGCCUCUUGCUGUUUUGGCUUCAGGGACAGCCUUUGAAGCCUCCGCAGGGCAGCGGGGUGAAGGCACCCCACUGCCCUGCGGAAGCUUUGCGCAGCUAACCCCAAGCUAGAACAGCGAAAUGGAGCACUGCGCAGCACUCCGUCUCUCUGUUCUGGCUUUGGGCUUAGCUGCGUAGCCUGCAUUCGCUCCAUAACACACACACACAUUUUCCCUUACUUUUUAGAAGGGAAAAAGUGUGUCCUAUAGAGCAAAAAAUACGGUAGCUUAUAUAUCUGAGUUUCUAACUCUGGCUGCAUAUUGCCUUGUUGCAUGUGGGGCUGGGGCAGAGGAAGCGAAGCCACCCCACCAACCCUUGUGCUGCCUUCCUAAAGCUGGAUAAGCAAGGCUCUGGGCUUUGGGAAAGAUGCAUUAGGCUCUGGCAGGGUCCUAGAGCUCUCCCAUCUUCUUCCCAAAGCUGGGAAAGCACUAACUUUGCUUUGGAAAGGAGACGGGAGGACUUUAAGACCCUGCCAGAGGUCUUCUCUCACACCUCACACCUUCUCAAAGCCCAGUGACUUGCUUGGAUGUGAGGGUCACAUGUUGCUUAGGGCCACCCAAAAGGUCCAGAGUUAGAGGGAAGCAAGUUUGUUACCUAUGGUGGGCCAAAUUCCGCUUCAUCAUUGGCAGCCAAAGACCCGAGAACGGGGCUGCAGUCACCUACAGUGUACAUAGCAAUGACUAACAACCUGGUUCCUGUAAUGUUAAUGGGUGAUGUCAGGAAACUGCCAUCAGUGCCAGAGAGAGAGAGCAAAAUCCAGAGGGAUUCCAGAGAGCGUCCCGGGAUUGGGAGAGGCAGCCCAUCUUCUGGGGAAGAGAAUCAGCGUAGCACCAGUGGAGAAGGGGGGCAGAUGGGGGAAGCGGCGAGGCGGUCCCAUGACUCCUUGCCGGGGACCAGCGGGGAGAGUAGAGGUCCUCCGCUGCCUACACCCUCCUUGCGCAGAAGGCUUUCGCGCAGAGAGAGUAGGAAAAGACUAGGCGUCAAAGAGCUUCUUUGCUGGAAGAAGUUUAAGAAACGCCCACUGACGGAUUCUGCCAGCGAUUGAGACAGCCACGGGUGAGUGGCUGUCCGGACAGAAAAGGUUCACUCAGGCAACCCAGCCAGGUGUUUGCACCGGCUUACGCACGAGCAACCCCUAGAAUCACUACAGGUGAUGAUGAACCCGCUGGCUGGCAUGCUGACGCACUCCUUGCUGCCCAAUGUCUACUUGUAUCCCUUCAUAUAUUAUGCUGGGAUGGGGAACCUCCAGCCUUCCCGCUGUUGCUGGACAGAACUCCCAACAUCCUUGACUAUUGGCCAUGCUGGCUGGGGUUGAAGGCCCAAUAAUAUCUGGGCAGCCCCAGGUUUCUUACACCUGCAUUAUAACAUAUCAAUUAAGUCCUACUGUAUUUGUUUCUCUUGUUCUGGAAACCAGCAAGUCUCUCCAGUUGAAAUGCCCCCUUUGCACAUGGUCUUUUAUGCAGUUAAAUAUCCUCAAAGAUCUCCUCUCCCUCCUUUUGGAUUUAGACUUUUUAAGGGCAGAUUAUUUGUGGAUGCCUCUUCAUUCUGUCUGCUGGAGUCUUCUCUGUGCACAGAAACCUAGGCAAUAGCCUUCUACUACACUUAAAAGAAAUGUCAAACUGCCUCAGACUGAGUCAGACCCUGGGCGUUGGUCAGCAUUGUCUACUCAAGGGGUGGGGAACCUUAGGCCCAGGGCAGAAUCCAGUCCUGUGUUUCCAGCUGCCAGGACCAUCUUCACAGUUUCCACAGACCAUGCCCCUUACUAGCCUUGCUCUGUAUCCUCCUUGGGCUCCUUUGCCUGGCUGGAAUUGGCCUUCGAACUGUGAUGAAGCCUCUAGCUUGCCUGGAUGGAGAGGUGUGUGCAAAUCCCUAGCUGCUGCUGCUGCUGCUGCUGCUGCUGCAUGGUUGGAAUGUAGCCUACAUCUCAAAGGCAAGAGUCACAUGCAUUGCUCUGCCUACGUUUGAUUCUGGCUCCCAGAAGGUUCCCUGUAAAUGAAAUGCAGCCCUUGGGUUAAAAAAGAUUCUGUGCUCCACAGUUUCCAGGAUCUUGGGCAAAGGUCUAUCCUCUCCACCUGCUUUCUGAUUAUUUUAACUGGUGAUGCCAGGGACUCACAAUGAGACCCUCUUUGGUACACAAGGUGACUGCUCUGCCUCUGAGCCUACAGCUUUUCUCCAAAGGCUCGUUCUCUUCUGAUGCAAAUUACAGGGCAAAGCUACCUGCUGUCUAAUUUAGCUCAACAGGCUUAACCAGAUUUCAGGCCAUCUUGGUCUGUCCUUGUACCGAUUCAUGAAAGACUUCCUUCCAAGUGGAGACAGUAAUGUUCCAUGUGGCUAUGGCCUCGGUCGCACUGAAUCUGUGAGCCAGGAUUGGCCAGCUUUGUGGCUCUGGAGGUUGCCUCCUGUCCUGGAGAUGGAAGUGAAUGUGACUAGGUGGCAUCUCCACACCUACCAUUCCAGUAGUUUACUCCCACGUUGACAGGGCAGGAAAACUCCUGUUUUGUGUACUGUUUGCACUUCCACUUCACUGGAGGCUUAAGUGACUGGUGUUCUUUGCUGGAAGGAAGCAGCCAUCAGGUAAGUGAGGUGGAGAGUAGAUGGAGGGGGAUGUUUUUAAAAGGUGGCCAGUUAUUUCUCCUGGGGAAGCUGGGAGUGCUUGCAUUCUGAAUCAUUUCCUUCAACUUCUCAUUUGAACAUCUUGGAGGAAGCAGCCAUAAGAUGCGUCUGACCACAAACUACCUCUGGCCAAGUGUCAGCUCUGUGAGUCUGGAAGGUGGCCAAGGCACGCAGAGGGAGGGGGAUGUUUGUGGCCAGGCAGUGGUGGAGAACCAUGGCACAGGAUGGGAGGGAGAAGUGGGGGCUCAGAGGCAGGGUGGUUUUGGCAGGGUAGUGUAGUGGCUAGAGUGUCAGGCUAGAAGCUUGGAGACCAGAUUUGAAUCCCAAGUCAGUCAUGAAACUCACUGGGUGACCUUGGGCCUGUCAGUGCUUCUCAGCCUAAGCUAUUUUACUGUGAGCAAUAAAUGAGGCGAGGGAGAACCAUGUGAGCCACCUUGAGCUCCAUGGAGGAAAUGCUGGGGUUAUAAGUGCAGUCAGGAGUGCCAAGGGAGCUACAUGGUCCCUGUCUGUGAGGGGGAAGCAGGAGCAAGGAGCCGCAUACCAUACGCCUUUGGCUUUAGUGCUUAAUAGUAAUCAACAUUUUUAUCCCAGUCUUCCUCCAAUGGAAUCAGUAACAUGGUGCCUCUUUUUGCCCUCACAACUACCCUGUGAUGCAAGUCAGACUUGAGAGGCAUUGACUAGCUGAAGGUCACCCAGCACGUUUGACCAGAGGCUUGGGCCCUGCCUCUUUAGCAUCUGAAAGGCUAAACACUAGCACUGCUGCCUUAUGCAGCAGGCUGUGGGAAGACUUCUGAGUGGGCGCCUCUUUGCAUUCUUUCUCCUUAGUAAAUACUAUAUUAUUCCUUUGUUUUGACACAAAUGUGUUUGGGAUGGCCAGAUGUUAUUUGAUCUAGGUGUAACUUCACAGGCUUGUCAGCAGGCAGGCAUUUUAGUUAAAUUGGUAAAUGUGGAAGGAUUAGGUGGGGAAUAGAAAGCCAUGGUAGAAAUAGGUAUGGUGCUGACCACAAGGGCAGCCCUGGCAGCUUGGGUGCCUGGGAGAAGUUGCCUUCAUCUAUGAGUUGUGAAGGUGCUGCAGCCUCUUCCCAGUCUGCUUUAACCACUCUGGAAUGCUCAGCCACGCUAUUCCCAGCUCCUUGCUGUCAUUAAUGCCCAUCGGAAUUCCACUAGUUGUUGCUCUUGAGUCUGUGUCUCUACUGUGCAGUUUACACAUUCAGAAGUCUGUAAGGCUGCUUUUGUGCUGGAGAGAGCAGUGCAGCAUUUUCUUGGCCAAACCUGUUGCAUCUCCAGAAGGCCGAGAUCUUAGUAUGCUUAUGUAUUGUUUUCAUGAACAUUGCAGAUACCCAAUGAAACCUUCUAGUGAUAUCAGUGUCUCUUGAGAGAGUUGAGAAAAUGCAAUGUUAUUUGAACUACUUUUAACCUCUGUUUAGCCUCCUGUAGUGAAUGUGUGUCUGGUCUCAGUCAAGCCCCCAUCUCUCCUCUUUUGGCUCACCCUUUGCCACUUGCUUUCACAGAUUAUAGGGAAUGGGAGUGAGCAGCAACUGCAGAAAGAGCUUGAAGACGUCCUAAUGGAUCCCCCCAUCGAAGACCAAUCAAAUGACCGAGAACACGAGGAGGAGGACAGCCAUCAUGAUGGAGGAGAGGGAGAUGAGCCAGUCCUCCUCGAGGCUUCUGCAUCCUCCACAAUUAACCCUGUGUCUGUGGCGGGACCCCAGAAACCUGAUAUGAGCUUGCCAGUGAAGCCAGCGCAGGGAGGUGAGAGAAAUUUGGGGCAGGUGGGUGGGAAAUGAGAGGGCACAACCGGGUCAUGAGAAGCCUCUGAAAGAAAGAGAAGGAAGCACAGAUGCAGAGCAAAUUUGGGGUGAGUUUCUGAAAGUCAUUCCUUAAAACACUCAUAUUGUGCCUUCCUGUCAAAAUGACACUCAAGGCAGCUAACGAACAAUUAACUUGGGCAAUAAUGGAGAAAGCCAGCAGAAACACUCAAGGCAGCUGACAAAUGGCAAGGGACAGCAGCUGGUCAACUAACUUUAUGCAAAGGCCUUCUCUUUUGUAUCUAUCCUCUGAGGUUCAGAGGGUGAAGGCAGGGGACAUGGGGGACUUUUCAGUGGCAUCCACAAUAUAGAAUUCCCUGCUCUGUAAGAGACCUGACCACUUCAUAGGGAGUGUUUUACAAGGCAGGUCAAAAUGGCCUUGUCCAAGCCUGUCUUUUAUGAAACUGGGACCGGUGACUCUUCCUGGUCCUCCCUGGUGUUGUUCAUUACUUAGUUCUGAUAUUUUGGUUAGAUAUUUUGGUUGGGAGCUGCCCUAGGGGGUAGGCUUAAAGGAUGGAAAGUGCAGAAUAUAAAUGUGUUACUAAGUCUUAACCUGCACAGCAGUAAUGCCUAGGAACUUGACAAUCUUGUUGAGGUUGAACCCUGCCAGAUACAGCCUUUUGCACUUCUGUGGUGCUUUCUUGGAGAGGAGCAGAAUACGCACAGCCUUUGUGUAUCCUGAGCAGAUACUGGCCAGCGGGCUUCAUUGUCCUUCCUAGUUGUUCUCUUCAGAACUGGUUUUUCCAAUCAUGGCUGGUCUUUCACAACCAUUCCCUAAAGGGUGGGUUGCUUUUUAAGGGGGAAGGGGCCAAUUUCAAUCAUUUAUAUCACUAAAGCUUCCCAUUGGCACCCCUGCUUAAUGGUGCAGAUCCAAAGUCUGCAAAUCAAAUAGGGUGCAAAUAGUCAUAUAUGAGAGUCAGAUUGGUUACACAGGAGAGACUCAUUUUAACUUAAUGUGAGUGGUAGAGGAUACUGAUCCAAUUUAGCAAUUUGAUACACAAAUUAACGGACUCCGCUUUUCUGCUGUUUUGUAGAUUCCGAGGAGUCGAGUCCUUUUACUCCAGUUGCUGAUGAGGACAGCGUUGUCUUCAGCAAGCUCACUUACUUGGGCUGUGCCUCAGUCAAUGCUCCCAGGAGCGAGGUGGAGGCCCUGAGGAUGAUGUCCAUCUUGCGAAGCCAGUGUGAGAUUUCCGUGGACGUGACUCUUUCGGUUCCUAAUGUGUCGGAAGGAACUGUGAGGUACUUUCCCACCUGUGGUGUGGCAUUGGGGGAGGCUCUGUAGGUCCACCUGUCGUUGGCAGUGGUGUUUUUUAGGACCUGCUUUGUAUACUGUGGCAAUAGUUUCUAAGUUGCCUCAUGGUUACUAUGGGGCAACACCAAGACAAUCUUCUGAAAAGUGUCUUCUUUGAUAAACUGGUUGUAAAUUGUGGCUGUUUGUUUUCUUUUUUUUUAAGUUUCAUUUAUUUGUAUGCUGUUUGUCCACAGUGCUAAAGCAGUUUAUCAAAGUACAAAACAUUGGGGGUGGGGGGUGGGGGACACAACUUGCUAUGGAACAUGUCAGGGCAUUCAAAUAAGACAAAAAAACAUUUCAGGAAGCAUAGGAUAAAUGCCAGUACAGCAAGCCCACAACUUACGCAGGGGUUACAUUCUUGACAUUAUGCCUAAAGCCAAAAUCACGUAUAGUCAAAAAACACUUCAAGGUGUAAUGGUGGGUGGGAUUGCAAACGUCUUUUUCCCCAGUACCCACCCCCUUUUUAAUUUUUAUAAAUUAUUUUCUGAAGCUUGUAAAGCUGAAUGUACACAAGUUAAAUGUGCGAACGUUGUGGGCUUACUGUAUUGCAAAGAAAUGAAUCUAGAUACAAGUACAGUGCAAAAUCUUAAGUUAAUGGGCAAAAUAAAUAAAUAAAGCCAACCCGUACUGUAAGUAAGUGUGUGGUCUUGCUUCACUCCACGGUGACUGCAGCAGCCUGACUUAGAUGCAGUUCAGUUGGGCUAGGGAUCUUCUCACCAGGCUAGAUGGUUCACCGCCAACUCUCUGGUUUCUUGUCCAAAGGCAUUUGCCAGCAGCAGAAAGGCAGGUGGGGGUGGGGAAGUCAGUGAAGGGAAGUUCACUCCCCCAGCCUCCCAGGUGUUCUGGUGGCUAGUGCUGGCUUUUCUGUGCUAGCACUGAUUUUAUUAUUUUUCAGAUAACAGGUGUUAAACUCAAACAAGAAAUCUAUAAAUGGGAGAAUGGAGGCAUAAUUAUUGUCUAGUCUGCUCCUGCAACUUCUGAUUUAUGUGGACGGAAGAUUUUAAUAACAGCAAAAGAACAGAACUCUUUUUAAAAUUAUCUGUAAUGUCCAGUGGAAGGAAUUCAGUGUAGCACUAUGGCAGUUAUUCCAACAGAGCAAGCAAUUCAGCUUAUCCCAUGCUGUUCUGAGGGUUCUCCUACCCCCGAAGCCAAUUGGGGGUGGGAGGAGAGAUAGGGAAAGUCAUGUUGCCUUAGUGGAAGUCUUUGCUAGUGGGAGUGAGGGCCUAAUGAUGUCCUCUCUGCCCUCCAAUCAGUGAACCUGGCAUUUACAAAUAUAAUACUCUUGGGAUGGUACAGAGUGAUUCAAGAGAGUCAGGAAUAAAUUCAUAUUUUCAAAGCCAUCCCAUAGAUCAUGAUGGGCGUCAUGUAUGAACAGUCCUCCAUCAGGGAAACAUGUGUCUUUGAAAACCACAUUUGCUUCCUUUAAGGAGAGCUGUAAAAGCAUUCAGUAAGAAAGAAAGCAGAAACACAGAAGGUGCACUUCUGAAUAUGAGCUAAGUUGCUCAAUUUAGAUCCAUUUUUAGCCUAUUAGAAAAGAUUUUGCUCACUUAAAUUGACCAGUUAAUUAGUUAAAGAUUGGAUCCAGCAUUAAACUACUUGCAGCUUGUCUGUCUUCAAGGUGAAGCAUUUGCAGCUCACACCUUCAUUUCCCCCUUUUGCUCUGCAGGCUGCUAGAACCCCCAACGAACAGCGAAAUAGCCAACUAUCCCAUUUACAAGAUCCUGUUCUGUGUGCGGGGACACGACGGGACUCCAGAAAGCGACUGCUUCGCUUUCACUGAAAGCCAUUACAACUCAGAGCUCUUCAGAAUUCAUGUCUUCCGGUGUGAAAUCCAAGAAGCUGUAAGUUCAGCAUCUGCUUUGCCUUUGUUGAUGCUCCUGCCUUGCAUGUGGAAGAUCCCAGGUUUUGUCCCUGGCAUCUCCAGAGAGAUCCUGUAUAGAAACCCUGGAGAGUCGCUGCCAAUCAGUGUGGACAAUACUGAGCUGGAAGGAUCAGUGGUCUGACUCAGUAUUAAGGAAGCUAGGUGUAUUUCAUUUAUUAAUUAAAUUUAUGUCCUCCUCUUCCUGCCAAAGAAGGAAUCUCCUUCGUAUAAUGUCAGUACCUUCUUAGUGAUACUUGGUAACCCUGAUGAUACAGAUCUUCUGCUUCCAGCCAUUUAUUUGUGCUGACAGUUUAGCAUCAUACUAUGCUUCAUAGUGGGUAAAACCUCAGCGCCUAGGACUUGCCGAUCGCAUGGUCGGCGGUUCGAAUCCCCGCGGCGGGGUGCGCUCCCGUCGUUCGGUCCCAGCGCCUGCCAACCUAGCAGUUCGAAAGCACCCCUGGGUGCAAGUAGAUAAAUAGGGACCGCUUACCAGUGGGAAGGUAAACGGCGUUUCCGUGUGCUGCGCUGGCUCGCCAGAUGCAGCUUCGUCACGCUGGCCACGUGACCCGGAAGUGUCUUCGGAUGGUGCCGGCUCCCGGCCUCUAGAGUGAGAUGAGCGCACAACCCUAGAGUCUGUCAAGACUGGCCCGUACAGGCAGGGGUACCUUUACCUUUACCUUUUAUGCUUCAGUUAUUCUGUGCUGGGCUCAUUAAACUCUGACUGUGAUCAGGUCUUUCUUCUCUGCGUUGAUAACGAGCAGUGUUGCUGAGAAGGAUUUCAAGAUAUGCACUUGCAAGAUGGAAUAAUUUGUUAGAUUUUGGCACAAAUUUCUGAUUUGUCUCAUAGUCACAGACUUGGGCUGCAGCCUUGUGUACACUUAACACAGUAGGACUUCCUACUGAAAGGCCAUGCAUAGAAUUGCACUGUUGAAGGAAGCCAUGGUAGAGGUCUUCCAUUCAGGCACCAAAUUCAAAGAGUGAGGCUGAGCAACUGACGGGAGUUUGGAGAAUCCUAAUGAAAGCGGAAAAGCAUAUCCUAUCAAAACAAACAGAGUGGGUGUAAUGUAGCAGUUAAAAGAGCCGCCUUCAACCUGGUGUGCUCCAGAGGUUCUGGACUACAAUUUCUGCCAUGCCUGGCCAUUAAUCUCUGCUAGGUGGAGCUGGUGGAGUUGUGGUCCAAAGCCUCUGGAAGGCACUAGGUUGGGGGAAACUACAUUAGAGUGUCUCACCAGCCCUGUGUUGAAACCCUCAUUAACUUCAAAAGUGCACUGGAUAGCUGCUAAGCCAGUCACGAACUCACUCCACCCUCAGAAAUAACAAAAGAGCUGUUUCCCUAACUCUGCUCCCCACUAGGAAUCCCAGCUGCUGACUUUCUUUCUCUCUGGCUCUUCGUGUCCACAGGUGAGUCGGAUCCUGUACAGUUUUGCCACCGCCUUCCGCCGCUCUGCCAAACAAACCCCGCUUGCUGCUCCCUCUGCCCCGCAGACACCAGACAGUGACAUAUUUACUUUCUCCGUUUCUCUGGAAAUAAAAGAAGAUGAUGGGAAAGGAUAUUUCAGGUGUGCUUUCCCCUCUUCAUUUGAUGCUUCUCUCCAGAACCCAUUUCAACAUGAAAUAUGGUCCAAGUUAUUUUUUAGCUGGGUUUUAAAAUGCUUUUUAAAGAAUUGUUUUAUGUUGCUUGAAAUGGUCUUUAUGUGGAUGUAGUCUGAUUUUAUUGUGUUAACCUUUUAAAAAUGGUAUAUUUUAUUUUUUAUGAAUGAUGCAGGGGGUGUGGUUAAUGAGGGGUCAGUAAACGGGAAGCUAAAAUGGGUGAUAGCUGACUAAGUUAUUCCCAGAGUAGACCCAUUGAAAUAAAUAUGGACUUCGUUGGCUACCAUCCAAUAAAAAUGAAGCACAUUGUCUGAAAUCAGGUAUGGGAAUUUUAUGUGCUGUUUUCUUCUGGCUUGGACUUUGUUCAGUGGUGGCCCUUUUUGUUAAGAAGGGAAGAGCCACCAUGCAGCUGGAUCAGGGGGGCUGGAUCCUGGCCCUGACAGGGCAACACUGUGGGGCAGACGUUCAGGACCCCUCCCAGCAGAAGGAGCAGGAAGGCCCCACAAAGGCACCAGGGCUGGCCAACCAUAUUUUUAAAGUGAAGUAAUAUACCUUACUGCCUAAAGAGGAGGGCCUCCUAAGACCACAACGGGGAACUGUGCCCCUCCAGGUCUCCCUUGAGACCAUAAGAAGAGCCUUGUUGGAAGGGGAAAUAUAAAAAUAAGAGAGAAGGUAAAAAAGUGCUUAUAGAAAUGCUAAGAUUAAAGUAAAUAUAUAUGGAAGUCAGGAAGAGGGGCGGGAGGAGGUUGAUGCUCUGGUAAGAGUGAGGUUUGAGUUUAUUGACGUAUGUAUGGAUAUUGUGAUUACAAAAAUAGAAAAUGUAAUAUUAUUAUUUUUUUAAAAAAAGCAGAAGAGCCUUGUUGUAUCGGGCCAGUGGCCCAUCUUGUCCAGCCUCCUUCCCUCAAAGCGUUUUUUUCCCCAUUGGAUACAUGCUGGAGAUACUGGUCUCUUGACCUUGUUGCAUUUGAGCGCCCAUUGCCAAGCCCAGAAAACUUAAGACCUGUAUCCUUAGCUUGCUCUAUCUAGUGACCACCCUUUUUUUCUUCUGAUGUGCACUGCCUUUGGAGUCAUAGAGCUGUGAGGCCACCUGCUGUUCAUUCUUGUCAUAGCAGCUCUACAUGUGUCAAACAGACUGGUGGCUGAGCAAAAAGAAAUUGCCUUUUUAAAAUCUUGGUGCCUCUUUUAAAAGAGAGUGCUGUGCGUAUUGUUGAUAGGAAGCAACAUUUAGUACAUCUUAGGUUUUUUGUUUUUUAAAAAAACCCAGUCUUCAAUUACCACCUCAGCUAAAUCUUAGAUCUUCUCACCCCAUUCUUGGGCUUCCAGUUCCUUAUGUGUUCAUUCCUCUACACUUUACUGUUUGUUCUCCAAUAUUGGUUGGAACACUUAUUUCCUACCAUCCUUCCAUACCCUGCUGCAAUCAGACUCUAAAAAGCCUUUUCAAGCCUAAUUGGUGUUGUGGUAUGAGUGUGUGUGUCCUGGAGAUUAAUUCUUGCCUCCCUAGCUGCUGUUUUCCAUUAAGACUACCCACCACCCUCAAUAUGCUUGAAAGAAACUAUAAACACUGAUUCCCCUCCCCCCAGCUUUAUUUCAGGUGUGGGAUGGAGAGCAAGAGAGAGGUGUGUGAGAUUUCAAAUAUUGGUGAUUCCUGUUUUAGGGCAUGCUGUUGUCCUUGUCGAAUCACCAACUCUCUUAGAUUUCUGGACUCACCCAGGCUGUGAAAACUCUCACUUGCCUACUGAUUCUGUUCUCAAAUUUGUGACUACAAAUAAGAGGACCGUGUGAAUAUUUCCCUUUUUGACCACAGUGCUGUGCCCAAAGACAAGGACCGGCAGUGCUUUAAACUGCGCCAAGGCAUCGACAAGAAGAUCGUCAUUUACGUACAACAGACAACCAACAAAGAACUGGCAAUUGAAAGGUAACUUUGUGUCUAUUUCCUCUGAAGAGCUUUGGUGGGCAUGCAGGAAGGGGCAUCUUUGGUGGUGGCCCCACACCCAAGUAAGAUCAGACAGGCCCCCUCCCUGCUGCCCCCAUCAUUCAGCCCACACACUGAGGUUCCCUCACUGCAAGAAGUUACAGGGAACCAGGCAGAAGGCCUUCUUGGUAGUGGUGCUCUCCCUGUGGAAUGCCCUCCCAUCAGAUGUCAAGGAGAUAAAGAACUACACAACUUUUAGAAGACAUCUGAAGGCAGCUCUGUAUAAGGAAGUUUUUAAACGUUUGAUAUUUUAUUGCGUUUUUAUGUCUGUUGGAAGCCACCCAGAGUGGCUGGGGCAACCCAGUCAGAUAGGUGGGGUACAAAUAAUAAAGUUGCUGUUAUGUGGAAUGCUGAAAUGCUGCUAACAUUUAUUCUUACUGUGCUUGGUGGAUUGUAGGGGGUUUUGUGUGUGCUGGCAUUUUUAAGGUUUGGAGUUGUGUUGAAUUUUGAAUGGUGUCUUUUGUAUUGUGUUCACCGCUUUGUGAUGAGACUGUCUUGAAAAGCAUGAUAAAAUCUAUAAAAUAAGUACCGUAUUUUUCGUUCUAUAGGGCGCACCGGCCCAUAGGACGCACCUUGUUUUUUUUGGGGGGGGGAAUGAAUAAAAAAAAUUAUUCCCCCCCCCCGCCGCGGCUGCCGCCCCAAGCCUUGUGCACACCUGCAAGAAGCACGGGGCACCCUCCAGAGGGCUCCGCGUGCUUCGGGCGACAGGCUGCCGCCCCAAGCCUCGCGCGCUCAGCGGGACCUCCUGCUGGGCGCGCAAGGCUUGCAGACACUCGCCCGAAGCACGGGGAGCCCUCCGGAGGGCUCCCCGUGCUUCGGGCGACAAGCUGCCGCCCCAAGCCUUGCGCGCUCGGCGGGACCUCCUGCCUGCAACUCCCACCGGGCUUGCAAGGCUUGCGGAUAGCUUCGCUGAAGCCUGGAGAGCGAGAGGCAUCGGUGCGCACCGACCCCUCUCGCUCUCCAGGCUUCAGCGAAAGCCUGCAUUCGCCCCAUAGGACACACACACAUUUCCCCAUCAUUUUUGGAGGGGAAAAAAUGCGUCCUAUGGAGCGAAAAAUACGGUACAAUGUAUGUUCUGACUUGUAAAGUACUAUUGAGCUGAAAAUCUCCUCUAACCCUGCUGCCCAGUUCCUCAUUUCAAUUCUUCUCUAAGAGCUGAUGGGGCAGUUGUUAAACAGUUUAGUACAUACUGUGGUUUUUCUCCACUAAAGUACCCCAUAAAAUCUGACUACCUUUUUCAGAACUACCUGUUCCGCAUGGAAAUGGUUGCUAGAGGUUGGCUUUUUUUCUUUUUAAAUCACAGGUGUUUUGGCCUCCUCCUUAGCCCUGGGAAGGAUGUGCAGAGUGGCAAUAUGCACCUGUUGGAUCUGGUAAGGUGCCCUUCAGUUUCCAGAGAUUUCCCCCUCAAAUAGCCCCGCUAAAUGACAUGUUGCUUGUGUGUUUCCAGGUGAUUUCAAGUGUGUUUUGUGAUGUGAUCUAGCAGAGCCUAUGGGCUUUGUUUUAACUCACCCUGUUCUGUGGUUUUAGGAGUCUAUGGGCAAAAGUUCUGAUGGGAAGUCCUAUGUCAUCACUGGGAGCUGGAACACAAAGUCUCCACACUUCCAUAAACUGAAUGAAGAAACACCGAAAGGUUUGUGAUCAGUGACUUUUCUGUUUGGGUCAGAUUGCUUGAGAUGUGUAAGUUGUUUCCUGUAUAUUUUCCUAGAUACGUGUGCAAUGAUCAGUGGCCAAUCCCAGAUAGUCGAAUGUAGGGAAUCUUUUUCCUAUCGAGGACCUCAUUCCGUCUGGGGUCGUCUGUUCAGAGCCACAUACUGACAGUGGGUGGAGCCGGAGACUUAAGUUUUCUGGAUAAACUAACCUUGAAAUAAGACUGCCUUUUAUCAGUUUUCACCAUGGCUGUUUCACAUUAGAAUUGCUAGUCCCCUGCAGGUCUAGGUGGGUGUAAGCUCCACUGAGUUAGAUUGGAGUAUACUCAAAGAAGCAUACAGAGGAUUUCUUGUUAGUACUAUAGUGGACUGAUACAAUUACUGUUCUGCGAUGCAAGUGAAAUUAAUUCCUUUCUGACUUUAGUUAAAGCCUACUUGUUUGUUGUCAUGCUUUUAUAAAAUCAGGAAGAAUAGGAAGGAAGGAACUUGGAUGGGAUGGAAGAAUGGGGUAACUUCAGAAGCGUUUGAGGGCCACAAAAAAGUGAAAUCCAGGAGUGCACCUGGUCCCAAGUCAGCAAGUUGCCAACCUGUUUUGUCAAGAAUGUUUUGUCAAGCUGAGAUGGCGUUGAGUCAGGGUGCAUGUGUGUGUGUGGCAUGGAGACGUAAUUGAUGUCUCUGUGUUCUAACCCUUCAAGCCAGACUCUGGAAGACAGUUCAGGUGGGAGCAAUGGCAGGAGGAUAGCACCAAAACGAUGGGACAGCCCACAUAAAAUGUGAAGCAGAUGCUGGGAAAUGUAAUUCCCCUUGCUGGGAGAUGACUUUGUUUCUGGACUCCAUUUAAAAUACUGGCUGUGAGCUACAACAUUGCCUGGUUUAUGGAGUGUACCAGGUUCUCUGUCAUGGGCUAGUUAAGGUGGGGGUGAGGAACCUCCAGGCCGCAAGCCAAUCUUGGCCCACCAAGAUGAGGUUUGGCCUGCAAGACCUUUUCCUAAAAACCACACCUACCUGUCCCUCAGCUGAAAUGAAGGUGGGGUUCAAUUCUGCUUUGGCUGUGCAGACAGGGACUUGCAGCCCAAAGUAGGAUCUAGCCCUCCUACUCCUAGUCAGCUGAAGAGCAGGGGCUAAAUCCUACUCAGUUUUGGCUGCUCAUGCUGGUUCUCUGCUGGGAACAGGCACACACAGUCAAGGCACUUUGAUAUUUUUUAAUGAAUAUCAAUUUUAAAAUAUUUUUUUAUCAAUAGAUAAAUAAGGCAAGCAAAAAGAAAGAAGCAGAAACAGUGCUGGAAAAAUCCCCUCCAUUGCCUUUGCCAAAUGCUUUGCAAACUUCGCUCCCCGCCCCACUUUCAAGAUUGAAGUGAGAUAGGGGAGAGGCCUGAAAAAGCCUUUGCAAAUUGUCUCCCUCUUCCCUUUUAAAUUCCCAAUCUCAGGGACUUUAAAGGGAAGAGAGAGGAUGCUUACAGAAACCUUUAAAAGUCUCUUUCUAUCCACUCCCCUUUCCUUGCAAUCUCUGUCUGAUAUUAAAUGGGAUGGGGAGACGUGCAAAUGUUUUGAGAUCACAGUAAAAGUGAUUUUAACAGGUGGGGAAAAUGUGAGGUAUUUUAUAUGUAAUAAUAAUAAUAAUAAUAAAUAAUAAUAACUUACUACAACAACAACUUUCAGCUACAGUGCUGUUCACCCUUAACCUGGGAAUAACCCCGCUUGGUCACCAUGGUAUGGAUGUACCUGGGGUUUGGCUACCUGUGUCUAGGACACACUGGCAUGGUCGAUUUGGGCCACAGGCACAGGGCAAGGGCUGUGUUGAAUGGCCUAAGGGGAAACACCAGCUUCCCUGCUUCCUCUCCUUAGACAAAGUGCUGUUCCUGACCACGGCUGUCGACUUGGUGAUCACUGAGGUGCAGGAGCCUGUGCGGUUCCUCCUGGAGACCAAAGUCCGUGUGUGCCCUGCCAGCGAGAGGCUCUUCUGGCCUUUCAGCAAGCGGAGCUCCACAGAGAACUUCUUCCUGAAGCUGAAGCAGGUAACGCUUGUGGGUCCCAUCCUUAGUGGUGUGGAUAUUGUGGGGCGGGCCCUUUCGUUCCUUCCCUAACUCUGUGGUCCUUUGAGUUAUGUUCGUCUGGGACUCUGGUCUCGCAUAGAGGAGAAAGCUAAACUUUUGGACCUGGUGCCGUUUGCGGGCUUGAGCCCAGCUCUUGCGCAGGCAGUACUUCCCACCUAUCGCUGGGAGGGUUGGGAGAGGCUGUGUUUAAGCAUCUUUUCCCUUCUUACACAGCCCAGGGAUGGGCAGAGUUGCUUCCUUCCUUGGAAUGCUAAGUGGGGCUGCAACCUUCUCUGAGCUUCUUGGGUUGGUGGGUGUCCUGGUGUGUCAGUUAAAAGUUCAGAGUUCAAGUGAUGGGAAAUGACUUUCUGGAGAUACUUGGCUAGCCAGUGUGCAGUGUCCAUUGGAGCCUCAGUCUCUCUCUGCCCCUCUCCUCCUUCCCUCCCUCAUAAACCCCAAGGAUGACAGUGAUCCCAGACAAUAACCUACCUAACCUACCUCACAGGAUUGCUUUGAGGAUGAAAUGGGGAGAAAGAGCAUCAUGUACGCCACCUUGAGCUCAUUGGGGGGAAAGGGGAGAUGUGAAUCAAAUAAAUAGUACGGGUGGCAUCUGAUUGACACACAACCCCUGACACACACAUCCUUUUCAGCCCUGGAAAGGAGUGCGGAAUGGGCUUACACACGACUGCUGACGCGCAUAGUGACCCAGGAUACAACCCCACACAAAUGGGGAGUUGCUUGUAAAUCAAAGGACGAUGAUUGCAGCACAUUUGAGGUUCCACUGGAGAAGUGGAACUUCAUGCCUUGGCACGUUGGGCAGGGGUGUGUGGGAAGUCUUUGAGGUUAUGUUCUCCUCUCUUGAAGGUGAAAUGUGGAGAAGUUUGAACAAUUGCUUCUCUUGGCUAUAAAUAUUUCUCGGCCCUAAAAGCAUAAGCCUUGUUAAUUUAAGGAAGUUUAUCUUACUGAGCUAAUUCUGUUGGCUCUUGUCUCGCUCCACCCACUCUCAUUGUGAGGCUUGUUAUCUCAUUUGGUCUUGGCUUGUUCUCAGCCCCAAUCUGACUCUUUACAAGGACCAGGCUCAUCUUGGGUGUUGUGGGCGGAGGGGCACUGCUUUGUUUUGGGGUAUUUCUUUUGAAGAGGUGCUAAAGAGAUUUUGCCUGAUAAACCUCCAAAGAGAACCUGAUUCUUACAGACAUCUGAGCAGCCAUGCUGCAAGUGGUUAAGGGUGUAUGCUUAUCUUUAUUUACCAGUGGUGUUGGAAUUUUACCAGUGGCGGCAGCCUGGUGAAAAGAAUAACUCACUUUUUCCAGAAAAAAAUGAAGCCUGAGCUUAAUUUUUGGAAAUGGUUUCUGUUGGGGGUGGGGGGAACCAUCUUGGACCUGGUUGUAAGGCAGGAACUCUGAACAGUGAAUCAGAGGUUGAAAUGAAAAUAUUUUAAUUUUAUUUAUUUAUUAUUACCUUUUUAUCCCACCAAGGAGUUCAAAGGGGCAUAUAUGGUUCUCUGCCUCCUCAUUUAUCCUCACAUCCAACCCUAUAAGGUAGGUUAGGCUGAAAGACCUGGCUGGCUGAAGGUCACUCGCUGAGCUCUGUAGCUGAGUGAGGACUUGCACCCUCAUCUCCCAGGUCCUAGUCCCAACACUUGAACCACAAAAAGCAUCUCAGCCUCCCCCAGAAGGUCCAUAGGUCUUGUCUUGCUGCCUUAUAGAAGGCAGUUGGAAUCCCCCCUCCCCAAGCAUUAAGGAGCUAGAACAUAGCGGAAUCUGUAUCCGGGGCAGUUGUCUGAAUUCCACAUACCUCCCUCUUCUCCCCCUCCCCCAUUCCUGCCCUCUUGCUCCUAUGCAUCAAGGCUUUCUGAGAGGAAGAGCAAAGCGCUUUAACAUAAAGUUUUGCCAUUUUGGCCACAGAGCAAAGGACCUUUGGCAGAUGUCUCUCUGGAAUCCGGAAAGACUAACCAAAAUUAUUUUCUUUAUCCCUCCUCUGUGGUUGUUGAAUAGGAAUAAUUUCUUCCUCCUGUGCCUUCUCACAGAUAUAUACAGAAAGUUGCUUGCGAGUCUGUCUAGGCAUUUCUUGUCAAGCUCUUCCACAGUGCUGAAACCUAAUCUGCCCUGUAUCCUUCAGAUAAAGCAGAAGGACCGGAAGAACAGCACAGACACACUCUAUGAAGUCAUAUGCCUGGAGAGUGAGUCAGAAAGGGAGAGGAGAAAAACCACCGCGAGCCCAGUGCUCCGCCUGCCACAGUCCGGAUCUCAGGGCUCCAUGAUCCCAUCCCCACCAGAGGAUGAUGAAGAGGAAGGUAAGAAGGGACUAGCUGUGUCCCUCCGAAGCAGAGCAAGCAGAUGGCUUUGUCAAGACUGCCUCUUGCUGUGAAUCAGCUAAAGGUUUGCUGCAGAGAAGGUUACAAACGCGUUAUGUGUUUGGGCUUGGACGAUGUAUUGAUAUAUCACCCAGGACUGAUUUGAGGGCCAGAUCGCAAUGGCGUCUUCACCUGGCAGUACAUCAUGGGUGGGGCUGGCUGGCUGGCACCUAACCUUCAUUCUCCAGCUGCCUCCUUCCUCCCUGCGCCAGGUGCUAGUGGCAGCUGUUUCAUCCCAGCACCUUGCAGGUCUGGGGUCGAUGCUCCUUCCUAUCAGCAUGGUGAUGUAUCACUAUAUCACGAUGUUUAGCUGGUGAUACAGUGUGAUGUUGAAAACCUGAUAUUGCACAGCCCUAUACAGUCAUACCUCAGGUUGAAUGUGCUUCAGGAUGAGCGCUUUUGGAUUGCGCUCCGCGGCGACCCGGAAGUAACGGAGUGCGUUACUUCCGGGUUUCGCCGCUCGCGCAUGCGCAGAUGCUCAAAAUGACGUCACACGCAUGCACGGAAGCGGCAAAACGUGACCCGCGCAUGCGCAGACGCACCGUCGCAUCUUACGUUCCAUUCAGGAUGUGAACGGGGCUCUGGAACGGAUCCCGUUCGCAUCCCGAGGUGCCGCUGUAUGUGUUUUCACUGAAGGCUUCAAAGCUGAAGGUAACUGCAGAUACUACUACUGUUCUUCUACAGCAGCUUAGCACAACCUGGGUGCCUUCCCUAGGCUUGGGGCUACUGCAACUUCAGUCUAAAACAUCUGGAGGGCACCAGGUUGGGCAAGGCUGCAUUCGGUUGACUUAAUCUGCUUUUCCUUUUCCUCUACCAUACUAGCAUUCCCAAUGCUUUCAUGAAGCCAAAAGUCGUAUUUGGCAGAUACCUAUCUAGCUGUGAUCCCUUCACUGCAGGGGGUUGGACUAGAGGACCUUUGAGGACCUUUCCAACUCUAUACGUAAUUCUAUGAUUUUAUGCCGCAUUUAGCUGUUGGCCAUGGUGGAGGAUGAAGUACCAGGCCCUUGCUCACCAUCCUAAGUGAUCUGCUAAGAGCUCUUACUGGUGCUUUCAGCGCAGGCCUUUGUUCUGGGCUGGCAAGUGCUGGUGGGGCUAGGAGGGGCAUAGGCAGUGUGUGCGUGCACGUGUAUGGUCAGGGUGGUGGUCAGUUUCUGCUCUCUAGUUUGUGUGGUUAAUUGACCACGACUGUAGAGCAUGAGUGGGGAACCUCAGGCCUGGUGGCUGAAUUGAACCCUCCAGGUCUCUGUCCAGCCCUCAGGGCUCCCCACAGGCUGCGUCCUGCUCAGGUGCUUUUCCCACUUGCUUCCAGGGAUAGAGGUUUGUGUGAGCCUGUUUUGAUGAGUGUGUAGAAACCUCUGACUUUUGCAUGGCUGGAAUGCAGCAUACAGUACAAAAGAAGAGCCAAAUAUGUUGCUGCACCCACUCUGUUUCUGGCUCGCAGACCUAGAAGGCUACGCAUGAGAGAAAGAGAGCUGCCUUCUGCCUGGAAAGGGCUCCCCAUGCCCAGCAUCUUUUCCUGCUCCGCGGCAUAAAAUAGGGAUGUGUUGUUUCCCCCCCUCUUCUGGCUUGGGCUGAACCACCCUGCUGUCUGUGCCAUGUUUGCACUGGUUAAGCCUGAUCCAACAGGUGCAGCGCAUCCUAGUAUUUCCUUCUAAAUGGAGGUCAGAAAUGGUGCUUCUUGCUCUCAUGUCCCCUUCCUCUGCGUGGGUUUUGUGUCUUACAGAUAACGAUGAGCCUCUCCUGAGUGGUUCUGGAGACGUUUCCAAAGAGUGUGCAGAGAAAAUCCUUGAGACAUGGGGAGACCUCUUGUCCAAAUGGUAAGCAGGUUCACCCCUCUAUUGUGAACCAAUCUCUUUGAAGAAGCUUAUGGUUGAGAGUAAGGCAGGCAAGACAAUGACAAAGAGGCAGGCAGGUAAGGGCACUGGAGGCUGCCACACACUGGAUCCAUUCUGUCCUAGCCAGCUUGUGCUUCUUGCUACCUGAUAUGCCCCUUGAAGGCUGCUGGGCAAGAGAGGCCAACUUCCAGCCACUGCCACUUCCCACACAUGGUAGACAAGCCAGCUAAGAGUGAAAGGCUUACCUGGGCUGCUGCAGACUCCUCUUGCCAGCAUCCUUGCCUGGAAGUCCCCUGCCGCCAUGAGCCCUGCCAGCCAGUCCUCAUUCAUCAGCCUCUGUUGAAUGGUUGUUCUGUGCCCGUUUGCAUGCCUUGGAACUGCUCCCCUCAAUUUAUGAGCAUGGGGCACUUGGAUGUUGAUGCCUUCCAAACUGCCUCAGAAGGUGGUGGACUCUCCUUCAUUGGAAGUUUUUAAGGGGAGGUUGUAUGGCUGUGUGUCAUGGAGGCUUUAGCUGAAAUUCAGAGGGUUGCAAUAGAUGAUCCUCAGGGUCCCUUCCAACUCUUCAGAUCUGUGAUUCUACUUACAUGCACACUGUUUUUUUUCUGUGAACCUACCUGCCAAAUAUGUUCCAAUGUGGGCCUGGUCCCCCUCCCACCUUUCUGAAUACAUGAAUGUGCUUCCUCCACAUUUCUAAAAUGAUAGAUCUGUCAUCCUUUUUAAAAAGAGCAUGGAUUUGUUUAAUUAUUUUUUAAAAAAAACAUUUAUAUACAAAAAUAUGUUACAGUGGUUUGUAACAAUAAAAAACAUAAAACCAGUCAAUAACAUCUUGAAAAGUUAAAAAGAAUUUAAAAGCAAAAAGAAACUAGAAACAAAUACCAGCAGAUCUUAUUUGCCUGCAUAGGUCUUGUAGAACAGAAAAGUUUUCGGCAGGCCUUUAAAAGUUGGCACAGAAGGCUCCUGCAGAAUCAACAGUCGCAGGGUGUUCCUCAUGACAGGGCUGAUGGCACUAAAGGCUCAAUUUCUUCUUGUUGUGAAAUGAGCCUCACCAACUCAGGGAAUGGCCAAAGAUGCUCCUGCAGCUGAUCUCAGUGACUGAGCUGGGAUAGAAGGGUUCAGGUGAUUCCUGAGCUAUGCUGGACCCUAGUUGUUCAGGACUUUGCAAAUCAAUUCAAGUACCUUGAACCUGGGUCAGUAACAGAUGGGCAGCCAGUGCAGCCAUUAACCAUGGUGUCACAUGUUCUUGAGGAGAGGCUCCCAUCAGCAAUCUGGCUGCAGCAUUCUGCACUAGCUGGAGCUGCUGAACCAGACCCAAGGGCAGCCCCACAUAUAGAGCACAUUACAGUCAUCUAGUCCCGAGGUUACCAGUGCCUGGACUGCAGUGGUCAGACUAUCUCUGUCCCAGAACAGGUGUAGUUGGCGAACCAGAUGAAGCUGGUAAAAGGCACUCCUAGCCACAGAGGACACCUAGGUCCCAGUGAUAAAGGUGUAUCCAGGAGUACCCUCAAACUAUGCACUUUCUCCAUCAGAGGGGAUGCAACCCCAUUCAGGACAAGUAACUUGCCAAUUUCCGGAAUGUGGGAACCACCCACUCAAAUAACCUUUGUUUUCCCAGAAUUCAACUGCUCUAUCUGGACACUGGUCCAAAGUGUUCACAGCCUCCCUGGUUCAGAUGUUGCAGAGAAGUAGAGCUGCAUAUCUUCAGAAUACUGGUGACACCUUGCCCCCAAACUCCUAAUGGCAGCUUCCAAGAGCUUCACGUAGAUAUUAAAUAGCACAGAUUCAGUGCUACUUCUCUGGACAUGAAUUUGAUGUGAAUGGAACCACUGUAAAACAGUACCUCCGAAGCCCAUCUCACUAAGUCUGUCCAGGAGGAUACAGUAGUCAAUGAUAUCAAAAGCCACAGAGAUCAAGCCACCCAGAGUGGCCGGGGCAAUCCAGCCGGAUAGGCAGUAUAUAAAUGAUAAAUUAUUAUUAUUUUAUUAAUUAAUUAAUUAUCAGAAGUAACAGGGUCACACUCCCAUGUCCCUGUCAUGAUAAAGGUCCUCCAUCAGGGCAACCAAGACUGAUUCAGUUCCGAAACCAAGUCUGAACUCAGAUGGUAGUGGAUUUAGAUAAUCGUUCUAUUCCAGGAAUGCCUGUAGUUGCUCUCCAUCACCCUGUAGUUGUUAUACUCUGUUGGGUCUAGGGUUGGCUUUUUGAGGAGUAGAUACACGGCUGCCUCUUUUAGGGCAGUGGGCACCACUCUUAACACACAAGGAUGCACUUAUCACACCUUUGACCCAUCCAGUCACCCCAGCCCAGCUAGUUUUAAUAAGCCAGGAUGGACAAGGAUCACUUCAUGUGUCCUGUCCAUAUUCCCAGACCGCAUCAAUUGGAAAUGAUCUCACAACACUGAGCUCGAUGUUGCAUUGAACACCUGGUCAGGUACUUUCACAGUAGCAGCAUCUAAAUCACUGUAGAGCUGAGCAACUUUAUCCUUGAAGUGUUUCGCUUGAAGUGGAUACAGCUAGUUGCUGUGUGCUCCAGAGAUCCACUUCCUGGUCAGGAGUAAGCAACCUCCAGACCACAUAGAACAGCUCUGCUGGGCGACUUCCCAAGGAUGCAAUGGAGGCAGUGAAAUAGGAUCUCUUUGCUGCCCUCACUGCCACAUGGUAGGCCUGAUUAUGAUCUUGAACAAAUGCUCAGUUAGCUCCUAAGUGAGAUUGUGCCUCUUAUGCUCCAACCCUCUUCCAGUCUGCCUCAUUGACCUCAACUCCUCCAUGUACCAAGCUGUGAAACAGACCCCACAGGGCCAGAGAGCGUGCUCAGAAGUGAUCAUGUCAAAGGCCCUAUGAGUCUCACCAUUCCACAGUGGAACUAAGACCUCAACAGGAACACCCCCUCUGUCCACAGGGAAAUUCCCCAGAGAAGUCAAGAAUCCACCCAAUUCCAUCUGUUUCUGGUGGCAGACCAUCCUAACUGGUCUGCCACCCUUGUAAGGGGGGACAGACAUAGCAAGUCCAAACCUCACCAGGAAGUCAUCUGACUAUGACAAUGGGGUGAUAAUCAAACACACACCAUUUCCAGACCACCCCCUCCCCACGUGGAUCAAAGGCUACUUCUGUGCAUUGGACCAAUAACUGUGAGACAGAUUCAGGUAGGUUGCUGUGUUGGUCUGACGCAGUCAAAAUAUAUAAAAAAAUUGUCCAGUAGCACCUUAGAGACCAACUAAGUUUGUUCUUGGUAUAAGCUUUUGUGUGCAUGCACACUUCUUCAGAUACUGAGACAGGCCCAUGGCUGCAUCAUGGACCUGAGGCAUCAUCAGUGUGGAUGUUGGAGUCGCCCAAAACCAUUCAGUCCAUGGUCUGUACCCUGCACACCCCUUGUCUUAUGUCUGGACUCCUUCCUCUCUUCCAGGCACUUGAAUCUGAGUGUGCGACCAAAAACCUUGUCCACGCUGGUGAGAAGCGGAGUCCCUGAAGCUCUCCGGGGGGAGGUUUGGCAGCUGCUUGCUGGAUGUCACAACAACGACCACCUGGUGGAGAAGUACCGGAUCCUCAUCACAAAGGUAGACCAAUGGAACUGUCUGUGUGUGGGGGGGGGAGAGAAUGGUUUAGUCCGAUAGAUUUCUCUGCCUGACACGUUCAUCUUUUUGGCACUGAUGGCUUUCAGUCUGUUUCUGUGGAAUCCUGGAGCCAUCUCUGAAGGUUAUUGGGGGCUCCUCAGUAAGAUCACCAGUAACGGUGGAUGCUUCCUUGAGAGGGCACUGGCUCACUGCUGCUGCUCCCCUGUUAAUGUGCAGCUGUGGCAGAGCUGUGAAUGCAUUCGAAGGCAGCAGCGGGGUUUGUUUAUGUCAUAACAUUUAUAGACUGCUUGACUGUAAAGGAAAAAUGUUAAAGCGGCCCACAAAAGAAUAAAACAGUUAUCAGUAAAAACAGUUAAAAACAGCUAUUUAAAUCUUUCAAAUAAUAACUGAAAUAACAAGUUAAAGGACUUGUCAGCAUUCUGUGUAUCUGGAUAGGCUUGCCUGAACAGAAAUGUUUUCAGCAGGCACUAAAAAGCGUAUAAGCGGUUCCACCUGGCUGAUGUUAAUAGUCAGGGAGCUUCAAGUGUGGAAACUGCCUUACCAAAAGACUCUCAUAAGUGCAGAACGUGUAUUAUGUGGGACAUGUAACAGUUCCGAUUCCACAGAUGGAAGAGGGGUUGGGACCAGGGGCACUGUUAUGCAGUGGGUCCACUCCUUCCUCCUGGGCUGUGUCUAGAAAGUAGUGUUGAGGCAGGAGUGUUCAGACCCCUGGGCACUCACUUGGGCUCUGUCCUCUCCCCCAUGCCUUUUAACAUCUAUAUGAAGCUGCUGGGCAAGAUCAUCAGGGGGGUUGGGCUGGGUGUUCAUCAGUAUGCGGAUGAUAUCUAGUUCUACCUCUCUUUUAAAUCAGAACCAGUGAAGGCGGUGAAAGUCCCAUGUGAAUGUCUGGAGGUGGGUGGAGGAUGGUUAACGGAUUGAGGUUGAAUCUUGACAAGACAGAAGUACUAUUUGGGGGGGAUGGGGGAGGGCAGGUGUGGGGGACUCCCUGGUGCUGAAUGGCAUAACUGAGCCCAUAUAAGACCAGGUGCACAGCCUAGGAGUCAUUUUGGACUCACAGCUGUCCAUGGAGGUGCAGGUCAAUUCUAUGUCCAGGGCUGGCUGAGACCCUACCUACCUGUGCACUGUCUCGCCAUAGUGGUACAUGCUCUGGUUAUCUCCUGGUUGGACUACAGCAACAUGCUCUACGCGGGGCUACCUUUGAUGGUGACUUGGAAACUACAACUAAUCCAGAAUGCAGCAGCUAGACUGGUGACUGGGAAUGGCUGCCAGGAGCAUAUAACACCAGUCCUGAAAGACCUACAUUGGCUCCCAGUAUGUUUCCAAGCACAAUUCAAAGUGUUAGUGCUGACCUUUAAAGCCCUAAUUGACCUUGGCCCUGUAUCCGUGAAGAAGCAUCUCCACCCUCAUCAUUCAGCCCAGACACUCAGGUCCAGACACCUCCUAGGGUCUUCUGGCGGUUCCCUCACUGCAAGAAGUGAAGUUACAGUUGGCUGUGGUGCCCUCCCUGUGGAAUGCCCUUCCAUCAGAUGUCAAUGAGAUAAAGAACUAUACCACUUUUAGGGUAUAGGUGGGUUUUUUAGGGAUAGGUUUUUUAGGGAGGUGGGUGGUCAUCUCAGUCUAAACCACUGAGCUCCUUGUGCUUGUCAAUCAGAAGGUCAGUGGUUCGAAUCCCCACGACGGGGUGAGCUCCCAUUGCUCUGUCCAGCUUCUGCCAACCUAGCAGUUCAAAAGCAUGUCAGUACAAGUAGAUAAAUAGGUACCGCUGCGGCAGGAAGGUAAACACGUUUCCGUGUGCUCUGGGUUCCCUCACGAUAUCCCAUUGCACCAGAAGCGGUUUAGUCAUGCUGGCUACAUGACCCAGAAAGCUGUCUGCAGAGAAACGCCAGCUCCCUUGGCUUGAAGCGAAAUGAGCGCUGCACCCCAUGGUAGCCUUUGACAUGACUUAAACGUCCGGGGUUCCUUUACCACUUUUAGAAGACAUCUGAAGGCAGCUCUGUAUUGGGAGGUUUUUAAUGUUUGACAUUUUAUUAUGUUUUUAUACGUGCUGGAAGCCCCAGAGUGGCUGGGGCAACCUAGUCAGAUGGGUGGGGUAUAAAUAAUAUAAUAAAUCAAUUAAGUGGUUAAGUGGGCAUAUAUGUGGUAAAGUGAACUACAACCCUCAUCAAUCCCAGCCAGCAUGUACCAGGGUUGGCAAAGGUUGGUCUGCAAUCAGACACAUUUGUGGAAAAUGGCUUUAUUGGAAGUUGAGUGGAGCCUGCAUUUUCAGAGGCAGAAUAUGCAUGGAGUAGCAGAUGCUGUGGGCAAAAGGCUGUUGCUUGUAAGUAUCCCUGAAGCUUCCUGCAGCCCACCAUAGGAAGCAGGAUGUUGACUAGGUGCACCAUUUGGUCUGCUGCGUCCUAUGCUUUGUUCAUGCCUAGCAGCCUCCUCCAACCUGGGCGAUGCUAGUUGAGACUGAGGGGAGUUGUAGUCCAAAACAUCUGGUUGGGGAAGGCUGCUGCCUAAGGUCAUAAUCUUGUGGUGAGGGGCUUGGGUGCAUGGAAAAACUGUAGGUCACCACUCAUUAUGGUGCCAACCUUUGUAGAAACACAAAUAUGGCGUUACCAUUUAAAAAAAUUGUUUCCUCCUUUCUUUUGUUGUUUAAACAACAGCCUCUGUUGCUUCUUUUUUACUGCCACUUGCUUGGAUGUGCUCGCUGAAAGUGUCAGUCAGCAAAAUUAGCUCAGUGGGUUUUUAAAAUGCAGCUUGUUUGUAUUUAUUUAUAAUGCAUUGCGUAUAUUAUAUUGCGUUAACUUCUGGCAGUGCUCUUUUCAUCUUUGUUGUUCCUUAUGAAAACAUUUAGCCAAAGCCAAUAAAAGUACAGUUGAAUUGGGUCCUAGGUCUGUGACUUAAUCCUUGGGGAAGAGUAUUUGGGCAGAUAGAUGGUGGCCUGGUUUUGUGGAGGGCAUCAAAUUAGUAUAAUGGAUGAUGGAUGCUAUUAUCUACCAGGUUGGGAACUGGGUGGGCAGAAAUCUGGGUUUGCUCAGCAGAAGUAAUUAAAUCUGUUUGAAAAACUGCUGAGAAGAUGGUGGUAAUCUCACUGUUCUUUCCGUAUUAAAACUGGUGCUAAUCCAUUUUCUUUAUGUCUUACUACAGCCUUGCAUUUAACAACUAACCUGGUAGCCUUAGAUGCCCAGGAAUUUCAUGCAGGCGAGUGAGUGGGCUAGAAGAGGAACAGACUCUUCCAUCCCUCAUCCACCAGCCUACUUGGUGUCCAUGCUGGGAGUGUAAAAACUGUGAUGCAUUUGUCAGCGUAGCACUGUGGCAAUGAGUUUUAAUGUCAACAGACAUUUGCAAGAUGUAUUCUGAGUCUAAAUUUGUGGCAGUUGUGUGCCUUAAAGCCACCCACACUUCACGCUGGGGCUCUUGCCAGCUGUGCAGCACAGAAACCUGUCAAAUGAAUGUGGUAUUUGAGGUGGAAUGAAAGAAGGAGACAGGUGCACGCAACCCCCCCCCCUUUUUGUGGUAACUAGCAUGGUAAAGGGUACCGAAGAAGCAGGAAAUAUAGGAAAGCUCUCCAGUUGGCGGCAUUAGCCGCUUCUGCUAGGUUGCUUGGAAGAAGGUUGUGAUGCAGCUUUGAAAGAAGAGCAUGAUUGUUUGGAAGGAGAAACAGUAAUUGCAUUCGGGUCCCAGGGAAUCUGCCUGGCCUGCUCAAAACCAGACGGAGACAGUGUUACUCAUCCACAUGCUUGCAUCAUGGUAUUAAUGUGUGGGGUCUGCAUAGGAGAUUCACUUAAUCUUCCUGUACCUGUUGAUCCCACCUGUAAAUCAUGCUCUCCCCACCCCACAAGCACACAUACUAGUGGAAUGCCACAAACACAGAGUUUCGAACACCUAGUUUUCUUUGCAAGGCACUGCUCCUUGCUUGCUGCUGGAGCUUAUAUGUUCUGUGCCAGACCUACAUCUCCUUCCAGUUUCCUCAGGCCAAGUCCUGCCGUUGCUGUCUGCCUUUUGAGACUGGUGCAGUGGGACUUGCUGUCUGAAUUGGCUCACAGUAUUGAUUUAGCUGCCUCCUAGAGCAGGCAUAGGCAAACUCCGCUCUCCAGCUGUUUUUGGCCUACAACUCCCAUGAUCCCUAGCUAACAGGAUCAGUGGUCAGGGAUGAUGGGAAUUGCAGUCCCAAAACAUCUGGAGGGCUGAGUUUGCCUAUGCCUGUCCUAGAUCUUCUUGAUUGGGCCACCUGUUACGCUACCCACCAGCCUCUCCUCCCCUUUCUCCCAAUAGCCACCAUCAGUUUUCCAGAUAAUGUCAUCUCCCAGGCAGGUGCUGGCCUCCAAUCAGAAUUCUGUCAAAAAUGCCAGUUUUGAUGGAUUGGAGUUUGCUAGGCAGACAAGCAAGCAAGAAGUCUGGUUGCUGUGGUUCUGUUCUCUCCUGCCCAAAAGUAGAUGAUGCUCUCACAUGCCUACUUUUUUUGCUAUCCGAAAACAGCACCUCUCCACUCUUCUCCACCAUCCUGACUGUGCUUGAUUUGCAGGAGAUUUCUCUUUCUCUCCAUGCUGUUGCUCUCCUGGUCUUGGUGGGGGACGGGACAUCAGGAGGAGAACUGAUUUUCUGCAGCUCAUUUGCAUUUUGAGUAACAAUGCUCUCAGAAUUUUGGGUGAGCUUGGUGUAGAAUUUGCAUUCACUUGGGAAACAGUGAAUGCAGCCUGGGAAGGAAAAGAAAUGCCACUGGCUUUCUGGAUGCCAGCUUCCAAUUCUUAGGAAGUUAAAUAGCAACUUAAAUAGCCCCUUUCAAAAUCUUCAGGUUCCUGUCCCCCCAAAUUUCGUGGCUUUAAAAACAUAGGAAGAAGCUUCCUUUAUAGUGUGUCAGACCAGGUUCUGCCUCCACAGGAGGCAGCGAUGCUUCAGUUGCUGGAAACCACAGGAGGAGAGAGGGCUCUUGUGCUCAAAUCUUGCUUGCAGGAUCUUGCUUCCAGCCAUCUGGCUGGCCACUGUGAAAACAGAAUGCUGAACUAGAUGAGCCAUUGUCCUGAUCCACCAGGUUAUUCUUAUGUUCUUUAUUUCAGUCUAUCUCCAUGUUGUUUAUGCUGACUGGCAGUGACUCUCCAGGGUUCCAGACACGGUUCUUUCCCAACUCUAUCUGGUGAUGCCUGGAAUUGAACCUGCGACCAUCUGCUUGCAAGCCAGAUGCUUUGCCACUGAGCUAUAGACCUUUUCCAUCUUCUCUUGCCCCUGCUUUUAAAGGCUAUAUGCCUAGAAACCCAGAAGGAUGUUGUAGAAGCCAAGAUAUGCACUUUCUAGCCUAGCUUGGUCCUCUGGGUCUCUCCCUUCUUUGAGAGGGUGGGGGCAAAGGACCAGGGUCUGAUUUUUCUCCCUGGGAAUUUUGAUCUCUUGCUUUACUUUGAUAGCCAGACCAGCAUCCAUCCUUCUGUCACUGUACAUUUUUAUUUUUAAACAGGCUGGAUUUUGUGUGUUGUUUCUUUUUAGAGGCUGCACUGAGCCACAAAUGGCUGUUUGGCUUCUCCUUCCGCAUGAGUAGCUGCUCCACUGACCCAGCAAGCUGCUGCUUCAGCUUGUGCUGGCUCAGCAAAAGGGGAGCAACAAAUGAGGAGAUCCAUAAUGCAACCCUGAUGGACUCGCCUAGUUUCCCUGGCAGGUUAAUGAACUGCUGUCAGGCUUGGAGUCGAGAGGAGUCCUUUGGGCACAUAAGAGGAGCCUGCAAAAGCAGACCAGUGGCCCAUACAGCACAACCUCCCGUUUUCACAGUGGCCAGCCAGGUGUCUCUGGGAAACCAACAAGCAGGAUUUGAGCACAGGAGCAAUCCCUCUUCCUGUAGCUUCCGGUUGAGCUCUACAGAACAAAAUAGAAACACUGAAUGCAUCAAAUGUGGGAAGCCUCUUUCUGGUAGCAGUCUGGCUAUUUUCACUGGAGAUGCUGAGUAAAUGCAACUCCAAAAGGAGCUGGUGGAGUGUCUGAAAGGCCUGUCGGUUGGGAUAUCUCUGAAAACCAACUCCCUUUCUCAGCUAGGACUCAAAACCUUUGUUUCAGAACUUCGCCCUUUAUGACUUUUGCCCCUCUGUCCUCACUGGUGGGUCUAUGCCCCACAUGGCAGAAGGCCCUUACGUUAACACAUCCAUUUGUGUUGGCAGCAGCUGCUGCUGCUCUGGAGCCAUUUCCCCAGCAGAUGUCUCCGGAGCGAAUAGAACUGGAUGAAGUGAGAGCUGCUGCAGUAAAUCUUCUGGCCCUUUUGCCUUUCCAUUCAACUAGUUAGAAAGUUUUUCAGGAGAAUACAUAUCCAGGCAUGUGUCAAAUAAAUCUGGCUGUCAUCUCACAACAGCAGAGAUUGGGAUUGGCACUUCGUCCCCCAACAGGCAGGUGGGUAUUGUCCCAAUAGCAGUGCUGACACCCAUUUACAGAACUCUUUGUGAAUAAAAUCAUUUGAGUUCUGGCUUCCAUUCCUCUCCCAGUACAGUUUAAACAACUGGUUAUAGAAUACAGUCGUACAUCGGAAGUUGAACACCUUGCAAGUUGAACAUUUUGGUUCCUGAACGCUGCAAACUCAGAAGUGAUUGUUCCGGUUUGCGAACAUUCUUUGGAACCCAAACAUCUGACACAGGUUCCACGGCUUCCGAUUGACUGCAGGAGUUUCCUGCGGCCAAUUGGAAGCCAUGCUUUGCUUUCCGAAUGUUUUGGAAGUCAAACGGAUUUCUGAAACGGAUUCCAUUUGACUUCUGAGGUAUGACUGUAGUAGAAUUGUAGAGUUGGGAGGAACCCUGAGGGUCACCUAGUCCAAGCCCCUGGAAUGCAGUAAUCGCCACUAAAGAAUCCCUGACAAGUGGCCAUCCAGCCUCCCUUUUAAAACCUCCAGGGGAGGAAAGUCCACAGCCUUCCAAGACAGUCUGUUUCACUGUUGAACCAUCAAAAAGUUCUUCCUAAUGUUUAGUCACAAUAUGCUUUCCUGUCAUUUGAAUCCAUUGAUUUGGGUCCUGUCCCUUGGAGCAGAAGAAAACAGGCUUGCUCCAUCUUAUGUGACAGCCCUUUAGAUAUUUGAAGAUGGCUAUCAUAUUUCCUCUCACUCUCCUGUUUUCCUAAACACACCCCACUCCCUCAACCCUUCCUCAUAAGCAGGGCUGUCUUUCCCAGGGGUGCAGGGCACCCAGGCAUUGAAUUCUGGGGAGGCCCUACCGCUGAAGCCGCCUAAGCUCUUAACUAUCUACCUGUUACGAAAAAAUAAGUAAAUUUGAUCAAGCUGACAUUCAAAGCUGGCCUCCCCCCGACCGCUUUCUCCUCCCCAGAGUCCCGCCCUGCGUGGAAAGGCGUUGCUCUCUCGCCCACCAUCAGCAUGGCUGCUGCGUCCCUCUUCUUCUCCUUCCUCCUCCUGGGGAGCUUUUAAAAGCGCAUGGAUGUAAAGCUGCGUGCCUUUGCGGAGCUCGGGCACCUGGUUCUUGAGGGGCGACAGCAGCAAGACUUGCAAGGGCAGGCCGCCGCCAUGGCCUUGCCUGCAACCACGGAGAAGUAUAUCUUGGGUGUAGACGUGGGCAGUCUAAAUUUGGGGGCACUGGUCGGAUCUUUGCACCCCGGCGGCGCAUAUGCUAAAGACAUCCCUGCUCAUAAGGCUUGUUUUCCAGGACCUUUAUUACCUAUUUGUUUUUGUGUGUGAACCUGCUAGCCUCAAUUUCGGCUGUUGUAUGUGUCACUGAAGCAAGGUUGUGGCUUCUAUGAGAAACAUUUAAAGUUGUCUUUGUGUCCUGGCCUGUUCGGGAUCCACAAGCCAUAGUUUCCCCAUUUGGACAUAACAGGAAACCAUGGCUUAACUGUGGCUUCCUGGCUGGUUUAUUCAUUUGCACAAAGGAGUGAGCCUAAAGUGCCUAAAUGCAGGUGCUUGAAGCUUAUUUAUAUGGUGGCUUAUUAAGCUAAGAUUUGAUCAAGGGAUUGCAGCCAGUGUUUGCUUCUAUAUAGGCUUUGAUGCUAGCCUCUGAGGGAAGCUCUUGCAUAGUUCCUAAUUAUUGUAAGACAGAUAUUUUUCAGUUGUGUCUGCCCCAUAAUGUCCAGAUCACUAUCUUUUAGUGGCGAUUUUGUAUAGGACCUGUUAAGAGCAUGGCAGAGCAUAAUUGCCAAGCUUAAACAUCUCAGUGGGCGUGGGAGUGUGCCAGCUGGGUUGGGUUCAGAUGGUUUAAACCACGUGCAGAGUGUGUCUUGGGAGAGAGAGCAUGCACUUUGGGAUGUGUGCCGCAUGCCGUCUGCCCCGCCCCCUCGCAGCCCACUCCCAUGUGUCUAACUCAGAAGGGCAUAUUAGGAUUUUUGCUGCACAUCUUGGGUGAAGAAGGACAGCUUUGGGGGGGAAACAACAACUUAAUGCCUUGGUGAUCAGCCAAGGAAAGACGCGUUGCAAACCUGUAAGGGAACUGGACCUCUGAGCACAUGAUUACUCUUCGCACCUCCGAGAGCCCCUUCAGAAGAACGAAGCGGGUGGGCUUGGCUCCUGGCAGACUCAGCCGCGGCCCCUCUUUGCUAAAGGGCGGGGCGCUCCUCUUUGGAGAUGAGGGGGCGCACCGGCGAUCGAGCCGGGAAACGAGGGCGCGCGCGCCUUUGCUGCGGCUAUCCGGGCGCGGAAGGGAGGCUCUUGGCUGCGGCUCCCCCCCCCCCCCCCAUCGCCGCCGCCGCCGCCGCCUGGAUCGUCUUCCUUUGUCCGCCCCCUCCCUCGCACCUGGGUCCCUCCCCCUGCGCCGCGCAGGCUUUUCUACGGCCGGCAGCUGCUCUGCCUGGCUGGGCGCAUCAAAAGCAGCCUCUGCCGCGUCCCUCUGCGUCUGCUCCCGGCGCUUGCUUCGCCUUUGUCCCUCUCGGCUGCAGGUAGGCAGGAGGGCAGCUCAGCCUAGCCCAGCCGUGGGGGAGGGGGAGGGACCCGCAGGCCGGACCCUCUCUUCCUCCUCCCCUUUCCUCACUCCUGCAUCGACGGAGAGGUGCGGGAUCCGGCGCGGCGGCGGCGCCCAUUCUCCAGCCGGCUGCGGAGAGGCUAGCCGAAGUCCUGCAGCGUUGUGGGUGAGGAGGCCGGCUUGUACGCGUCCUGAAGCUAUGGGAGGGGGGAUGCUGUAAAGGCACCCCUCCCUCCUUUCCUUUUCAUCUAGCACCCGCCCUCGCGUGGCUAUUGCUGGAUCUCCUCUCCCCCCCCCCAUUGCACAAGCAAGCGAGCUUCCCUCCAUCCCUUUUCUCUAUCGCCCCCCCCCUUUCCACGCAUCUGUGCGUGGUGUGUUGCUGAGCUGCCAGCAGAGAGAGAGAGAGGAGGAGGAGGAGGAGGAGGGGGCGGUGGCUGUGGAGGCUGCAGCCCAAAGAGCUGGUGUUUCCAGGAGGGAGCCACUGCGGACAAUGCCCAGCAGCUCCAGGGAGCAUCUGCAUCCCUCUCCAUCUCCUGUUUGGGCUUUGACAGGGUGGCACGUGUGGCAGCCGCAAUGACAGCAGAAGCAGCCAGGCAGCAUCCACCAUCAGUGGCGGCAGAGUGAGGGGGUUUCUGCCACCGACGCAAGAUGAAUGCCUCCCUCGAUGGUAGCAACCACAGCAGCAGCAGGCCCUUCUGCCUCCUGGCUGCCGGCUAUCCGGAGGCCUUGGACAUCUGCCUGCUGGAGCUGAUUGUCAUUGUCUUCCUCACCGUCCUCAUAAUCUCGGGCAACAUUGUGGUCAUCUUCGUCUUCCACUGUGCGCCACUGCUGAACCACCACACGACAAGCUACUUCAUCCAGACCAUGGCCUACGCUGACCUCCUGGUGGGUGUGAGCUGCCUGGUGCCUUCACUCUCCUUGCUGCACUACCGGGUCACCUUCUUGCCGGAGUCUGUGAUCUGCAAAGCCUUUGGCUACGUGGUCUCCGUGCUCAAGAGCGUCUCCAUGACCUCCCUGGCCUGCAUCAGCGUGGACAGGUACAUUGCCAUCACCAAGCCGCUGUCCUACAACACCCUGGUCACCCCCUGCCGCCUCCGGGUUUGCAUCCUGUUCAUCUGGCUGUACUCGGGCGCCGUGUUCCUCCCGGCUUUCUUUGACUGGGGAAAGCCCGGCUAUCAUGGGGAUGUUUUCCAGUGGUGUGCUGACUCCUGGGACACCUGGGCCAUCUUCACCCUCUUCAUCAUCAUCAUGCUGUACGCGCCGGCAGCCUUCGUGGUCUGCUUCACCUAUUUCAGCAUCUUCCGCAUUUGCCAGCAGCACACAAAAGAGAUCAAUGAGAGGCGCGUGCGGUUCAGCUCCCAAGAAGGGGAAGCGGCUGAUUCCCAGCCAUGCCCAGACAAGCGCUAUGCCAUGGUUCUCCUGCGCAUCACCAGCGUCUUCUACAUCCUCUGGCUCCCCUACAUAAUCUACUUCCUCCUGGAGAGCUCUUCCGUCUACCGCAACCGAGCAGCCUCCUUUCUGACCACCUGGCUUGCCAUCAGCAACAGCUUCUGCAACUGUGUCAUCUACAGCCUGUCCAACAGCGUCUUUCAGAAAGGCUUGAAGCGCCUCUCUGGCGCUGUUUGUGUCUCUUGCGCCAGGCACCGGGCGCCAAAGGAGUCCUCCGCCUCGAGGAGCAAAAGACCUUCGAAUGGGUGUCAUGCGUAAGAUACAGAUUGCUCCGGCAAAAAACAACAACAACAGAAAAUAGAUUAAAGAUAUUGCCAGGUUUGCAAAAAUAACUAAAAAACUGACAAGAACACACAAUUUUUCUCUGAGAAAUGCUGCUGAAGAACUGGAGAUUUCCACAAGCAUGUCUGUUUUAGUGUUUCACUUUACAAAUGUCCUUGUGUGAGGACCUGGCACCUGUGUUUCCAAAACUGAGCGCUCCUCCUCCUCCUCCCCUUUCUCUCCUGUCUGGGAGUGCCUGCCAGUGCUGGGCAUGCAAGACCUCUAGCAAAAGAGACAUUUGUGUUCUUCCUUUAAAGCUUGGGCAUUUUCGGAGAGCUUUGAUCUUGCGUGUCAAUGUGGGAAUGUGUAAAUGGUCUGAUGGUAUACUCCCUGAUUAUUUGCUUUUGUUUUUCUGUGCAAAUGCCAAAGUAUAUUUCAGAAUUCUUAACAUAAGGGGCCAAAUUAUAGUCUCCCUGACUUACCCCCAACCCCAUUUCCCCCAUAGUCCUAUAAACAAAUAAUGUAAACACUUGAACAUUUGAUUUUGUCGUGUGAUACAGCCACACCACAUGUGAUUAAUCAGUAUUCUGACCUCCCCACCUCCCCUGAUGCUUUUUCCAAAAACUUCUCAUCCUGAGUGCCCUGUUAGAAUGCUCAUAUGUGAUUUACAGUACAGUGUUUGCAUUUUUAUUUUUAAGAAAAUGUUUGUGUAGUAAUUGGGAUGACUUUGAAGCAGACAAAAUUUAGCAGUUGAAUAAAGUAUUUUCUUUUUCUAAGUAAGUGGAGACAAUAUUUUGACCAUAUUUAUUGCUCUGGAGAUGUAGGCGGCAGCUUGAGAAUGGAACAAAGGCAUUCUCAUUAGAAACCAGUGUGUGCUCAAUUUUUGUUGUUGUUUUGAGGGAAUUUCUUUUUAAAAAACUUUAUUUUUAAAUAUUGAAUUCCUCUAAUACUUUACAUACAGCUUUAGUAGCACAAGAGUGAAGCAUCAAGAAAGGUGCAAUAUUUUGGAUUUCCAGUUGGGAAACUGGGGACUCCUUCCUCCUGUUAGGGUAGGUGGGCUUGAUAUCUGUUCAAAACCCCCAGGAGCCAACUGCAUUUCUGGUUUAACAAAUGGAAAGAGGAGUUGGGCUCAGUGAACUUGCCUGGGGUGUCCUGUAUGUCCCCAUUUGAGGAAAGCAGAGCAAUCUCUAAGCAGAUCAGUGUUCUGGGUACAACACUCCCUGUUGUCCCUAUCACACCCCUGGCGCUGCCUUGGCAUGAUAAGUUUCUUUUGAGGGAGAAAUAUACAGAAAGCACACUGCAAGUCAUGAUGGCUAUAAAGUACAUUUCUGAUCACAAUUCAAAGUGUUGGUGCUGACUUUUAAAGCCCUAAACGGCCUCGGCCCAGUAUACCUGAAGGAGUGUCUCCAUUCCCGUUGUUCAGCCCGGACACUGAGGUCCAGCGCUGAGGGCCUUCUGGUUGUUCCCUCCCUGCGAGAAGUGAGGUUACAGGGAACCAGGCAGAGGUCUUUCUUGGUGGUGGCACCUGCCCUGUGGAAUGCCCUCCCAUCAGAUGUCAAGGAAAUAAACAACCACCGUGGUACCUCUGGUUACGAACUUAAUUUGUUCUGGAGGUCCAUUCUUAACCUGAAACCGUUGUUAAGCUGAGGUACCGCUUUAGCUAAUGGGGCCUCCCGCUGCCGCCGCUGCGUCAUUUCUAUUCUCAUCCUGAGGUAAAGUUCUUAACCUGAGGAACUACCGGGUUAGCGGAGUCUGUAACCCAUAGUGUUUGUAACCCGAGGUACCACUGUAUCUGACUUUUAUAAGACAACUGAAGGCAGCCCUGUUUUGGGAAGUUUUUUAUGUUUGAUUGUUUAUCGUGUUUUCAAUAUUCUGUUGGGAGCCACCCAGAGUGGCUGGGGAAACCCAGCCAGAUGGGCAAGGUAGUAAUAAUAAUAAUAAUAAUAAUAAUAAUAAUAGUUAUUGUUAUUGUUAUGAAUCUCCCAGUUCAAAGCCAGUUGACCUUUGAAUACCAGUUAUCAGAGGGGAGCAACAGAGCAGGAGGGCUGUUUUCAUGCCUGCCUUGUGGGCUUCCUAAGAGGGCAUUCCUUUGUCCACUGUUGGAAAUGGCAAUGUGGUGCUUUGGGUUGAUUAAUCAAGGCUCUCCUAUUAAUUUCUUUUCCUUGUCUAGUGGAGGGACAAGUAGGCAUGCAGAACCUGAAUUCUCACUCUCUGGCUGCAGGUGACCUGCUCUCUUCCCCUCACUGGGAUUACUGGUUAUGCUCCCCACUUUUUCAAGCUUAUCUUCUCCGGUCAUAUUUUGGUGAGUUUUAAAACAGAGACAGUGAACCUGUGGCCCAAGAAGCUGUUGGACUCCCAUCAGCCUCACCCAGAGUGAUCAGUGGUCAGGAUGAGAGGGGUUUGUAGUCCAGCAGGAUCUGAAAGGCCCCCUUUUUAAAAAAAAACUUCUGAGAGAGCUGCCACUGGGACUUAGACCAGCUCCUAUUGUCUGGAGCUAGUGGCUUUUUUGUUUGCAUGCCUGAUAGAGAACUUGUUUUUGUAGGUGCCUCCCCUGCAGCUGGGUCCAGACCAGUAUUUCAUAUAUUUUAGCCAGUGUGCUGUUUUUUUAGAGCUAGAUGUAAAUGCUGAAGCUGCUGCAUGAUGAUAUCUUCUGAAGAAGACGAGAACAGCUGUCUCGAAGUGAGUGUUCAUCAUGUUUGUGGGCUCUUUGCAGUCUGCUUCUUGAUACAGACUUUCAAUGAAGGCCUGCUUUUCCAGAUGCCUAAGAGCAAGCUGCGGGAGGUACGGGAGGCGGUGGAGGACAGGGGUGCCUGGCAUCCUCUGGUCCAUGGGGUCACGAAGAGUCGGACACACCUGAACGACUAAACAACAACAACAAGAGCAGCAGCGGCCAGCCUGCACCCUCCAGACACUCCCAUCAUCCCUGACCAUUGGCAGUGCUGUGUGGGGCUGGUUGGGAACUGUAGUCCAAACCCUGGUGAGUCCCACAUUUGCUACCCCUGUUCUAAAGAGUGAUCUUUGGAUCAACUUUUUGGCUUCUUGGAGACAUGCCUUUCUCUUGCAUGCUGUGUGCACCCAUCCACCCAUUCUGUAGCUCUCUUUAUUUCAGGAAUGUGGAGAGGCUUUAAAGAACAGCAGGGGGUGGGUAGCAAUUUCCAUUAAAAAGAAACCGCUUUAACCUCCUCAAACUAAGGGCACUGGUGUUGCCCAUCAGCUGAUGGGUGAUGGGGGUGUGCCCUUCUCCAGCAGUGGAACCACUGGGAGCCCUCUGUAAGCUCCUGCUCCAUCCUUUAAAGCCCUACCUUUACCUGCCCAAUACCUUAUGUCAGUUAUGAUGGCAGCUGUAUUUGUGAGUUCACCAGAAUGAUCUGGCUAGCCAAAUGGGAAGGCUCUGGCAGCUCCGUUUCAUCUGUGGGCCAGAAGUUCCUCUUGCUGGAUUAAGCUGUGGCCAGACAUAAGAUCCUGUGUCUCUGACCUUCUGUCCCCAAAUGAACUCGCCCAUCUUUACUGUACUAUAAUGCUGUGGGUUAUGAUAAAUAGAAACUGUUGUUGUAUCAUAACUCUUUUGCCACUGAUCUAAGCUCCUGUGAUGCCACAGAAUGUUCACAAGUGUUUUGCAGUUUAUUAAAGAGAGGGCCAGCUCAUAAAAAGUGUCUUUUUGAUGGGAGGUAGACUUCAGCCAAACUGAAGAGGGGGCGGGGAGCCUUAAAUAGCGUAUUUAAGAAAGGCAGGAAGGCAGAUCAGGAAGUGGCUGGAAUGAGUAGUCUUGAGAUGUGAGGUCACCCUAGGUAGCAUAGAAGUAAUUGGGACAACCUCAUGACUGGUCCAUUGGGCAAGACUGGAUCUAGACACAUCAGAGAAGCGUUUCAGUUAAACUCAUUGUAAACUUUGUAUGACAAAUCGGGUUGGCAAAAACCGAACUUCACAGUGCCAUCUGGUGUCACAGUGUUAUAAUGCAUAUACAACACAUAUAAAGUGCUUUUUCUUUGCUAAUGUAGCUGAGUCCCCAAAGGUUGACCUGCUUCUGUGGAAUCUUCAACAUGUUACUCUUGUUUUGUCCACUGCUGCUGCUGCUGCUCCUACUACUACACAUACUCUUCUUUUAGUUUGACCACCCCCCCCCUUGGAAAGUGUACUUUGCUUUUCUGCAUUUGCUGUUUGAUAGAUUACACAUCUCUAGCAUCACUUCUCUUACUCUAUUUAUUUAUUUCCUGAAAUAAUAAUUAUAAUUAUUAUCAACAUUUAUUUAUAUAGCAUCAUCAAUGCAUAUGGCUCCAUACACAAUUAUAGUGAGAAAUUCUGCUUUGAAGUGUGUACAGUCUAAAAUCUCACAUGCUGCUUGACUGAGCGGGGAUGAGGAGAACAACCCUCAAAGUACACUUGGUAGUGUUUUAUAUCAGCCUCCCCCAACCUGGUGUCUUCCUGAUGUUUUAAACUGCAACUCCCAUCAGCUCCAGCCAGUUUUUGUUCAGGUUACUCUGUUUUCAAAGCAACAGAAUCCCCCCAACCUCUUCUGAAUUACUUGAAAACUGUGAGCAUGUUCCUUUCCCCUUCCAUCAGCUUUCGUCAGUGCCAAGGGCCUCCCUGUAGAACAUGCGGUCUGUUUUUUAUUAUCCUGUUCUGAAACCCAUUUUUUUCAGGGCUGCUUGAACUCUACAAUAAAAUAACUUUAAAAUCCUCUGCUCCAGGUGACCCAGAUUCUGCACCAAGGAAAGCCAGAUAUUUUUGCUCGUGCAGAGUUGCUUGUUUUUAUUUUGUGUAACUGAUUCUGCAGUAUUUGCUGUUUUGAAUAACUCUGGGGCAGGAAGAAGGAGCCAUGGAGGGUGCACAGUACUCAGGCCCCCUCGUCUUACUUAGCCCUCCCCCCAAAACUAUUGCCCAAACACUCUCGUCUGCCUUAGCAGUUAGGAAGGAGGGCAGUUCUUUCCCUCUGACCCAGUUUGCAUGUAGUACUAAACAUAAGCAUGGUUCAGUGCAGACAAGCACACAUGAGAGUUCCCAGAGAGAGUAUGACAGCCCUCAAGCUGUUGCUUGACUGAAGAAAUCUAACAGUUUUUAAAAUGUGUGCAUAGUUGCACACCCUUGAAAUAACUGAGGACAUGGCUGCUUUCAGGGCUGCCUCCUCCCAUCCUAUCCUGCCUUUCUGCUUUGUUCAACUAGGAUGGUCCUUUUUUGAGGUGUGACUGGCAGGAAUGUGUGAAAAGGCUUUUUCUCUUGCAGUGAUUAAGCUGUGGAAAUCCUUGCCCUGAGAUGGGCAUCCACCUGGCUUCCUCUCUGAUGGCCUCCUGAUUCCUUUGGCCUGGCCAUUUGCUGAAAGGUCUUACACCUUCUCUCCUCUCCUCUCCUCUCUUCUUGUUGAACUGUUUUACUUUCAAGUGUCUUUUGAGAAUUGUUUUAUAAGUUAGUGGGGUUUAAAAGUUUUCGUUGUUGUUGUUAGUCACCUUGGGUGCUCCAGCUUGAAAGGCAAAGGUGAGAUAUAAAUGGAUUUUAAUGAAUAAAUCAUGUGGAGGAAAAACCUAGUUCUGGAGAGCAUCCCUUAGUUUUUGAUGGUGCUCACCUGUAUUGUCAGAGGCAUUUUCAAAGAAGAACCCCAUAGAAGUGGGGUUAUUAUUCUACGAUGGCGCUUGCCAUCUUGCCAUUUUCACAAGCUGACAGUAUUUUAAAAUAAUUUAAAACAUUUAAAAGAGAUGCUUCUGACUAGUUCGAAUUGGGGGUGGGGCACCUUUUUAGUUGGCAAAAUGGUUUCUUUAAUCGACAAAAUAUGACAGAACUUGAGUAGGGUUGUCUUGUGGUACAUGCAGGAUAAAUUACAUGCAGAAUGAAUGUAGAUGGAAAAGGUAAACAGCGUUUCCGUGUGCUCUGGUUUCCGUCACGGGAUUCCGUUGCACCAGAAGCGGCUUAGUCAUGCUGGCCACAUGACCCGGAAAGCUGUCUGUGGACAAACGCCGGCUCCCUCGGCCUGAAAGCGAGAUGAACGUCGCAACCCCAUAGUGGCCUCGACUGGACUUAACCAUCCAGGGGUUCUUUACCUUUUUACCUUUACCUAGAUGGAAAAUCCAUGGGGUCACAAAGAGUCGAAACAACUAAACAACAAGAUGGAAAAUGAAAAUCCUUCAGUUGCUCUCACUUGCUAUGUCUUUUUAAGUGGAAGAGGUCAGUUGGCUUGGGGGAAGCCACUCCCUUCAUGACUGUUGAACUCUUCUGGAGGGAGGUGUUUUUGCAGAAUCGACCAAUUGGCAGGAAGUGGUCUGGGGACCUUUUAUUUGGGGGGGGAGGCCCCACCUCUUUCCGGAAGAGCCCAGUAGAUAUACUUACUGCCUCGGAGGGUGGGGCCUCUCCCAGGCUAUCUGGCCAACUCCCCCUUGAGAGAAGGGGAGCCUUCCUGUUCUGGCUUGGAUUGCUUUUGCCUCCUCAGGGCUGGAUCUGGUGAAUGACACAACCUUAAUAUGGCAUUGGCCUUUUGUGCCAUAUCUAAUUUAAUUGCUUUGUUUUGGACAUGUGGCUUUUGCAGACAUAUAAAUGUGUUCUCAGAUUGCUCUGCAGCCUGGGGGCUCACAUUCCGCAGUGGGAGGCUUUUUAAUAUGCCAGUUAUUAACUGUUCCUUGGCAGGCCUUCGAGAAGGAACAUGCAGUGGCUGUGAAGGGUUCAGAUGCAGUGAACUAGGACUCCCUAGAAUAAUUUUGAUUCUGUCUGCUGACACUGAAGGAGUGAGCCAGACAUGAGUUCAGAUUCCCCACUUCGCCAUAGAGCUCAGUGCAGACGCUGGGUCUCUCUAUAUGACUCCAACCAGGGCUGGGGAACCUGCUACCUUCUGUUGUUGCUGGACUCUGGUUCCCAUCAGCCCCAUUCUCAGGGAUGAUGGAUGCUGUUGCCCAGCAACACUUGCAGCUUCCCCACCCUCCACCCAAGUCAAACGGCCUGUGGGUGGGGAGUGUUUAUACCACAGCACUAGUGCUCAUGGCACUUUUGGAGGCACUAUAUGUAGGCAAGAUUCCUGCUGUAAUGAAAGAACUUGAGUCUAUAGGAAAUUUCCUCAUGCUGAGUCAUCCGGCCAUUGGUUCAUUUUGUCUUCACUGGCUGGCAACAGCUCUCCUGGGUUUCAGACUAGAAUCUUUUCCCAAUCUGAAGAUGCCAGGGGUUUCACCUGGGACCUCUUCUGCAUGCAGGCCAUGUGCUCUGCCACUGAACAACGGCCCCUUCUGCAAGCAUACUCCCAUAAGCUCUUCAAAAGAAAUAUGUGAUGCAAAUAAAACAAAUGCUUAAAAGUUAAGGCUGCAGCAAUGAGUUUAAUCAGUGGUUCCAGAUUUUCUGAUCUAGGUCAGUUCCCAUAUUUUCCUUUUGUGGACCACUUGUAAUUCACUGUGGGUCUCAGCAAACCUCCCUCAUACCAGCACCUUUGUGAAAACCAGUUUUAGUAUGUUAUGAAAAUCACAAGCCUUAGGCUAGGCCAUUGACAAAAGAGUUGUUUUAGCUUGUUAAUUCCUAGAGCAAAAAUAGCACACAGCACCACUGCCAUACUACUAAAAUCUCAGGUCUUGCACCAGGGCCUCCUUGGUCCAUUUAGCAAAUUGUUUUCAUCUGUGUUGUCAGGGGCACAGAAUCAAUUAUUGACUCUUCUGCAGCUGUUCCUUGGGCUGCCUGAAUGGAGGUUGUGAACCGCAGUAUGAGAACCCCUGACCUAGAUUAACUUAAAAUCCAUUUUUAAAAAGAGAUCUCUUUGUUAAUCUGGCAGCAGAUAAACAUACAAUGGAAGUAUUUUUUUAAGCUGCAAAGGCCACCACCAGAGGUUCUCCACACGCCCAAUUUUGCCUUUUCAUUCUAAGGUGUUACUGCUUCCUGGAACCUGUGGCCUUCCAGAAAUUGCUAUAGAUCCAGUCUCCCACCAUCUCCGCCCAUUGAACAUGCCAGCUAUAGCCGAUGGCAGGUGGGAUUCUAGCAACACCUGGGAGUGGGCACGGGUUCCCCAGCCCUGCUCUGCGUCAUGUGCAGGCAUCACCACUUUUGGUGGCCAGGAGCUGCUUUGUAAAGGAGAACUGUGGAGGCUUGUAAGAUUCUGCAGCAAGUGGUGGGAUUGUGUUGCUGGAAAACUGGUUGGCUCAGGAAUGGAGGCAUCUUCAGAUUUGGUGCUUGAGAGAUCUGCUGGAGAUCAGUGGGUUGUUUCUGAGGGAGCAUCCUUAUACCAGGGAACCUCUUCCAUAAGGUGAGCCUAGGAGAGGAGCCAAGGCAUGGAUUCUUUGUUCUUCUUGGAUUACAUCGGGGAUUCUGCAGAUCUGAGUGCUGAACGCCACAGCUUUGAGCCUCCAUGUUGAUGCCUUGUGCUGUAAGCAGAGUCAGUCCCCUCAAAACGUCGGGGGAGAAUCAGAAUUGCAGCCUAGUUAAAUAAAACGAGGGUUUAGUCAUGUAAAGGAAUGACAAAUGCGAGCAGAUAAUGUAUUUCUCUUUGUUCUCAGUUUUGUACAUGUCAUAAGUAAUGACAGCUUGACAGAAACCAGCAUUUUCAUUUAUGAGCUUAUUUAUUUUAGGGAAAAUGGAAAGCGGAGGAGGGGUAGUGGAGAGGAGAAUCAGGAGGUCCGGAAUAAACCCUGGAACUAAGGAAGGCCAAAAUUUCCAAAAGGAAGAGCUGCCUCAGUGUGUCGGCAGGAGCAUUAAGGCAGUAAAAACAAACUUCUUUCAGUAUAUUUAUAGUGCCAGUAGUUUUUCUGUGCUUAAUCUUUUAGUGUUUGACAAUAAUUGUAUGCCUUUGAUCUUUCACUGUCCCUCGGUGCCCAGUUACUAAAAAGCAGGUGAGGGCUUCAACAUUUCUGAACAAUUUUUGUUAUUUUGUUGGUUUUUUUGUCUCCAGCAGGAAACAACCUGACAUGCAAGGGGGCUUGUUUUACAAUGGGACCUGUGUUGAUUGGCUGGAAAGCAACAGGUACCUUGCCUACAAAAAUGCCUGUGUGCUCUAUCUAGCGUAAAGGUAAAGGGACCCCUGACCAUUAGGUCCAGUCGUGACCAACUCUGGGGUUGCGCGCUCAUCUCGCUCUAUAGGCCAAGGGAGCCGGCGUUUGUCUGCAGACAGCUUCCGGGUCAUGUGGCCAGCAUGACUAAGCCGCUUCUGGCGAACCAGAGCACACACGGAAAUGACGUUUACCUUCCCGCCGGAGCGGUCCCUAUUUAUCUACUUGCACUUAGACAUGCUUUUGAACUGCUAGGUUGGCAGGAGCAGGGACCGAGCAAUGGGAGCUCACCCCGUCGUAGGCAUUAGAACCGCCGACCUUCUGAUCGGCAAGUCCUAGGCUCUGUGGUUUAACCCACAGCGCCACCCGUGUCCCCUCUAUCUAGCAUUGGUAUAGGCAAACUCGGCCCUCCAGAUGUUUUGGGACUACAACUCCAUCAAUCCCCUGACCACUGGUCCUGUUAGCUAGGGAUGAUGGGAGUUGUAGUCCCAAAACAUCUGGAGGGCUGAGUUUGCCUAUGCCUGAUCUAGCAGGCUGCUUUGUGGGAUUGGCAGUUAAGAACCUAAGAAGAGUUUGCUGCAUCGGGCCAAAGGGGCUCCAUCUAAAUCCAACAUCCUGUUUUGACAGUGGCCAACCACUAUUAGGAAACCCACCUGAGCACAAGAGCAAUAUUCUCCCCUCCUGUGGUUUUCAGAAACUGGUACUGAGGAGCACCUGUCCCCCACACUCUGGGGGCGGAACAGAGACAUCAUGGGUAGCAGCCAUUGGUAGCCCCCUCCUCCAUGAAUGUGUCUAACUGCCUGCACAGCACUUCUGCACCCUUUUAAAAAGCUUCAAGAAGGAAAACUGUGCUCUCCACAAAUACAUGUGCCUUCUUUUUCCCCCCAAUUUUUUUUAUUGCUUUUCCAAUUUUAUAAGAAAAAAAACACUAUAAAACACAACAAAAGAAAAAACAUUACAGUACAAAAGAAAGACAUAAAAAGAGUUAUUUCUUCCAAUACCCAAAUUACCUUACAUUGUUAAUUGACUUCCUCGAAUCCCCCCUAACUGAAUUUCAUUGUAUCACCUUGUAACAGUUCUCCAAAAUCGUGUUUCUAUUGAAAUUGACUCCUUCCAUUUACUAUCCUCUUCUCUAUUAUUAGUAUUCUAAUCCUAAUGUUAUACAACACAUUCUUAAUCUAGUCCUAAGUGUAUUUAUUACUUUCAAGUGACUUCUAAUUAUCUUAUAUUACAAUAUUUAGCUAGAUAUUCUUUAAAUUUCUUCCAAUCUUCUUGUGUCUCCUCCUCUUUCUGGUCCCGGAUUCUUCCAGUCAGGUCGGCCAGCUCCAAAAAGUCCAACAUCUUCACCUGCCAUUCAUCUAUUGUUGGUAUUUCCAAUUUUUGGCCAAUAAAAGUCUUGCCGCUGUGGUGGCAUACAAAAACAGCCUAACAUCUUUUUUGGGUACUUCUAAUCCUAUUAUUCCAAGGAGAAAGGCUUCUGGUUUCUUGAUAAAUGUAUUUUUCAACAUUUUUUUCAAUUCAUUAUAAAUUUCCCCCCAGAAGUCUUUCACCUUAGGACACGUCCACCACAUAUGGUAAAAGGUACCUUCUUUUUCUUUACAUUUCCAACAUCAUUUGUAUGAUACAUCUUUGCUAAUUUCACUGGGGUUAAGUACCAUCUAUACAUCGUUUUCAUGAUGAUGAUGAGGAGGAUGAGGAUAAUAAUAAUAAUAAUAAUAAUAAUAAUAAUAAUAAUAAUAUAUUAUUUAUACCUACCCAUGCCCUAACUGUUGGUGGUUCUUAAGGUGCCACAAGAUUCUUGUUUGUUUUAGCUGCAACAGGCUAACAUGGCUACCUCCCUGGCAACUGCUCAUCUCAAAGUGGGAGUGACUUGUUUUGCGGGAACAUUGUACGUGUUCUCUCUAACCACAAACAAGCCAUGUUUUCCUCCAGUGACUCAAGAGGGUAUACGCUGUCAAGUUGCAUAACGGCUGAAUUAUUUUAUAUGCUAAUAGUGACAUGCUUGUUCAAUCCGCCUCUCAACAUAUGCUGAUGAAUUUUUGCAUCAUUCAGGUGUACUUUAUUUUAGAUGACAGAUUUCUAACAUUUAGAAAAUAAUAUUCUCAACCAGCUCUAGCAAAACUGCUGCUGUCGCUUCAGGUUUGGAAUUAGGAAUAAGUUAGUGCUUGUGAGCUAGAUUUCAGGGCCACAGUAUGCAAACAUUUGUGACAGGGAAGGGCCCUCGCUCGGUCGGUAGAGAACUUGCUCUGCAUGCAGAAGACCUCAGGUUCAGUCCCCAGCAUCUCCAGGUAGGGCUAGGAAUGUCACCUGCUUGAAACUCUGCCUGUCAGUGUAUCCAAUACUGAGGUAAGUGGACCAAGGGUGUGAUUCCGUGUAAAGCUGUGUACUUAGGUGUAUAUGAGCUGCCUUGGCAGCAGGGAAACUUUGAAGCCAAAUUGCAUGCAGAUGGGUGCAAGUCCCAAUAGGAAAUAUUUGGACAUUCUGGGGAUUCUUGGCUUCUCACUCACAGGUGAUGCUGCUGCAGUAUCUUAAGAUGACCUCUGAAAAAUGUGGCUGAAACAAUAGAUUUUGGGGGCAAGUGUAAAACAGCCAUUAAUAAACAGCCAAGAGUAAUAUGAAGACUUAUUGACAGGACUAGGGCAGAAUGGAGGCAGUGUAGCCAAAGCAACAAAUUAAUAUUAUAAGUACACACGUGCAUACAACACGUGUGAAGGUAAAGGGACCCCUGACCAUUAAGUCCAGUUGUGACCGACUCUGGGGUUGCGGCGCUCAUCUCGCUUUACUGGCCGAGGGAGCCGGCGUACAGCUUCUGGGUCAUGUGGCAGCAUGACUAAGCCGCUUCUGGUGAACCAGAGCAGCGCACGGAAACGCCGUUUACCUUCCCGCCGGAGCGGUACCUAUUUAUCUACUUGCACUUUUUGUGCUUUCGAACUGCUAGGUUGGCAGCAGCAGGGACCGAGCAACGGGAGCUCACCCCGUCGCGGGGAUUCGAACCGCCAACCUUCUGAUCGGCAAGUCCUAGGCUCUGUGGUUUAACCCACAGCGCCACCCACGUCCCUGACAACACAUGUACACGUAUGUUAUGUCAUCUAUAUACACAAAAGCACAGGCUUUGCAGGUCUUUGUCCCAAAGUCCUUACAAUCUACGAGCAGAUAACAAGUGAAACAUCAAAGGAAGUGAAGGGAAAGGGAGGCAGGGGUGAACAGACAGAAUAUGUGAUUCAUUCGUUCCUGGGAGCCUGUGGUGCAGUGGGUCAGUGCAUCUGGCUGUUAACCAGGAGGCUGGUGCUUUGAGCUCACCCAGGGACUGCUGUGGGCAGGGUUUCUGUAUUGCAGGAGGUUGGACUAGAUGGGUCCCCCUGGGUCUCUUCCGUUUCUUUGAUUCAGAUGCACAUGCAUAGACUUUGUUACAGGAGGGGCAAAUGCCCUUUGAUGAGAGUUAACACUUGAAACCAUUUUCAAACAUUAAAAUAUAGUGAAGCAUGCCUGAUGAUGGCAUCUAGUUGUUUUUGUUUAUUUUUAAAAAUGCAGUUGUUUGCUGUAGCUUUUGUCUUGCUAGAGCAGAGUUUUCCAAACUCUUCAUGUUCGUGACACACUUUUUAGGCACACAUCUUUUUGUGACACAGUAGUUCAGUUUUACUAGCAAACCUGUGGGCUGCCUGUUCAUUUUCCAGCCCCGAGGAGUGUUUGCGUGACACACCUGCACACUGCAGGUGACACACUAACAUCGCGACACACAGUUUGGAAAGCCCUUUGCUAGAGUGUAAUGAAAUCUUGUGCUGGAAGAGAGAAGAUGGCACCUUCAUCACGGUCUGUUCUGGGUUGUAAAGCACUUAAAAGCUAUUGCCCUCUUGUGAGCCUAAUAUGAUCACAUGGAGUGAGAGCCAUUUUUGCUGGACUCCUCCUGGAGAGGGUAAUAUGAUGCUGUUGUUUAGCACUGAAUUGUACAAAGCACUUUAUGUGCCUCUUGUUUUUCCUUUUUACAACCACCCAAAUGAGGUGGGCUAGCCCGGUGAUGGGCAGACAUCAUACUUGUGGGUCUACUAAGAAAUCCACCAACCAGAGCCUGGUUCAAAAUGCAUUUACCUGGAAUCAAAUAAUAGCAAGCCAGAGAUUUCUUUUCAAUAUCAGAGCAUAAUUGAGCUCACAGUGCUUUCUCACAAAAGUCCAGUCCUGACUGGCUUCACGUCAGAAGCCUAGUCAUUUUGCUGCUAUUGUUUAACAGGCAAGAGCCAGGAAUUCUUGUUGAUCUAUUGCAAGUCAUCAGGAUCUACAGUACUAAUAGAUUCAGACCUACAUUCUGCCCACCCUUGGACAAGGCUUAGCGAGGGUGACUUGGCUUUGAUCCUCCUGUGCUGAACCCAGGUUUUCUAUUUGCACACACCUGAUGAGUUGAGUGACAGUUUCGCCAAAAUUUUGUUUACCUGUCCUCUUGGCAUCUUGUCCAUGCAGCAUUUUUAAAGGCAUUUUGAAAGCAUUCCCAUAUUAAUGGCAAGACAUCCAGGGCACAGCCUGUUAUGAUCCAUUGUUUGUUUUGGAGGCAUACCACUGCUUCAAAGAAGUGUGGCUAGAUGUAUUUGUGGAGUCUGAGCAAGUGAUGGCUUUGCAAAAAGGGUUCUCAGCAUACAGUUUAUUCAUCCUAGAAGCAUGCCGUUCUAGGAAAUGGUUGCAAUGAAUUUUUGUGUCAGCUUUCAUUUUUGCAUACAGAGACUCUCCUCAGUGUCCCUUUCCCUGUACGUACCCUUGAUUUGAAAAUGCUGGUUCUCAUUUAAAAUAAACACACCCUCAUAUUUCCCCCCUUUUGUGGGGUGCUGACUUUGUGCCUGUUUGCAUUGCGGGAUAAGCUAUUUGGGUGUGUGGGUGUGUAUUCAUUCUUUUCCCUCACCCCCACCCAUUUUCUUUCUCGUAUGUUCAGAGAGAAGUUUUUGCCUGCCACGUUUUCCCCUCAGGCACGAAAACAGUGUCUGGGCAUUUCUGUCAAAGCUGCACUAGAUCCGCAUGUGAUUGUAGCAUACAGCUUUUUAAAUAUAUAUAUAUAUAUAUUUACCAAGUGCCUAUUUAUGAUUUUCCUGUGGGAAACUUGAUCCCUAAAAGGAAAUGAGUGCAGCUGGGGAUCACUUGGGGGAUUCACUCUUAUUUUUAGAAUCAGAUUUAUUGCCAUAUUUGGCCUGAAACGAUGUCACACUGGAAGCUUAUUGUAGUCUGGCCGGUCAGUCAUUCUCACCUGAUCUCAAUUGGACUUGGGCUCAAGGUAAUCAGUGGAACCUGGACAAAAGGAUGAGUAAUAACAAAUGUUUGUUGGCUCAGGAAUCCUGAAUUUCUCAUAAACAAUUUCUGGUGAUGAGAGAGAUUGAGCUUUGCAGGAUGAGAACCUUUUUAAAAAAAAAUAAAAAAAAAUCCCAGGUGUAGUUCUCAGUGCAGCUGCUCACUCCAAGACAGAAUGAAGAGAUAGACAUUUGAUUGAUUCAGUUUCCCCUCCCCUCCCCAAGGGGAUAACAGCAAUUCAGAAGGAGAAAUAUACAGUGAUGCCCCAACAGAUCCCACAACCAAAGCACUCCCCAUUUAGUGCUUGACAUGGAAGCCAGCAGAAUUUUAAUUUUUUUCCCAUUUAUUUGUUUUUAUUAAAGAUUUUCUUGGGUUACAAAAGUACAUACCUUGUCUCUAUUUUCAGAUCAUAAAGUCCUUUUUACAUAUCAGUUAUGUUUGAUGUGAGACUUCAAUGUUGUAUACAGCACAAAAUUUUGAAGCCUUCCAACACCAGCAGAGGAGAGAAGGUUCUCUUGAGCAUGCUCCAUUCGUGGUAGUGCUUUUGAGCCACUCUCAUUUUCACUAGGAUUGUGUGCAGGACGAGUUCCCAGGAAGCGUUUCCCCCACCCCAAACCCAGUCUGUCUUUAAGACUCUCCACUGAAUUUAGUUUUAAGGUCGGAGCAGCCAUAAUAAAUCCCCCCCCCCAUUGGCACACGGAUGGUCAACCCAGUCAUUAAGGUUUGGCAUGACUACAGUAUCAGGGUUGGGGCACCUGUGGUGGCCCCUCCAGGUGUUGCUGGACUCCAUCUCCCAUCAUCUUCAUCUUCCUUCAUCCUUGACCAUUGGCCGUGCUGGCUGCUGCCAGCAGGACAACAUAACCUGAAGGGCCACAGGUUUCUCUGCUGUUGGGCAAAAAACAGAAUUGGAUUACUCAGUGGAUCCGACCAAGGUCUCUCUAAUCCUCUCUAAUGGCAAAGAAUAGAUGGAGGUAGCCCUUCUCUGUUGUUUAUUCCUCUGCUCAAGCAUAUGGUAGCCAGUGAUAUGUUACCACUUUAACAUAUAGGUUCCAUUUAGCCAUCAUUGCUUAGAUAUUAGCAAGCCCACCUGCAUUCGCCAUGGAUUUAUUUUAAAUAAAUUUAUCAGAUGUCAAGGAAAUAAACAACUAUCUGACUUUUAGAAGGCAGCUGAAGCCAGCCCUGUUUAGGGAAGUUUUUAAUGUUUGGUGUUUUAUUGUAUUUUUAAUAUUUUGUUGGAAGCCGCCCAGUGUGGCUGCGGAAACCCAGCCAGAUGGGCGGGGUAUAAAUAAAUUAUUAUUAUUAUUAUUCCUUUCCAAAAUUAAAAAGCAGUUUAAGACAGGGGUAGGCAAUGUGGUGCCCUCCAAAGGAUGCGGCUCAGUUAUCAUCUGGAAAAUUCCACGUUGGCUGCUUAUGAUCGAAGCCAAUACCCAUGACCACCACACUGUGUUGCAGUGACUUCUGUAAGUUGGCUUUGGAUGAAUGCACAUUCUCCUCUGUCAAGCCAGUCUUGCUCUGAUCUCUGGGUGGCUGCUGUUCCAAGAAGGAAUGGGGAUCCUUACAAAGCUGUCCUCCUCAAAGGUUUAAGGGGCCCAAGUAUUCUCCUGUGUAGUGAAGAACCCAGUUCUGCUCUGUGCUGCUUCCCACCCGUUAAUCCCAUGAACUUUCCUUGCCCUCCCUCCUCCCCAUAAGACAUAUUUAAGACUUCAUUAACCAUUCAUUUAUUUGAUUUAUACCCUGCCUCUCCUCUGAGUGCAGGGUGGCACCCCACUCCACACGUUAUUAACCCUCACAACAACCCUGUGAGGUGGGUUAGACUGAGAGUGCAUGACUAGCCCAGGGUCACACCUUCAUGCCUGAGUGUGGGGAUUUGAACUCUGGUUGCCCAGGUCACAGUCUGGCGCUCUAGCCACAGCGCCACACAGGCUCUCAAUACUUUAGGCCCCCAGUUUCUGUCACGAAGCCCACAGAGUGAUUGCAAGCUAGUCAGGCUCUCUCAAUUUUGCCUUCCAUACAGGUGGCCUGUUCUGAGGGUGGGUCGUAUCCCCAUUAAGGUGAUGAGGGUACUGUCAGCGUGCCCUCAGCCAGCACUGGGGGCCCUGCCUACUUGCCUUCUUACAAGCAGCCCAGGGGGUACAGCCAGCUGUGUGGGACUCAGCAGGGGAGAGGGUGGGCAUAAAACUGGAAUUAGUUGGCCAUUGGUUUUGGCUCCAGCUACUUACUUUUGCCCUCUCUUCUCUGCAUUCUUGUUAUCCCACUUUCUGCUCUUAAAGUCCCAAGGCUACAAUGAUUGAAACACAAUAUUAAAAAGUCCUUUAAAGAUAAAGGUAAAGGGACCCCUGACCAUUAGGUCCAGUCGCGGGCGACUCUGGGGCUGAGGCGCUCAUCUCGCUUUAUUGGCCAAGGGAGCCGGCGUACAGCUUCCGGGUCAUGUGGCCAUCAUGACUAAGCCGCUUCUGGCGAACCAGAGCAGCGCAUGGAAACUCUGUUUACCUUCCUGCUGGAGCGGUACCUAUUUAUCUACUUGCACUUGGACGUGCUUUCGAACUGCUAGAUUGGCAGGAGCAGGGACCGAGCAACGGGAGCUCACCCCGUUGCGGGGAUUCGAACUGCCGACCUUCUGAUCAGCAAGCCCUAGGCUCAGUGGUUUAGACCACAGCGCCACCCGCGUCCCAAAAAGUCCUUUAAGAGAUCCUAAAAGCACAGAAAUAAGGUGGGGCCUAAAAAAUACACCAGGCUGAAUGAGCACCAGCACCAAUGGGAUCUGGGGACCAGAGGGUGGGAUGCAAUCCAGCCUACCUGCCAUUUUGAGCCCCUUGGAAGAAAUACAUCAUCCUUUACUUUGCCAUACUCCAGGCGUCAGCAAACUUUUUCAGCAGGGAGCCGGUCCACAGUCCCUGUGACCUUGUGGGGGGCUGGACUAUAUUUUGAAAAAAAUAAUAAUGAAUGAACUCCUAUGCCCCAAAAUAACCCAGAGACGCAUUUUAAAUAAAAGCACACAUUCUACUCAUGUGAAAACACCAGGCAAGCCCCACAAAUAACCUGGAGAUGCAUUUUUAAAUAAAAGGACACAUUCUACUCAUGUAAAAACACCAGACAGGCCCCACAAAUAACCUAGAGAUGCAUUUUAAAUAAAAGCACACAUUCUACUCAUGUAAAAACACGCUGAUUGCCAGACCAUCCGUGGGCCGGAUCUGGCCCCUGGGCCUUAGUUUGCCUACCCAUGCCAUAGCCAAAGAACAGGAACUGUUGGAGAAAACAUGUGUUGAGAAUGAUUUUUGUUUGAAGAUUUUCCUCUUUUAUUUGAAUGCACGUGCAGUCAGUUUCAGAUAAUUUGGCAUUAUAACAUGCAUCUUACUUAAGCCCUCCCUCUUCUUUUAGCCUCUCGCCCCCCCCCCCCCCAAAUAUACGGUACCUUUCUGAGCCUGGCUGUGCCUGGAAAAGUGCUGAGAUGGCUCCAGUGCCAGCCGCCCUCCAUUCUCACAGCGGAGAAUGCUCUGCUCUCCCACCUAUGCCAUUCCUGCCCUCUUCCUGCCAUUUAUCGCCAUCUGUUUUCAAUCCCAGGGUGUGCAAGCACACUUCCAAGCGCUUCCCUUUGCCUUGCCCCCACUCCUACACCAGAAGCCUGAGAAAUGACCCAGACAUCCAUUCUUCACAAAAAGGUAUAAAAAUAGGAGCUGGAGAAGGGGCUCACACAAUAGCUGUGACUGCAUUCUGUUUGCACCACCAAAACACACAUUUCAAAAUGUUAUCAUUUCCGUACAUUUCCCACCCCCCUUCCUUUCACUCCCUAAACAGAAUGUUCCAGCAAAAGGGUAGUGGUUCCAAAAGCCUUCGGCCAAGUCUUGGUGCCACUACACGUUUAGGAGAGAGAAGCAUGUCGCUCUUGCAUCUAACACCCACGGCCCAAUGUUGUGUAGUGGUUGCAGUGGCAGACCAGGACCUGGGAGACCAGCGUUCAAGCUCCACGCUCAGCCAUGAAGCUCGCUGGGUGACCUUGGGGGUGGUCACUGCCUCUUUCAGCCUAAACUAUUUCACAGGGUUGCGGGGGGGGGGGAUAAAUGGAGAGGGGGAGAACUGUGUACGCCACUUUGUGCUCCAUGGAGGAAAAAAUGGGAGAUAAAUGCAAUAAAUAAAUGAAUCGCAGCAACCCAGUCAUCUCAAACUCAUCCCCCUGAACAGGUUGGUGUCUCACUUAAUAGUAUCGCACCUUUUUUCUAGAGGGGUUUUCCGUGCCCCCGCCCGCCAGUACCAUUCGAAAGCUACCACAAUUCGCUUCUGCUUAAAGUAACACAUUGGGGAUAGGAGAUUGUAGGCAGUAACUGUGGUUGUCCUUUUGCAAGCUUUGCUUACUUGGUUCUGUGCUUCAAGCAAACUCCACCUUAAAGACUCAGAUACACAGUAAUUGCAUUGUUAGGGUGUUAAUUGAGAGCAGAGUAUCGGAAAGUCCACAAAUAUUGUUUGGUUUUUAAUUUGGCAAGGCCAGGGAGGCAUAAUGCUGGGGGGGGGGGCGGGUUUCCACCAUGUUCAAAUUUCCCAUCAAGCAGGACACUUGUAAGCACACUUAAAUAAAUAAGUUCAGGACCAGAUUGGCAGGUCUGCACAGAUUUUUUUUGCAGAAUUCAUUUUUCUUCUUAUAGUGGGGUUUUUUUUUGGGGGGAGGGGGGAGUUCUGAAGAGCAGUGCAAGUGCAAACAUCCCUGAUUCAGCUGCCUGCAUUUCCAGCUAAAGGGGUCAGGUAAUAAGUGAUGGGGAAUUAUCUUGCUGCCUGGAGAGCUAUUGCCAGUCAAGAUUAAACAGGACUAGUCUAGAGGGGCAAACAGUUUAGCCAGGUAUAAGCUUCCUAUGCUGGCACGACCCAUCAGCAAAAAUCCUGCUCGCUUCCCUACUGGUCUGUUAUUUUACCAAACGUUGCCUAUGUUAUUUCUGCAACCUUGAAGACUAGAAGCUUCAUUUGAACAAAAAGUAAGUAGGGAGUUUUCCUGGUCAGAAUUCUGCAAUUGUGGCUCUUGUAGCUAUGGCCAGUGCAGUAUUGAGUUCAAUGAAAUGGCCACGACUCUGCCUGCAAGUGCCAGCUGAGCCCAUUGGAGAAGGAGGACAGGCGGCUUGUGCAAAGUAGUCACCACCCAUCACCUGUCAGGCUCAGAACUUGGAGAAUAAUGCUGUGCUUUGGGCUUUGAGAGUCUGCAGUGAAACUAGAGCCUCCGUGUGAAUCCGUGCAGAGCUGAUGAUGGAAGCUGCUCACCGUGCAGACAUAACAGGUUGUUGGAUGGUAUAAAAUGUACAAGGUGUGUGAACCACUCGUGAGAUCUACAAAUGAAGGGCAGUAUACAAAUCUAAUAAAUAGUGAUAAUAAUUACUGGUGGGAUGCUCACUGGGGAGUGGGAGGGAGGUGAGAGAAUAGCUCAGUGGUAGAGCAUCUCCAUUGCAAUUCCUGACUGAGGGAGACCCCUCCCUGAAACUCUGCAGGGCCAUUGCUGCCAGUCAGUACUGAGCCAGAUGGAUCUAUGAUCUGACUCCGUGUAAGGCACCCUCCUAUGUUGCUACAACUUCCUGGGUGAAAGAGGUAAGAAACUUGGUUAACCUUCCAUAAGCUAUGCACAGGAAGUGGGAGUCUGUUUUCUUUUAUCGAUUUAAAUGUGGCACUCUUGACUCUGCAAGGGAAGGUGAUUCUUUUCUCCCCUUCUCCCACAACUGGUUCCAUUGAGUAGUCUGCAUAAAUCUUGAUACUAAGCAGGACCAGGAAACCUCAAUAGCUGGUCCUGAGUAGCCUGUGUCUAGAGCUGGAAUAGUACCCAGAAAGAGGUGGGGGAAUCUGGCACCUUGAGCUUUUAUUUUCUCCCCCUUGACUCCUACUAAUGCUUAAGGUCACCCUUUGCCUCCUGUAGAUUCCUCCUCUGCACUGGAUUUUCAUGUAGAAAUGAAGAAUCUUAAUGAGAGUGUGAACUGACAGCGCCUUUCUCUUACAUGUGCCCUCUCACUUUAAAAUUGGAAAAUGCUAUCUCUGAUUCACGCUCCUGCCUCCGUCUCCAGCGUCUUAUUGUAGCUGCAACCACACCCAUAAUUCUGGGGCUUAACAGUCUCCCCCAAUUUCUCUCUCCUUGGCUUUGCAGGAGUCUCCCCAGGACAGUGCCAUCACACGCGACAUCAACCGGACGUUCCCUGCCCAUGACUACUUCAAGGACACUGGGGGAGAUGGCCAGGACUCCCUGUACAAAAUAUGCAAGGUACCCUGACCGGGAUACUGUCCUGGCUCACUUGUGGACCAGGAUGGUGGAGCUUCCUUGUGGGAAUAAAUGUGCUAGGCCAGCUUAGCCCUGGGUUCUUUGUCUUGAAAGCACCUCCAAGUGUGAGAUAGUAGUGUUGAUAAUAGAAUUAUGGGGUUGGGACCCCCAAAGGUCCUCUAGCCCAGCCUUCUGCAUUACAAGUAUCACAGCUAAAUACCAGCAGGUGACCUUCCAAUCUCUGGUUAUCAACCUCCAUCGAGGGAGAAUCUGUCACUGAGGUAGCCUAUUCCAUGUCAAACACCUCUUACCAUCAGAAAGUUCUUCCUAUCAUUUGGUUGGGAUUUUAUUUCUUGUCAUUAGAAUUCAUUGUCUUGGGUCCCACCCUCUGGAGCAGCAGAAAACAAGCUUAUUCUGUCUUCCAUGUGGCAGCCCUUCAGAUAUUUGAAGAUGGAUAUCCUAUCCCCUCUCAGUCUUCUCUUCUCCAGGCUAAACACCCCCAGCAAAAAGGUUGUUGAAACAUAUUGCCUGUUGUGCCUGCUAAUUUAGCCUUACUGGAAUUGUAGUCCAGAAUUAUCCAGAGGGCACAAGGUGGGUAAGUUUGUGCUCGUGGAUGCCUGGGCAAAUCAGCCUUUUGCCUCAAAGGGCAUUCCCAGAUCUUCUGGGCUCCUUGCAUCAACUGGAGCGGCUGCUGUAUUUCUUUUCAUGUGGCAGAGAGCAAAGGAAGUCUCAGCAAAAGGAUCUUUGCUCCUCUCUAACACUCUGGAAAAUUAUUCAGCUCCUCAUUUGCAUUAUAAGGCAAACCACAAACACAUUCAAGCCACUCAUUAAAAUGCGGGAGGCAAUUAGCAGGUUAAAAUAAAAAAUGUCCGCACUCUGGUUUGAUCCCUUUACCUUGCUUGACCGGAGGAUCCGGCUCUUUGAACCUGGCAUUUAGAAAGCUGCCACUGCUGCCUGCUCCUCCUCCAGAGACUGUUUGGCCUGGGAAAGCAGCUUGGCUUCCUGACCACCUCCUAAGCUCUCUGACAAAGCACACCAUUAAAAAGGAUGAGCUCUGCGUGGGACGCGGACCAAGGACUGGCGCAAGCAGCUUCCUAUCCGCUCCCUGUGUAUAAUUGAUAUUCAAAUCAAAGACUUAACGGCGCAGCUUGAAAGAUUUGUUUUUGUGUUAUUAUCCCUGCAUAAAAUACUUCGGGUCUCAAACAUGCUCUGGCUUAUUUUGGGAGAGUUGGAUGUGCGUGCCAGAUCCCCACGGUGUGCAUUUAUGCUUCAGCCCCCUCCCCGCAUCCUUGCAGCUCAGUGAACCAAGACCCUAGCCCAGGACUUAGCUUUCCACUCUCUCUCUCUAAAAUACAACUGAGUGAAAUUAUGCCCCUCUUGCUAGGUGUGCUGGGCUCCCUGCCUGCAAAAGGCCAGGGAGCCCAAGGCUUUGGUGGGCAGAUCCUCUGCAGACCUUUCACUUUUCUUGUGACUUGUGAAAUCCUGGUCAGGAUAAGCAUCCCCUUGCCCCAAAUUGCCUCCUUAGCAGCCUUCACUGACUUGCUCCAAGCUAUUCCACGUGCAGACAGAUUGUGUGAUUGGCACAAGGUUGGUUCUCUUGAUGGGUGAGACGGAGGCAGCCCUUGUUUUCAGCCAGAAGGUGGUGACCUUCAUAACCUGCCCCCUGCCACAGCAACACUCUUUCUUCGCAACAAGCAGCCUGCGUGCCAUAAUAUACAGAUGCACACUGAAGCUGGGGAGCUGUUUUGAAUGGAGCAGGGGUGGUUGUGGCCAAGCCAGUGGUGGUGGUCUAGUGGUUAUAGUGUCAGACUAGGACCUGGGAGACCAGGGUUCAAAUCCCCCCCCCACUCGGCCAUGAAGCACCCUAGGUUCCCUUGGGCCAAUCACUUCCUCUCAACCUAACCUACCUCACAGGGUUGUUGUGGGGAUAAAGUGGGGAGGAGAACUAUGAGUUCCUUGGAGGGAAUGCAGGCUAUAAAUGCAAGCAAGCAAUCAUUCAGGUGGGGCAUCUUGUGUUGUUGAAGUCUUGACCGUUUCCUGAUUCUUCUUCCAGGCCUAUUCUGUCUACGAUGAAGAGAUUGGCUACUGCCAGGGCCAGUCAUUCCUUGCUGCUGUGCUGCUUCUACAUGUGAGUUCCUCUUUGCUACCUGAGAGAGGGCCCUGUGCAAGAAGGUUCCAAAGGGUGGGGUGGGAGGUCCUCUGUGGCACUCAGGCACAAUCCAGUCUCCCUUUGCAGCACACCUGUUGCUUAGCCUUCCCCUCCUUCCUCCCUGCCCAAGACCUGUUUAAUUCAUCAGAAUCUGUGAGUACUUUGAACCUGGCAGGAGGAUGGGCAAAUGUGCCCGAGAGUUUAGAAGACCCUGGUAUGUGACCCAUCCAUGUAUGUUCUGUGUCUUGUAUUGGUUUCCUUGAAUGUAAUGUCACCCUUCGUUCCCUUUCCCCCUAAAUCGCCUUUGAUGCUGUUUGCUGAAACAUACAUUAAAGCCUUCUUAUGUGCCCACAAACCAAAGGUUGCAGCAGUUACCUAACCAUCAACUAGCAAUGACUCACUGCAGGUUUAGUGAUUUUUAUAUCAUCAAAACCAGGACAAUUAUCCUAUAGUUUAUAUGUAUAUGUAAUUAAUUGUACGUAUAAUUUAUAUGUAAGAACAGACAGAAGAGCUCUGUUGGAUCAGGUUGUUAACAAAUCCAAACUCUAUCCAGGCUGCCUGUUGGUUUCUUGUUGUUCUUUGUCUUAUUGAGCAGUAAUGCAGGUGGAUCUAUUGUGAAGAUCCCGAAGCUUCCUCACAUCCAGAAACAGUUGCUCCAUACAUGGAUGCUGUCUCUUCUAGAGAUGUUACAGAACUGAAAUUUUUCAUUCUUCGUACAUGCUAAUAGUGAACUUGGGUGCAGAGCUAGGGCAGAUUUGCGGCCCAAAUUGAGAUAGGGAGAAUGCUUUCUGGUGGGGAGGAGCAGCCCAAGGUUUGUAGAAGUAGGAAAAGGAAAAGCACACAGUCCAAUAAGGACUGAGCAUGCUCGUUGGCUGCAGAAUCUGGGUGGUAGGUGUCAGGCUCCAGGGAAUCCGAUCCCCCCACGGUAGGCUACCAGGGAUAGAUAUCAAGGACGGUUCUUACCAAGUCUUUUAUUCAAAAUUCACAGAGAGAGGCUUAGAAAAGCUGCCUCUUGUAGUAAUGGCGUUGCUCCGAGUGAAACCCCACCCCCUCCAUCUCUCCCAUUAUACGCCAUCCCUAUGUUGGCUGAUCUGUGCUUUCUGCCUCUGAGCUUUCUCAUCUCCUACUUUCAAUGCCCACCGGGUUCGGGGGGGGGGUCUGGAAUGCUUUCUAAAUACACUGAGUCUUCCGCUGCCUCUCCCCUGGUGCUGCUGCUUCUUCCUGUUCCUCUCCCAAUAUUUCCCAGCUUCUCCCUUCUGCAGCCUCUGAGCUGUGACCUCCCGCAACCCACUGUUGUAAAUCUCUACUGUCUUCCUCUUCUCUGGAAGGUUCAGGCUGAGGGGGCGGUCUCCACUAUUCCUCCUCCUCUUCUGCCCAGUCCCUGAAAGUAGGAUGGGCAGUCAGGAAAUCUGUUGGUGUUUGAAUGGAGUAUCCUGGCAAAGGGCAUGUCUGGCUGGUUGGCACCCUGAGCACAAGCUCUCCACAGUGCAGCAUUUUGGUACAGGUCCAAGUUUCAUAAAUCCUGUGCAUUUACCAGGAAGAUGGGUGGUAUGUUCUUUUCCUGCUUUUGUCAGUCAGGGAGUCAAGUCAGGUUACCAGGCUGCUCAGUUCGAAGUCCACCUGGGACCAGCGUGGGCUCUGGGCCACAGGUUUCUUCUGGUGCCUGGCUGGACAGAUUUCCACAUCUCACCAGUGGCCUCUGACUAAAUGAGCUUUGUAGAAAGGCUUGAAGGGAGGCUACAGUCUGUUGCAGGUGUCAAAUAAAAGCUGGUGGGGGCGGUCUUUGUAGUUUAAGAUGACCACCCACUCCCAAGGCUGAAUGUCUUUUCUUUCCCUCUCUUAACACAUCAGAGGUUUUGUGGGCCUUUGAGGGGCUAACCGGUCUGUGCGGAGUCAACCACGGGGAAAUCUUGGACAAUCAAAAGGAGUUGUCCGGAUGACCCCCUUUGGGUACUGGUUGCAAGUUUUCUCUUGCUCCUUGGAAACAGCCAACUCAGAAUACCACCAGGGAUGCCUGCCCUGUCUCGCUUCAUUUCCCUGGCUGUCCACCCCACUCCAGCCGUUGCUUAUGCAGCAGUGCAGAGCAUUUUUUGCAGUUACUUCUCUCUGACACCCUUAAUUCCCUUUCUGCUGCUAAAAGUUAUUUUUAAACCACAUUCAUGUUGUUGGUUCUCUUUCUCUGCUCCCUCCCCGCAUCCUCAAACUAGUUAUCUCUGCUGUCAGUUACUGAAUGACACUCUGCAGAGCUCCCAGGCCCAUUUGUUGUUCUGAUCCACAGCAGGCUCCUUUUCCUUUUUUAAAAAUAUCCCCCCCCCCGCCCCCAGCAACCCUUCAGCUUAUUUGAAUGAUGGCUGUACCAUCUUGUCAUACUAAAUAUAAAGAGACUUGGUGUGUCUCUGAAAACCAGACUUCCUGUCAGUUUGAGAGGAAAGUUUUUCCCACCCCCCAUGACACAAGAAAGUUGUAGAAAUUCUGAACACCAGUCAUAAGGGCGGUUUUGUUGUAAUUGAACAGCAGCUCCCAAUAUUCACUGUGAAAACUUGAGACCUCGCAGAAUAAUGAAUUUAGCGGUUCUUCGCCUCGCCACAGGCAAAGCAGGCAUUAGCUGUGCAAUUCAUAAGAAAUGAAGAUGAAAUUGCACUUAAAUUGGAUCUUAGAAUUGCUUCUGAGGUUGCUUUUGGAAGAUUGUGAUGGGUUUUUAAGAGCUUAAAUCCCAUUCCGGAGAUGUAAGCCUUUGUAAGACCUGCUUGUCUUUAGGAGAGGGAAGCCUGCAGAGCAGCAGAAGCUGGAAAUGUCAUUCAAAAUGGGUGGCUUUCCUAGGCCCUCGGAUAGAGGUCUUGGACUUCCGUGAGUGCACCUCUCAAAUGUUCAUGAGGUGUGCAUGAGCCUUCCUGGUGCAUUCUUCAAAAGCACCACAAACUCCCUCUUUGCAACAGUUUUAUUUCCCCCUCAGUAGGGACACGAUUGGCACUGUGAUCUAAACCACAGAACCUUUGGGCUUGCAGAUUGGAAAGUCGGCAGUUCAGAUCCGCGUCACUGGGCUUUGUCCCAGUUUCUGCCAACCUAGCAGUUUGAAAGCAUGCCAGUGCAAGUAGAUGAAAUAGGUAUCGCUGUGGCAGGAAGGUAAACGGUGUUUCCAUGCGCUCUCGCUUCCAUCACCGUUUUCCAUUGUGCCAGAAGCGGUUUAGUCCUGCUGGCCAUAUGACCUGGAAAGCUGUCUGUGGACAAACACUGGCUCCCUUGGCCUGAAAGCGAGAUGAGCAUCGCAACCCCAUAGUCGCCUGUGACUGGACUUAACUGUCCAGAGAUCCUUUACCUUUUUUAAAAAACCUAUUCCCCCCCUCAACUUGUAAAAGGCCCAGUUGACCUGGCCCAGAACAUGAACCUUCAUUACUGUGGGAAAACAGGAGCUUUAUUCCCCGGGUGAGUUUUUGAGCAGGGGAAGAUGACAGACUUUUCCUGGGUAAGGAUACCCACUUAAGACUGGCAUGGUGUGGAUAAGGCUACCAGUGGGUUCUAGCCAUGAUUGCUGUGCCCCACUUUCACUGUUGGAGGCAGGAUGGCUCCGAAUAUCAGAUGCAGGGCUCUUCCGUUCCUAAAAGUAGAUAUGACACCAUCAGUUUACUCCUCAUUUUCUGCUGAACUGCUGCUAAACCUUCCCUUGCUGUCAUAUUCUCACACAACCUGUGGUGGUUUACGGUUCAUUGGUGGCAGAAAGAAUGGGCAAUAAUCUCCUGCCUUUUCCUUGUGGGAGUAGAGUAGGGCCACAUUCACACCAUACAUUUAAAGCACACCUUUACCACUUUUAAACAGCCAUGGCUUCCUCAAAGUAAUAACGGAAGCUGUGGUUUGCUAAAGGUGGUGAGAGUUGUUAGGAGACCCUGCAUUCCAGAGCUACAAUUCUCAGAGUUCCCUGGGAAGAGGGCUUGAUUGUUAAACUAUUCUGGGAGUCUUAGCCCUGUGAGAAAAAUGGGGGUCUUCUAAUAGCUCUUGACAUCCCCAACAAACUGUAGCUCCCAGAAUGGAUGUUUAAAGUGGUAUAGUUAGGACUGCCAUGCAUCUGAAAUUUCCCAGCAGUGUCUGGGUGGGAUAGCUUAAAUGUCCAGGAAAAUCCAGACUUCCAUGUCAGAAGUGUAGAUUUUGGAAAUUUUCCUUAAAAGUAGCUCAAAAACGUCCUUUUCUUUCUUUUCUUUCUUUUUUGUGAUCUGGCAAAAAAAGUUUAGCAACUUUGAAAAAAAAACUAAGCAACUUUUGUGUUUGGAUUUUCACUUUUUGAAAUAUGGCAACCCCUAGGUAUAGUGCUUUAAAAAUAGGGUGUAAAUGUGGCCCACGUUUGGCUGCCAAUAAAGUAAGGUGGUUCUCUCAACAUACUGGUAGGAAAGACUGAAGGAAGAAGUAAGAUUAUCAUGCUUAGCUCCCCACCCCACACCCCACCCCCUUUUAAAAAUGACAGCUGGUUUUGUUCUUUGUCUUUGACAGAUGCCUGAAGAACAGGCGUUUAGUGUUCUGGUCAAAAUCAUGUUUGACUACGGACUCAGGGAGCUUUUCAAACAGAAUUUUGAAGAUUUGCACUGCAAGUUUUAUCAGUUGGAGCGACUCAUGCAGGUAAGGGGUGCUGUCUGUCCCUGGAGACCGAGAUUUGACAGGGGCGGGGUUUCAUCCGAGAGAGUGAUGCUCUUUGCAAGGUGAAGUCCAGAGGUGAUGCUGACAGUGGUGGCCUGGCUGAGGGGUGGCCACAUGGCCUUUAAUCAUGAGACAAGCUGUGCCCCAUUCUUCCCCUGGCCAUUUUCUUCUUCCCACGACUAUCGUAACGGCGUGUGUAGCACAGUGGCAGGGAGAGUGGGGUGGCUGCUGCAAGCCUCAUUGCUGGACUCCAGCUCCCAUCAUCCCUGCCUACUGACCAUGCUGGGAGUUGGAGUGUAGCAACAUCUGGAGUGCAGCAGAGCUUUCCCCAGCCCUGGAAUAGCAUGCCUUUAUUCUCUCCCCUUCAAUUCCUUUCUUUUUUCUUUUUAAAUUGUUGUUCUUCUACCAAGUGUACUUGAAGCAUCUUGUGAAUUGUUCAGAAGAGCCACACUCUAAAUAUAGUGUAAUAUUGAAUGAAUGAAUGAAUGAAUAACAAUAGAGGAGAAGCAGUGGAAUUUAAUAAUAAUAAUAAUAAUAAUAAUAAUAAUAAUAAUAAUAAUAAUAUUUGAUAUGACAACCCAAGAAUUCAUUAAGUGAAAAUGCUUAGUCAGAUUUGUAUUGUCCGUUAGGCAAAGACCAUUGCAAUACUAGUCACCAAAAACAGUAAUAAGAAUCCAAGAAUAAAUUAAAAUAUAGAUUGUCAAAAUUUAAGAUUGCAAAGUUCAAUUCAUUUAGGUUUAGGUUUUGUAAAAAAGAUCCCCUUGGCAGUUGUUUUUGCGGGGGGGGGGUGUUAAUUUUAUUUUUUACUAAAGUUACCCUAUAGGUAACAGACUUGUCUACAUUUUGCCAGCAGCCAUCCAAUUGACCCCUUAGAAAAAGAAUUUAUUUGCUCCACAUCUGAAAGCUGCUGGAGAUGCAGCUGGGGUGGGGAAGCACACGCGGGAGGCUGUUCCACAGUUUUGGUGCCACAGUGGAGUAGCCCCCCCCCCCCACGUGUCCACCUGCCACAUCUCCAGCGAUGAAGGAAUUCGUGGCAGGGCCUCUGAUUAGCACUUUACGGUUUGAGCAGGCUCACAUGCCCGAAUCCCUGUGUUUCUAGAAUGCCAGACAAGUGAAAAGUUCCUUGCCAGGUCAAUUGCAGUAGCCUUCAGCAGCUGGCUGCCCUUCGGCGUCUUGACAUUUCAGCAGGCCAUUGGGGUCAUUGGGGGGGGGGGGCACUGGGUCUUGCCCCUCCCCUGCUGCCACCAUUAAUGCACCAGAAUGGGUGUUUUUUGAAGCCAGUUGCUGCCCAGGGGCAUUGAUGUGCAGGAGACCUAAACGUUCUAAAUUACGUUAAUGCGAAGCUUAAAUGUUCUGUGGUGCAUUAUGAGUCCGUUGUGUGCUUCCAUCUUAAACAGCAUCUUGCAGAUGAGAAGAUGGUUGUGUUAUUUAUUUAUUUAUUGCUAUUUGGGACAAACUUUUGUCUUUUUCUUCUCUUUUAGGAGUACAUUCCUGACCUCUACAACCACUUUCUGGACAUCAGCCUUGAAGCACACAUGUAUGCAUCCCAAUGGUUCCUCACACUGUUCACAGCAAAAUUCCCCCUCUAUAUGGUCUUCCACAUCAUUGACCUGCUGCUGUGUGAGGUAAGGGCGAUCGCCUUUGACAAAUUCCAGUAAUCCCGGCCCUUCACAUGGGUAUAUUUAGUUGUAAACUAAGCACACGAGAGUUCCUCUUCCUUGUAAGCAAGCAGAAAUAAAAGGGUGGAGAGAAGGAAGGUAUAUAUAAACAGUUUCACAAUCAUGUUCAUUUUCAUGGAUGUUUUUCCACCCUUCUGUAGACAUGGCAUCAUGGCAGCUUCCAGCCAGUGCAUUAGAUGUUAAUCUCCCAUUUCUUUGAAUCCACCUAUUGUGUGCCUGUGUGUGAUCUGGACAUUGAGUCACUGGCAAAGGAGGUCAGCUUUGUCCCCCUUAAUCUCUGAAGGGCUGUGUGCAAGCAGCUGGUGCUGGAGGAAGGAAAUGAUUCAGCAGCUUCAAGAAAGUUUUGGGCAUAAAUGACCGGGUUAAGUUAUGGGCAGAAUGUGGUGCCAAGAAGAGCUUGCUAAAAGCUUGCUUUUAUUGUUGCGUAUAGUCCUCACGUGGCGCAAUGGGUUAGUCAUUCUCACUGUUAACCGGAAGGUUGGUGGUUCAAGCCCACCCAGGGAUGGCUGUGGGCAGGACUCCUGCAUUGCAGGGGGUUGGACUGGAUGACCCUCAGGGGUCCCUUCCAUCUCUAUGAUUCUAUUACCAUCAUGGUUGUAUCAGCUGCAGAAAAGAAUAUACAUGCUAAUACAAUAUUUAAAGAAACGACAUCAACCAAAAUAUAUUGUUACAUUAAAAUAUAUAGUAAAAAAAAAUGAGGUAAAAAAAAUAAAUACAAAAGGUUAAAAGGAGCUAAUGCAUUAAAAUCACCUCCAUUUCUAAAUGCUGCAACACAACAAUAAGAGUGCUGAGGACUGCUGUGCUGUCGACAAACAUGCUUGAUGGUAGAAAAGUCUUUUUAUUUUGAGGCAAUUUUUCAUCUUGCUCUUUAGCCAUAAAGAGAUCCCAAGGAAACUCACAAUUCAUAUAAAAAAACAGAGCCCUCCCUGCCAUUAGGCUUACAUUAUAAAAGGACACGACACACUAUGCUACCACUCAGUGGAUUUGUAACUGGCUGACUGACCGAACCCAAAGGGUGCUCAUCAAUGGUUCCUCUUCAUCCUGGAGAAGAGUAACUAGUGGGGUGCCACAGGGUUCUGUCUUGGGCCCGGUCUUAUUCAACAUCUUUAUCAACGACUUGGAUGAUGGACUCAAGGGCAUCCUGAUCAAAUUUGCAGAUGACACCAAACUGGGAUGGGUGGCUAACACCCCAGAGGACAGGAUCACACUUCAAAACGACCUUGACAGAUUAGAGAACUGGGCCAAAACAAACAAGAUGAAUUUUAACAGGGAGAAAUGUAAAGUAUUGCACUUGGGCUAAAAAAGAGAGAUGCAGAAAUACAAGAUGGGUGACACCUGGCUGGAGAGCAGUACAUGUGAAAAGGAUCUAGGAGUCUUGGUUGACCACAAACUUGACAUGAGCCAACAGUGUGACGCGGCAGCUAAAAAGCCAAUGCAAUUCUGGGCUGCAUCAAUAGGAGUAUAGCAUCUAGAUCAAGGGAAGUAAUAGUGCCACUGUAUUCUGCUCUGGUCAGACCUCACCUGGAGUACUGUGUCCAGUUCUGGGCACCACAGUUCAAGAAGGACACUGACAAACUGGAACGUGUCCAGAGGAGGGCAACCAAAAUGGUCAAAGGCCUGGAAACGAUGCCUUAUGAGGAACGGCUAAGGGAGCUGGGCAUGUUUAGCCUGGAGAAGAGGAGGUUAAGGGGUGAUAUGAUAUGUUCAAAUAUAUAAAAGGAUGUCACAUAGAGGAGGGAGAAAGGUUGUUUUCUGCUGCUCCAGAGAAGCGGACACGGAGCAAUGGAUCCAAACUACAAGAAAGAAGAUUCCACCUAAACAUUAGGAAGAACUUCCUGACAGUAAGAGCUGUUCGACAGUGGAAUUUGCUGCCAAGGAGUGUGGUGGAGUCUCCUUCUUUGGAGGUCUUUAAGCAGAGGCUUGACAACCAUAUGUCAGGAGUGCUCUGAUGGUGUUUCCUGCUUGGCAGGGGGUUGGACUCGAUGGCCCUUGUGGUCUCUUCCAACUCUAUGAUUCUAUGAUUCUACAAGGAAGAUGCACUGCGAGGGAGGAGGAAAUAAGCAUGCUUAGGUUAGAUGUCUUAGUUACUUGGGAGAAGAGACCCACAGGUGGUGAGGUGCGUUUUCCCUGUGGGACCCAUGGACAAUUGUUUCGGUAAGGUCUUUCCAUGCCACUUUCUAGUACGCGCUGUUCUUGUUUGAGUUCAUUGUUGUCAUAAUGUGCUAGGAAUAUCCAUAAAGCUGGGGUGAGAUUGCAGCUCAGUUGCAUCUCCAGUUACAGCGAUGGGAGAGAUCUUUGCUUGAGAGCCACUGCCAGCCUGGGUAGACGAUGCCAGUCUAUAUGUCACGGGAGAGGAUGCCUUUGUGGACUGUUUGCCCCCUGCCUGCUGGCCUACAGAGAGAGCAAACCGCUAUCCCUGGCUUUGUGCUACUACUACACCCAACCCAGGGACUUUGGCUCAUUCCACCCCCAACAAACCACAGCCUGUAAGCCAAGAGCAAACCUUGCCUGCAGAUUGUGGUUCCUUAGCAGUGAAACAACACCUAGCCCAUGGUUUGGACAUAGCGCUGAAGCCAGGGAUCAUGGUUUGUUUCUGUGGGGGCUGAAGGCUCAGACCUGGAAGGAGAACUUAAAAGUGGAAUUCAAUGCAGUGCAGUGUUCUUGUUUGAGAGAUUUAGAGGGUUCCUCCAAACCUUGCAGCAAAAUUGAUGAAACAUGUCUGAAUCACACUUGUGAGGGAGCAGUGAACAGAGCACAUUUUAGCCAGGCAGCAGCAGCAGUGGUGGUGGCAAUGGCUUCCUGGGAGGCAGUUUUAAUAAUUUGUUUACUCGCUUGCUAAUUAGCAACAUUCAUUAAUUCUCAGUGGACUUUCCCCCUCGGAAAAUGGCACAGUUCUGCUCUGCCCCCUUUUACUGAGAGAUCGUUCUGUUCCUUUCCCAGCUGGGGUUUGUGCUCCUCGGGGGGGGGGGGGGUGUGAGAGAGAGAGAUGGGGCGGAGAGUGGUGCACCCUGCUGAAAAUAGCAGCUAUCAGCUUUGCUCUGGCCUGUCUCUUCUGAGCUGCCAGAGGAACUGUCUGCCCAUUUUCAGCUUUUCGUUUUCAACCAUGAAGGAUAGGAACCCUUUCCUGAAAUCAAAGCAGUUCAGGUGGAGGCUGCAUCCCAUGAUCUAGCUGUGCAAAUGUCUAGGCACUCUUCUUUCUCUCUUCUCUGCCCACAAUUACAAGAAAAAUAUAUGCAGACUUGCUGGUGGAGCUUCUGUUCUAGGAACCUGUACAGCAGCAAUGAGCUGUUGAGUCUUCUGGGUACAUUUAGCUUACGUCCUCACCCCCUGCAGUAAGAUGACGCUUAGCAGAGGAUAUCAAGGCUUUGGAGCAGAGAGAAAGACCUGUCUGUUUAACAGACUAUAAAUCAGGAUGGGUUUUGGGGCUGAUAGUUCUCGUCCAGAACAGACUUGGAAGAGACUGCUCCGAAGGUUGGUUUUGUCUCUCACUACUUGUUUUUCUUUCUUGUUUUUCCCCCUGCAGGGCAUCAGUGUUAUAUUCAAUGUUGCCCUUGGGUUGUUAAAAGUGAGUAUCCAGCCCCUCUGUUCCGCUUCACACGAUUUGUGCCGAAAGCCCUGCAGUGAACGUCUGCACUGUAGAAAUCCUUAAGCCUGCAAAAUUAUCUUGCAGUUUUUAAAAGCAGGGUCUAAAAGAAAGAACUUGGCAAGAGAAUGACUAGUGGGUGCUGGCUCCAGUGGAGUGAGUUUUACAAUGGGGCUCUUGCUGAACACCUUGGCGCUCUUGCACAUCUCUCUCCCCACCCAUGGGGCCAUGUUUGCAACGUAGAAAAAAGCGCUGGGCUAAAUAGACAUUAUUUUUUUAAAAGAAAAAAGGAAGGAAGGAAGGAGCCGGGAUCCAAUAACUCCCCACUGGUAGUCGGGACAGACUGUGAGCAUCCUUCCCUCCUGCCCACCUUGGACGGGAGUGUCUGUCUCUCUUUGUCUUCCCUGGGGUGGGGUGGAGUGGGGAAGGAUGAACCGUACUUUGCUAGGAAGGACCUAGCAGAAUGAGGCUUUCCUCCCACUCAGUGCCUGCAUUUUGCCACUAGUGUGGGUGGAUAGGGAAAGCAGGGAGGCUGCUCUUACUUCAGAACUUCCUGCCAUUGUCAAAACUUUCAGUUUUAAACUGUCUGCGACAAUCCAGAUAUCCUGUCCCUUAACCUUACUAGCCUUCCCUCCAUCCUGUCUUCCAUCACAAAGGACUCCUGCCCCACAGCAGCCUGCCCCAAGGUGCUGCCCUCAGGGUGCAUGGGACCGCAAACUUCACUGGCCCCAGCCAGCAGGGGGGGUUGUGAUCUGGCACUGGGCUGCAGACAGCCACACAGGAAAACAGGAAUGUGUAGUGUUGUGUUGUUUUGUUUUCAAUAAAGCGGAGUUAAAUAUCAUUUCCAAGUUCUUCCCUAAGGAAGAAAUGAAGCUACUUUUGCCACCACUUUUCUUGGUUACAGGAUGUGGGUGCCACACAAUUUCAUUUUCCAGAAACCCUUUUUCUCUGCACUUUCUCAGACAACUAGGGACGACUUGCUGCUGACUGACUUCGAGGGUGCUCUGAAGUUUUUCCGUGUGCAGCUGCCCAAGCGAUAUCGCUCUGAGGAGAAUGCCAAGAGGCUGAUGGAGUUGGCUUGCAGCAUGAAGGUAUGUGAGUGGAACCAGCUGGCCCUUGCGGGGUUGCAUUUAAGUGGAGCCUUGCUAUGAAAUACUCAGGGGGGUGGGAGGGUGAAUAUGCCCCUCAUGCACUGCCAGCAGCGAUGCCUCCUGUUCUGGUUCUGACUGGAGACUUUCCAGACAGUUAAGUAGCUGCUGUAAAGUGGAGGGAGGAAGACAGCUCACGAGACUUGCGCUGCCAGAGGGAGCCUUGGUGGAGCUUCUGCAUCAGUGCCAGUAGAGGGAGCAAGAGGACAAGUUUUGUGCCGCUCCAACAUCCCUUAACAAAACUGUUGGCAUCCUUCCUGGGCAGCCUCUGGCACCAGCCUGGGCCCUCCAGAUGUUCUGGACUGGGGCUGAUGGGAGCUGUAGUCCAGAACAUCUAGAGGAGCCCCAGGCUGGUCUGGAGGCUGAUGAUGAGGGGGAGAAGGUGGUGGUUUUGCAAAUUGUGCUCCCCAUCCCCUUCUGAUUGACAGUCUUGCCUGUUGUUGUUCUUUCCGUUCAUCUCUCACAGUGAUAAUUGCCUUUUUGUAGGGCGAGCUGGUUUGCCUUUCAGCCAGCCUCAAAAUAAACCUUACUGCAUUGGGAUGGGGGACAGGUGGGAGCCCCAGGUUUGCUAGCUGGCUUGCCCAUUCACGGGGAUAAGAGGUUGGAGUGUGUUUGCUUCACUUUUCCCUUUCCCUUCCUGCAUUUACUUCCCACCUUUUCUCCAUGAAGCUCAAGGCGGCAUAUGUGGCUCCUCCCCAUCUCAUUUAACCCCGAAAACAACAUUCCUGUGAGGUAGGUUAGGCUGAGAGGCAGUGACUGGCCCAGGGCCAUGGCCGAGUGGGGCUGGAACCCUGGUUAGACACUCUGCUACACCACACUGUUCGUUUUGCGGAGCAAAUAUACUGCUUAAUCCAAGUCAAAAAAAUAAAUCCAAGGCUUUAGAUUUGUGUGAUAACAUUUCAGCAGUUAGAAAAGCAGGGCACUGGGUAGUGUGUUUUCUUAAGUGUCAGGGAAUGUUUAAAAACUGCCAGAUUGCAUAAAAGAGGGGGUCUCCAGAAAGUCCGUGCCACAAUAGAUAUGGACUUAGCACAAGUUAAAAUGUACAGGUUAAUAAAUGCUACCUGAGCCCCACUCCCAGCCUGAAGCCCCCUCCUUAUUAAGAAGCCAACCAGGAUAUGUUCCAGCUCUCGCUUGAGGUGAAAACAUGAAAGAUUGUUCUGGGGAAAAUGUCUGUGUUUGUGAUGCAAUGGCGAGGGAAGAGGAGACCUUCUCCAUGGAGCUUGGAUCAGUGUGUGUGUGUGUGUGUGUGUGAGAGAGAGAGAGAGAGAGAGACAUUUGCUGAAGAUGCUUUGAGGCGCUCUAAGGGUUAUGUGAUCGGGGCACUGUCCUUCUGAAGUCACAGUCUCUGUCCCUCUCCUGACAUGCACAACUCCUCCACACUUGUACUGAUAAGAAUUCAUUUAUCCUCCCUACUGUGUCCAGUGACAAACUCUGUAAAUUGGAAGGGUGCCUAACUGUAAGCUUCCUAAGCAAGAGACUCCCAGCCAAAUCAAUCAUCAGAGUUCCGUUUUGUUUUUAUAAAAAGGCUCCAGCGGAUAUCUUGAGUUAAAAGAAGCAAAAGCACAGCUUCUCCACAUGUCUUGACUGAGAUGCUCUUGAUUCUCUCCCCCACCCCUAGAUUAGCCAAAAGAAGCUGAAGAAAUAUGAACGGGAGUACCGUGCCAUGAGGGAGCAGCAGGCUCAGCAGGAAGACCCCAUAGAAAGAUUUGAGGUAAUUUAUGUUAUUCUGUCAUGUUGGGGGCCAGCCUUGGACCAGAUAACCACACGUCUCGGUGUUGUAUUGUGUAGGGACCACAGAUCAGGUACGGUCCCAGGCAAUCCUUUCUGAGAAGGCAAAUCCAUAACCAGGGGCACUGGAACCGGUACCACUGAAAAAGUCCUGCCCCUGCUGGCUAUAUGCAGCAUUUAAUUCCAGCCUUGUAAUUCAAUCUGCAAAAGUCAGUCUCCUGCCUGCUUACCCACCUCAUGUCUUUGUUGGUGGGCAAGCUGUUGGUGGCCUCCAUAAAUAAGACAUAAAUAAGCGCCUUAGCCUCCUAUUUGCAGUGCCAAGUUCCAGGCAGCUACAAUGAAUGUUUAAUUGCAGGGUUUAGGGUGGAGGAUGCCCUCUGGGGUGACCACUCUGGGGUUGCUUUGGGGGCACCAAGAGGCUGGGGCUACUGCCUUGAAAAUAAGGAAGCAUUUUGGGGAGCAGGGCCCCUCAACCCUUGGGUGAAGCAUUGGUAGCCUUCUAGGAACUUAAUCCAGUGUCUUCUGAGGUGGGGUCACUUAAUGAGUCAUUGAUUCAGGAACUUGCUAUCUUUUGACUCUUUUUUGCCUCAAUCCAGCGAGACAACCGGCGCCUGCAGGAAGCGAACAUGAGGCUGGAGCAGGAGAAUGAUGACCUGGCCCACGAGCUGGUGACAAGCAAGAUCGCCCUGAGAAAGGACUUGGACAAUGUAAGAGCCAGAGGCCUUGCCUGGCCAUUCGCUGCCCUUCGGUCUGUUUGGCCGCCAUUCUCUCUCGGUGCCCCUGAAGACAGAGCCCGUCUUUUGUGAAGGCCUGUAGCUCAGCGACAGAGCAUCUGCUUUCCAUGCAGAAGGUCCCGGGUUCAACUCCUGUUGUCCCCCAGAUAGGGAUUUGGGUUAAGGUGGCUUCCUGGGUUUUGCUCUUUGAGAAUCCACUCCCUACCUCCAACCUUCUCAGCCCAGUUGACUUGAGAGCAGAGCCCCAUGACCAACAUAAACUGGCUUUAUCCCUAGUCACUUGCGCCUGAGUGUCCUGGGAGGGUUGCUGUGAUACAAAACAGUUGUGGGAGCUGAGUACAUUUAGCCUGUAGAAGACAGAGAUGUGAUAGGUACAGGUAAAAGUGACAGGAUAACAUGGAGGUCCCAUGGAAGAUGGAGGAGGCUUGUUUUCUCCUCCUCUGAAGGUGGGACCAGAACCACUGGAUUGAAAUGACAAGAAAGGAGAUUCUGACCAUGUUGCGUUGGCAUAGGCAAUACGGCCAUGUUUGCUGCGGCUGAUGGGAAUUGUAGCAGCUGAAGACUUCUGGGCGCCUGGUUGGGGAAGCCUGCUCUGAUGAGGCAAAGCAUUUCCUUUUUUGCAACAGUCCAGGCUUCUUUCUUUUCUUUUUACUUUCUACCAGUUUGGCAGCAGGUCUUUGGAUCCUUCCCAGCCUUUCCUGUGCCUUAUCACAAAUAGCCACGCACUCUCUAUUGGGUCAUGUAAAAUGGCACCAGUCAACUUGGUUUAGCCAGGUUCUCAUGUUAGGACAAGGCAGGAACGUUCCCAAAACAGUGACAGUGGAUAAGUCUGCCCUCCUUUCAGAGAGCAGUUGACUCAGGAAGAAACUGGGAAGAUUUGUUCUGUGCAGCUCCUCCUAGCCAGCCUUUUUCUUCUGGCACUUACUGGUUUUAAAAGACCUCUGAACCUCUCUGUAUUCACAUAAUCCCAGAACAUUGUGUGGGAGGAGGAAACAAAUGAAGGUUACCUGGCAGGUGAAAACACUGGAGGGGUGGAUGUGCACGAUGGAUCCCUUCUCAGUGUCACUACCCUGUCCCUGGGAGGUCCUCAUCUUGGAAAAUAGCAGGAGAGGUAGAUGUUGGAAAUGACACGCACUGUGCUUGUAAAUCAAGCUAGCUUUCUGCUUCUCCUUUUGUCUUGAUUCCCGGUUGAAAAGGCAGUGCCUUCAGCACAAACCCUUGUUUCAGUAUUGGUGGGGUGUCAGCUUACAUGCCCCCCACCCCGACCUCUCUCCCCCUUUUCUAUAUGGAGUGGGUUUGUUGCUUUCUGAAUGAUGUCAGAUAUUACCAAGUCUUUAUUCUAAAUUUAAUGUGCAAGACCCAGCCUCAAAUCUCAAGUGCCUGCCCAUGUAUACACCCACUUCUUCACAACUGUUUAUUUGCUAUUUGCAGAAUUGCUGCUUUCUGCUAGGAAUGUUUUUUUUAAAUAAAAAUAAAAAUAAAUAAAACAUGACCGGAAAUGGACUCUACGACAUUUUGGCUCUCCCACGUUUUGUGUUCCAGGCAGAGGAGAAGGCGGAUGCCUUGAACAAGGAACUGCUGAUGACCAAGCAAAAGCUGAUAGAUGCUGAAGAUGAAAAGAGGCGGCUGGAGGAAGAGUCGGCUCAGGUUUGGGCCAUGGGGCAAGGCGGUGGGGACGGUUAGGCUGCUCUCCCUCCUCUCCGCCAGUGGGAGGGAGAGCAGGCACGGCAAGGGCAGAACUACUGGUUCUAAAGUCUGGCAGCCUCUCCGGGUGGCUUUUCUGUGUUUCUGCCCUUGCCAAACCCAGCUGGAUUCCAGAUACCUGGGGGGAGAGGAAGGUCUUGUGCCAAAAAGACAUUUAGAGCAGGCACUGUGCAAGUCCCUUUCAGGAGAGGGUUCUAGAGUUUUUCAGGGCAGCACCACCAAAAAAGCCUGUCCCUUGGUGCUGCCAUCCCCUCCCCAAACAAAUUUCAGAAGGAGGGCCCAUGUGGGAGAUCUUCAGGCUUGGGGGUGAGUGGGGAAGGUACAUACAACUCAGAUGUGAAGAGUUGCUAUGCAUCUUUGCUUGGAAGCAGAAUGAGAGCUGUUUGCUUUUUUGCCCAGCCCUGAUCCCUCCUGGUCUUUCUUUUGCAGCUGAAGGAGAUGUGUCGCCGGGAACUGGACAAGGCGGAGUCAGAGAUCAAGAAGAACAGUUCCAUCAUUGGAGACUACAAGCAGGUGAAUGCAGGGGUGUUCCAGGUUGCUGGCUGCAAGGGGAAGCCUUCUGCCUUGCUGCAAAUGGAUGCAGCUCUCAAGAAGGCUGCUCCACCCUGAUGCCCUCCAGGGGGUGAUGGACUUCAGCUGAGGCUGCUGGGAGUUGUAUUCCAUCUAGAUCAGGGGGUUGGAACAUCCUUGCGCAUGAGCAGGAGAGGAGAGGCCACAAUGGGUAAAUGGAAUCUCUCUCUGCAAUGGCUGUGCAUAUCGCUUCAUAUCUGUCUUUUGGCCAAGUCCUAACCACGGCUUCCUCAAGGCCUCUAGCUGGCCAUUUGGGAAGCCAGGACCAAGGACUUGAAUGGGCUCAGCUGAAGUUCUUUCUCUGUUUUGGUAGAUCUGCUCCCAACUGAGCGAGAGACUGGAGAAGCAGCAGACAGCAAAUAAAGCUGAGAUUGAGAAGAUUCGGGUAAGGAGUGCCUCUGCUAGGGCAUUGGUUGGGUUUAGCACUAGGCUGAAGGCAGCUUGAAUCCCUUGGAGGACAUGUGAGCUGAGGGCUGUGGUGCUCAGGUCCUGCUUUCAGACUUCGUAUUUGGGCAUCUGGUUGCUGAGCCAGAUGGGGUCCUUGGCCUGAUCCAUGCUGCUACAGGCUCUUUUGGCGUCCUCUUGAAACAACCCCUGUGCCAUUUUAGGAUUGGGCCAUUUCUGGGAUUGCUCCUUAAAAGCAUAAUAAUAUGUUGGAGGUUACCCCUGUUGCUUUUCAAUGGUGCUCAUCCUGAUAUGAAAAGGGUGACUCUGAAGCCUCUCAUCUCCCUGGGGACCUUCUGACUCUGGAUGCCUACCCAUCUUGGAAUGUGUGAGCAAUUUGGAGCUUGAAUUAUGUAUUGCAAUUCCAUCCUGCCUUUCCUCCUGCAAGCUCAAGGCAGCAUACAUGGUUCUUCUCUCUUCCACACCCUGAACUUUUAUCCUCACAACAUCCCUUUCAGGUAGUUUCAGCUGAGAGGCAGUGACUACUAACCCAUGGUAACCUCAGUUAGCUUCAUGGGUGCAUUUAGAUUAGGGUCUAGCCUGACACUCUAACCCCCGCAACCAUACUGGCUGAAGCUGUGUAACCAGCCAUAUGAGAGUCAAGGUGUGUUUGUGUGUGUGAUGGAAUAGUUCUUGGAUUGGGGAAGCUGCACUGGCAUCUGGAGUGGCUUUCCUCUCCCACAGGUAGAAAUUUACCCCUUCCCAAUUGAGUCAUUCCAGAAGCAGAAAAGUUAGAAAGUCCCAUGAUCAUUAAGUUAAGUUUAAAGCUGCAUCAGUUUGGUGUCCAUAUCAGCUGUCAGCUACUAAAGGUUGCCUCUGGGCAAAACUGCUGCUUUGGACCCAGGCUCCUGCUGCUAACUUUGGGGGGCAAAUUAUGGGUGUGCCAGGGGCAGGUUGGCACACAGAUGCAGGCUGCAGUGGGAACCCUGCCCCUGUGGGUGGGGAAGCUCACAACCUGAUCUCCUUGGCUUCAGCAAAAGGUUGACGACUGUGAGCGCUGCCGGGAGUUCUUCAACAAGGAGGGGCGGGUGAAGGUGGCCAGCGUUGCCCGGGAGGGCUCUGAGGAGGACACGGAUGAGGAGAAGGAGGCGCUGAAGAACCAGCUGCGGGAGAUGGAGCUGGAACUCGCCCAGACCAAGCUGCAGCUGGUGGAGGCAGAGUGUAAAAUCCAGGUAGGUCACAUUGGGGGCAGUGGGAAUGGGGCGGUGCACCAAGCCAGUGCCCCUGCCUUCCUACAAGGGUUUGUAGGCUGUGUCCAAAAUGAAGUCCCCAUUCUUAAGCUGGAAAUUCCCAAAUUCUUCUCUUAAAUGGUUUCUGGAAACAAUGGUUUCUGGAAACAAGAUGACGUAGAGCUGGAGUGAAUUUUGUACCCCCUGCUUAGGUUUGUUCAAGUGAGGUUGGGGAGGGGGUGGGGGUGGUUGUGUGCACGGAAAUUGGGAGUUCUGUGACUCUCCUUUCCUGUUUCCUUCCAGGAUCUGGAGCACGACUUGGGGCAGGCGCUGAAUGAGGUGCAGGCCUCCCGGAAGACCUGGUUCAAUCGAACACUGAGCUCCAUAAAGACAGUGACAGGCGUUCAAGGGAAAGAGACGUGCUGAAGGGGCGGCCUCCUCCCAUGGCCCACGUUCCCCCUUGGGACACCUUCUGCCUUCCGUUGCUGCCUCGGCCAGUUGCCGAUGCUGCUGCCAUGUGGGAGAGAGAGGACCAGAAUGUACAUAGACUCUAGAAACACACAGCGCAUGUUGGGGCUUUCCGCAGGUCAGUGGCCCAAGCUCUCUGCGAGGCUACCGUUGCGAGGCUCAGCGCAGGAUCUUCAUACUACUGAUUAUUUAACCAGGGGGUGUAGCUGUAGACUGGAAGCUCUUUUCAGAGGGGCAGGGAGGGGGACACACACACACAAAAACACUCCAUUCUACAGUCUGGCUGGAGGCAUUUCGCAGGCCCAGGUACGAGAAUUUACCAAAACCUCAGACUUACUAAGUUUACAGAUACAAGAACUUCUUUUUUUUUACAGUUAUAACUCUUUAAAAGAACAAAAGGGGAAAAAUACUAUUUCCAAGAAGUUACUCCAGUGCCAGAGACCAGAUCCGCCCUGCCCCCCCCCCCGCCUGAGUUAGUGGGGGAAGAAGCAUUUGCAUGGUUACCUUUUGGAGCAGGUUCGCCCCCCCCCCCCGCAAGUGUGUCAACACACCUCCCUGUGUCUCUCCUUUGUCCGCCAUUUAGUUAUUGUGUCACUAAUCAAUUCUAUGCAAGUGGGUUGGAGGAGGGGGAGUGUCAUCAUUGUCUUUUCAAAGUACCUGUCGCUAUUGGAGUCCUCCUUGUCUCCGAGCUAUUUAACUUCUAGCGUGGUCCGUUCCACACGUGGUUCAUCUUCCAGAGCCAUAUAUAACACAUACCUGUAUCAUUUCAGUGGCCAGGACCUCUGGACUGUGUUAAGCUAAACUUGGGCCCUAAUGAAGUCUGCGAGGCUUUUAACUCUCUCCUAACUUUGUCUUGUUGACUUGGGUGGAAUCUUCAGAUGCUACUUAGCUUAGUUUGGAUCCAGCCCAUUUGUGAACCAGAAGCUUCGUACUUUUAACUUAACAAGCAUUAAGACUGUCUGUUUAACCAGCCUCCCUCGCACUUUCUGGAGAGCGGCUCUGCCUCUGCAGGAGCUGUUAUCCUUUAUCCUUUAUGGUUUUGCACAUGGAUGGGAAGAGGGCAACACAAAAUAAAGGGUGGGGAGGGAAGGAGGGAGCACUGCACUGGCUGCGCUGUUGCUGUGUGCAAUGUUUCGCCAUCUUUGCAUGGGCCUCUCCCAGGCAGAGGCGAUUCGUGGCUCCGAUGGCCGGCUGGGUUUUCCUUGUUUGUGUGCACCAUUCCCGCUGCUGCCGCCAUCCCUUCCCUUUCCCUCCACGCUUCCUGUAACUACACCGGUAGGUCCUAGGUCUGCUUGGAUUUCUGAGCGCUUAGACUACCCCAAAACGUCUCACCAGAAAAGCUGUAGAAUGGAGGUUUUGCACCUUUGUAAUUUCUUCUUUUUUAAUUUAUACUGGUUUGUGCUACGCUGAAAUGAAAUAGCUAUUGUAUCAGCGGAUAAACUUUUCUUGUGUGCAGUGUGUUUUGAGUAUAAGCUGGUUACAAUAAGAGGCACUGGUUUGUAUAUAAAGAUAAUUUGUAUUUCUACGUUAUUAUUUUUUUGUUGUUGACCAGACUAAUGCUAGCUAAUGCAGCCUGAGACUACCAGAGGCAAAAAGACCUUGCGGUGCCCAGGAGUUCAUAAUUUCUCUUCCCCUUAAAACUGUGUACAUGAAUAUCUCGUAUUGUUUUAAUAAUACCAAAAAAUAACUGUAACUCCAUCAUUAAUAGAUGUGUGGACAUUGUAGUAGAAGAGUAGUUUGCAGAGUAUAGAUCUUUGAAUUGAUAUAUAAACUAGUAAAAUUGUAUUACUAUUUUCUUGUUGUCUUUCACUUUUAAUGGAAAUGUCAUCCGCUCAAUUUGUCUCUGCUGCGGCCGUAAGAAAGUUAAGAAACGGUUGGGGCAUUGGGAAGCGGCCUUCUACACUCAGAGCAGCAGCACUCCAGCGUUUCAGACAAGAGACCUUCCUGUGCUUUACGUGUAGGGAUUGAGCCCAGUGCCUUCUGCACACAAAGCAGGUGCUCUGCUGCUGAGCUUUGGUGUUCUUGGUUCCUGGAACCCACCCUCUCCAGCGUCCCAGCUGUGUUCUGAUGUGGGAAGAACAUCACUCACAGGAAACACAUCCAUUAAAAGCCCCCCUGCACUGACCCACAGCACUUCGCUUGCACGGAAGCUAACUCCUUGUUUCACAUCGGAAGCCCUGCUGGAUGGGGCCAUGGGGUGGGUGUGUGGGUGUGUGUGUGUGUGUGUGUGUGUGUCAGAGAGAGAGAGAGAGAGAACGUGUCUGUGUGCCUAAGCCUAAAAUGGCCUCCAGACUCUUGGCAUAGGCAGCACCUUUGAGCACCUGUGCUAAAAGUUCCCACUUUCCUAACCCUGGAAAAAACACAUGGCUUGCUGUGUCUGGAAGCCUUGGGGCGGGCGGGCUCGUGUUUUCCGUUUAAUUAUUGACUAAAAGAACAUUGGUUAAAUGUUCUACAGCGCUGUUUGGCCUACAGGACACUGUUCUCCUCUCCCUUCAUCCUCACCUAGACGGUGGCUCUGCUGAAGGUCUGGUGACUGCAUCAGAAUUUAGAUGGUGAGCUUUGUAGCUGAGCAAGCACUGGAAACACUGCACUUUAAUCCUUGGUUACAAUUUGAACCCUUUUCAGAGAGGACGACUGCUAAGAGAGUCACUUGGGAAGUUCAGCUGCUGAAUGUUUACCCUGACAAGUGGGGAACUUCACAUCUCUGAGCACCAUUAUGGAUAUAUUACAGGAAAUUACUAAUUGUCAUCUAUUAACUAUCAGCCUGCUGAUCUAUAGCAGGGGUGGCCAACUCCCAAGAGACUGCGAUCUACUUACAGAAUUGAAAACGGGGGUUCAGUUUCCCUUUUGGGGGAGUACAGGGCAAUGUUGUUGAGCUUUUUUUAGGGAGGAAGAAAGACCCCAUUUUUUUGGGGGGGGGGAACGGUCACUCAACAACAGAUCGCUGGGAAACAAAGAAAGAGCCUCACUGAGUAAACUCACAAUGGUAGACAGGGCGAGGGGGCAGGGCUGGAUUCUGUUUUUCAAACACUAAGGGAAGGGACCCAGCGAUCAACCACGGUCUACCAAAACCUCCCAGGGAUCUACCAGUGGAUUGCAAUCGACCUGUUGGGCAUCCCUGGUCUAUAGGAUUGCAGGAAGAUGCCUUACCCUGAGUAUGACCAUUGAGCCAUCUAGCUCAGCAAACCAGCAAUGGCUUUCCAGGGUAUCAGGACAGGAGGCUUUGCCACCCACGCCUGGAAAUGCUGCCAGGGACUGGGACCUUCUACAUGCCAGGCAAGUGCUGUACCACUGAGCUGCACCCCAUGCUUUAGCAGGUGCUGAAUUGUGCCCAUGGAUGAAGGAGUGUUUUCUGAGGUGCUUCCAAGGUCCACUUUUCUGCCUGCUUGUGGUACCUUGGCUAGCAGUUAGAGCAUUGGCUGCAAAGGAUGGCUGUCAUCGGGUUCCGUGGUCAAUCUGUGCACAUGUUUGAAGAUUCAGGUUCAACGUGGAAUCGAGCCCCUCCUGCCCUGUGUGCGACUCGGGGGCUGUACAUUUGUUGAUGGGCCUCAGAAGGUGGUGGACUCGCCUUCACUGGAGGUUUUUAAGCAGAAGUCGGAGGGCCAUCUGCAGGGAUUCUUCAGCUGUGAUUCCUGCACUGCAAAGAGUUGUGGUAGAUGACCCAUCCACCUCUACAGUUCUAAGCUGUCUGUGGACAAACUCUGGCUCCCUCGGCCUGAAAAGUGAGGCGAGCACCACACCCCAUAGUCGCCUUUGACUGGACUUCACCGUACAGGGGUCCUUUACCUUUCACACUUCUAUUAUUACCCUGAACCGCAAGCUGACGUUCACUCACUAGAUGCAGCAGCUUCCAAAGCACACACAGGUGUUGUCGGGCCGCCCAGCAGGGGAGAUGUGCUGCAGAAUUCUGCUUUGUUGCUAAUUGCUUAGGAGCCUGUCUCUCCUUCCUCCCCUUUUGAAUUUAACAAAGCUAAGAAUAGCUUGGAGGCCACCUUGGGGCAGGCAAGGCGGCUGCUUUGUGCAGGAAGAAAGGGUGCCUGCCUGACCAGAGCAUUUCAAGGGGCAGUGUUGCUGUCAGGAAGCAGAAGGCAUGUGAUGCUGGGAGCCCCCAGGGAUCCUGUCUUGGUGGGCAGGGAGGGGACAGCCUGCUUAGAGGCUCUGUCUCCAGAGCCCACAGACAUAGCAGGCACACGGUGGGGGGGGGGGGUCCUCAGCUGCUGCUCCAGAAUCAUUUUCGCUGUGCAAAGGCUGGGAGCCCAAAGGUCCUCCACCAUCAUUUUCCUCUGGGUUCCACUUUUCGGGGGGGGGGGGGAGCAGUGUAUAUUGCAUGUUGUCCCUACAAAUUGCUUGCUGACUUCUUUUGUGUGAAACUAUACAUUUCAUGUAAUCAAUUUUCAGGAAGUAUGGCUCAUUCAGUGCAACAGGGUCGUCCCCCCAAAAAAAACCCUCUUACAAAUCCUUUAUUCAGUUUGUCUCAAGUUGCUUUAGCACAGACAGGUGACUGUACGGAGAGCCAGCUGCCUUUCUGGCACCUGAUGCACCUUUCACCUUAAUUGCAUUGAAACCUCUGGCCACAGAAUUGCCUCCUCCCCCUGGGAAUCCUUUUUAUUGCAAGGGCUGCAUGUCAGCGGCAGGUAGGGCCAAAGGUGAAAGUAACUGGAGCAACACAUCUGAAUUUUAACUUUGCACAGUGGGGUAGCUUCUGCACACAUGCACACACCCCUCUCUGUCCUCCAGUCACACAAGAGGGAGGCAUCACAGUUCAAGAAUAGGCAAAACCACUCUGGGUGUGAAGUGGGCUAGGGAAAGGUGUGGCUUGGGCUGAGAUCCAAAGUCCAGACGAGAAGGUUGGAGAGAUGCAUUCUGCCCCUCAACUCAAGGACCCCAACCCGAUUUAGGCAAUGCACUGCAGCUCAGAGUCUGCAGUGACCGCCUUGACCUUCUGGCGUGCUCUGUGCAUGUGAUGCAGUUGCCCUGGGCCACAGGAGUAUAAGAGCCCAGGGAGAGGAGGCAGGGAGCUGGCAGGCUCAUUGGUCAGGCUUGGUGGCCCUGAUGUGGCCACAAUCACUUUCUUCAACCACAGGACUCUACUGUGUCCCACCAGUUGCUCUUGAUUGCCCUUCUGAAUUGAUGUUGCCAGUCAGCACAGCCAGAGAAACAUGUUCUGAAAGUGAGCCAGGAUGGCAGGGAUUGAGCAGGACACCCAACGAAACAUUGAAGUUCAUUGGCAUAAAUCAAAAGGUAAAGGUAAAGGGACCCCUGACCAUUAGGUCCAGUCGUGAGGGACUCUGGGGUUGAGGCUCUCAUCUCGCUUUAUUGGCCGAGGGAGCCGGUGUACAGCUUCCGGGUCAUGUGGGCAGCAUGACUAAGCCGUUUCUGGCGAACCAGAGCAGCGCACGGAAAUGUCGUUUACCUUCCCGCCAGAGCGGUACCUAUUUAUCUACUUGCACUUUGACGUGCUUUCAAACUGCUAGGUUGGCAGGAUCAGGGACUGAGCAACGGGAGCUCACCCCGUCACGGGGAUUUGAACUGCCGACCUGCUCGGCAAGCCCUAGGCUCUGUGGUUUAACCCACAGCGCCACCCGCGUCCCUCCAAUCAAAAGGUAAGCGUGAUUAAUUCUAUCCUUGAAUAAUUUAGCCAAUAAGUACUAGGAGCAUAAUAGAAAGAUGCAUCUGUGGAGCUUUUAAACUUUUUUUCAUUUGGUUCCCCUUGGCUUGCAAAACACCUGUUUUGAUUUGGGUCACAAUCUGGAGGAACUUGCAGGGCGUGUUUUUAGCACUGUGGAAUCCGGCGGAAGGAGAAGUUGAAGUAAAGUAUGACUUCGUCACGCAGAAAAAAGGAGAAAAAGCUAUGAAAAUUGGCCCUUGCUUAAUAAGCAGCCUCGGAAUAAGAUGGUGGUGUGCAGAACAGGUAGCUGCUUAACAGAAUUUUCACAGCACAUAUUUCAAGGGUCCAUAAGUGUGGGGCAGAACAUGCACCUGUUUGAGAUCAUGGCUAAGGCUGCCGGUGACCCAGGAAGUCUUCCUGACUGUAUCGCUGAAAGCAAGUGACUUCUUUACCCCAUUUGCUCUCUUUACCUGUUGUAGGCAGUGAUGCUAAAUGUUUGCUCCAGGCCACCUAGGUAGCGAUCAUAAAAGACCUGUAUAUAAAAAACCCACGUGGCACAUACUUUUAUGGACAUACCAUUCUGUCAUGACCAAUAGCCUUCAUUUUCUUUUGGUGUGCUGAGAAAGGGGAGGAAAGCAAUUCUGAACUACUCAGAAAUCCUUUCCCGCAAUGCCAGCUUGCUGUGAAGUGGGACCGGUGAGGGAUGUGGCUUGGAGAGAGAGCAAGGGGACCAGAUAAAGAGAGCAGGUGAGAUGGAUUGGGCCAAUGAGCCGGUGACUCCCCUUGUCUUGGAUGCCUGUUCCCCUUGGAAUAGUCUUAGUGAAAUACCUAAUAUCAAAUGGAAUUGGUAAACAUUGUAAAACCAGAGUUUGGUUUUCCAGCUGUGUCCUGAGGGCAUGGCUUAAGUACACCCUGUCUGUGGUACAGAAAUGGUCAAAGUCAUAAACCGCCUCUACUGGCUCUUAAUUUAUUGCCAUACUUGUUGGGUUUUUCACGCUUCAUGUCCCAUUAAUUCGAUACCUGCACCUGGUUUUGAAGAUCAGUCUGGGACAAAGCUUCUGCUGAUCUCCAUAGCUAUCUGGCUUCACCUGCAGCUGCUUCCCUCCUCAACUGAGACUUAAUUGGCCCACCAUACAAACAAAUCUCCUGGGUAGCUUGUACUUCCUCAUCCUCCCUCCUGUGCUUAGUGAUCUGUACAGUCCAGGUUUAUUUACCCACUGGCCAGUGCAAUGUGAAUGUUAAGCAACCCUAACUUUUCAGUAGGCAAAAUCUAUACUGGUUAUAUGCCUGUCUUUUUGCCAUGGAGGACACUUCUUAGAUCCAAGCAUGUGCACAAAGCAGAUCCAGACCGACCAGUAGACCAUGGUGUGAGCAGCAAAGGCUUUGGACUCCAAACUAAUUAACAAUAAGCACAGCAAAGCAACUUUCCCCACUUA